CCCAGCCUUGCCUCGGGUGUAGGGAUUGCAUGGAAAACUAAAGCUGCACCAAAACCGUCCACAACCUCCGUGUAGUUUUGCUUCCUUCAGUAAGAGGAUGGUUCAUUCUCUCGUUGGAUUGUUGGCAAAAUUCUGAAUAUAAGAAGGGAGUUUCCAAAGCUUUAAAAGCUUUGGGCUUUGCCCUAUAACUUUUGGCACUCUUGAAAAAUCAGGGUGCCUAAAAAGAUGACAACGCAAGCUCCAACAUUUUUACAUCCACUUCAAAGCGUUGUGGCACUGGAGGGUAGUGCCGCAACCUUUGAAGCGCAUAUUAGUGGUUUGCCAGUUCCUGAGGUGAGCUGGUUCAGAGAUGGCCAGGUUCUCUCCGCUGCUGCUCUCCCGGGCGCAGAGAUUUCGUACAGCGACGGCCGCGCGAAGCUGACGAUUUCCCGCGUGACGCCCGCGCACGGCGGCCGGUUCUCCGUUCGAGCCACCAAUGGAUCAGGACAAGCGACUAGUACGGCCGAGCUGCUGGUGACAGCAGAAACAGCGCCUCCCAACUUUAUACAGAGAUUACAAAGCAUGACUGUGAGACGAGGAUCCAAAGUUAGACUGGAUGUUCGUGUGACUGGAAUCCCUACACCUGUGGUGAAGUUCCACAGGGAAGGAGCGGAAAUCCAGAGUUCUCCUGACUUCCAAAUUUUACAAGAUGGCGACUUGUACAGCUUAAUUAUUGCUGAAAUUUUCGUGGAAGAUUCUGGAACCUUCUCUGUGACUGCCACAAACAGUGUUGGACGCGCCACCUCCACAGCCGAGCUCCAUGUGCAAGCUGAUGAUGAAGUAGUGCCCGCUAAAAAGACAAAGACAAUUAUUACUUCCACUGAAAUUUCUCAGGAAAGACAAAUGCAAACUGGAAAGAAAAUGGAAACUCAAUUCGAGGGACGAUCUUCAACAAUUGAAAUGAUUGUGGAUGGAAGAACAGUAAUGCAACAAUUACAUCAUAAGACUCCUCCACGCAUCCCACCCAAACCGACAUCCAGAUCUCCAACCCCACCAGCUUCUGCUGUUAAAGUUACUCGCCAACAAUCCCCAUCUCCUGUUCGUCAUGUGAGAGCCCCAGCACCUUCACCUGUUAGAUCAGUAUCUCCAGCUGGAAGACUCUCAACAUCUCCUAUCAGAUCUGUGAAAUCACCAAUUCUCACUCGCAGAUCUCAGACAACUACAGUUGUCAGUUCAGAAGCUAUACCCCCUUGGAAGCAGGAAGGCUAUGUUGCAGCAACUGAAACAAAAAUGAGAGAAACCAGAUCUACAAGUGCUACACAGAUUCAUAGAGAAGAAAAAUGGGAAGGAAGAUAUGGAGGCCAUGGUCAGAUGAUGAUCACUGGAGCUGCUGGUGGAAUGGGUGCUGCUAAAGUUACUAAAAUUGAACAAAGUGCUAGUAUGGUAGGAGGUUCCAGAGUGGCAACAUUUGAAGCAGGUGUCAGUGCUGCUGGUGCUACGAGAAUAACUACAGUUGAACGAUCUGUUGGUUCUCCAAGAAUUACCACAGUUGAACGACAGACAAGAGUUACCACAGCUGAAGGGUCUGCUGGUGUAGCCAAAGUUUCCGCAGAAGAAGGAAUUGCCACAGCUGUUGGAAUGACUGGUGUUGCUGCUAGUGUUUCAGGUGCUGGCCAGCAGUUAGAACAUGGCGGUGAGAAAAUGACUGCUGUAGCUACUGUGGUAGCUGCAAUUGAUCAAGCCAGAGUACGUGAACCGGUUACUGUAACCAAUGCCGCAGAAAGAGGCACUUCUGAGUGUGUAUCCAUAGAAAAAUCACAACCAGUUGAGGAUCAGAUUGAGGUUGGCAAAAAGGCUGAAGCUGUGGCUAAGGUAUUGGCUGCUGUGGAUCAAGCGCGUACUAGACAUCCUGUGUAUGCUGAAGGAGCACGUUCAGAAGAGACACGUAUGGAGUAUGAACAUGCACAGCGUGGUGCAUAUAAAACUGCCACAGAGUUUUCUGCUGAGAAACGAGCACCCCCUGCUGGCCAACAGGUUGUCACCACAACUGUCAGAAAAGAGACAGUUAUUGUGCCAACUGAAACACAAAUUUCCUAUGACGAACAGGCUGAAAAACACAUUACACAGAUUGAAAGAACAUCAGAAACUGCAGCACAUCUGGACCACAGAAUUUCCAGUACAAUUCCUCACUUCACUGUUUCAAAAAUCUCUGUAGCCAAACCUGAACCAACCCAAGAGGUUUCUAUAGCAGGAACGGCUAUUGUUACUCUGGAGAAAGAGUUGUCUGCAUCCUCUGCUGUGAAGGUCACUAAGCCAGUGAAACCUCCUGUGUUAAAAGAGGCCAGAACUGUGACACAGGAGACUGUCUUUCCCAAGCCUCACAUUAGAGAAAGAACAGACAUAUAUGAAACACGCUUUGAUACUGAGAUGCAAAGGCAUCUAGGUUUAAGUUUUACAGGUUCACUUGAAGCUGAAUUUGAUGUUGAACAUGAAGAUCAAUAUGAAACACAAGAACAGAUCACAGAACAUGUCUCUGCAGCAGAGAUUUCAUUUACCCCACCAAGUUUUGUUUCUGGCUUGAAAAACAUGACCGUAGUAGAAGGUGAAUCUGUGACUUUGGAAUGUGAAAUCACAGGGCAUCCUACCCCAACUAUAAUGUGGUUUAGAGAAGACUAUCAUAUUGAAAGUUCCAUUGACUUUCAAAUAACUUUUGAAAAUGGCAUUGCUCGUAUAACAAUCAGGGAAGCCUUUGCGGAAGACAGUGGUCGCUUUACUUGUACUGCCACCAAUGAUGCUGGUUCUGCUAGCAGUUCAUGCUACCUUCUUGUUCAAGUGUCCGAAGAGAUUGAGAGCAGAGAAGAAACCUUGGUUACGUCUGGACAAAUUGACUCAGUAAAGAAACGAGCUGAAAUGACCAUAGAAACUAUGUCAGCAGUAAGUGCUACUGCUGACUUUGUGGAAGUUGCUGCUGGAGUUGCCCCAUUCUUUAUACGGAAACCAGUACCACAGAAACUAAUUGAAGGUGGAAGUGUAAUUUUUGAUUGUCAGAUCGGAGGUACCCCUAAACCGCACCUUUACUGGAAAAAAGCUGGAAUUCCAUUAACAACUGGAUACAGGUACAAAGUAAGCUACAACAAGGAAACAGGAGAAUGCAAACUUGAGAUUUCCAUGACUUUUGCAGAUGAUGCGGGUGAAUAUUCUAUUGUAGUUCGUAAUCAACAUGGAGAAAUUUCAGAAUCUGUUCAACUGCUGGAGGAAGCUGAUUAUGAGCUUUACCUGAAGGACCACCAGGAAAUCAUUUAUCGGACAGAAUUAGUAACAGAGCAUGUUCAAGAACCCAAGGUUGCAGAAGUAGCACCAGUAAUUCCAAUGAUGGAAUAUGACAAAGAACAGGCACUAAUCAGGAAGAAGAUGGGGAAAACUGCAACCAUAAUGAAAAGUGAACAGGAGUACCACAUUUCUUCAUUUGAAGAAAGACUUAUCAAAGAAAUUGAAUUCCGAAUCAUUAGAAUUACUUUGGAAGAGCUUCUAGAGGAAGAUGGUGAAGAAAUGGUAUUAGAUAUUCCAGCUGAGGAAUCCAUUGAACCAGGAUUUGAUUCAACAGUGAAAAGUUAUAGAAUUCUUGAUGGAAUGGGUGUAACCUUCUUUUGUAAAGUAUCUGGUUAUCCAUUGCCUAAGAUUGUAUGGUUCAAAGAUGGUAAACGCCUGAAACAGGGAGAUCACUAUGUUAUGGAGACUUCUCAGGAUGGUAAAGCGGAAUUACGGAUUUCUGCAGUUUUGCCAGAGGAUGAAGGCAUUUACACAGUGUUGGCCAGCAACAUCAAAGGAAAUGCCAUUUGCUCUGGAAAAUUGUUCAUAGAGCCUGUUGGUGCUCCAGCAACCCAGACUCAUUUAUCAACAACAGAAAUUAUGAGAAGAAUGCGCUCUGUGUCUCCACGAUCUCCAAGUCGGUCACCAGCACGUAGGCUGGAAGAUACAGAUGAGACUCAACUUGAGAGAUUGUACAAACCUGUUUUUGUUUUGAAACCUACAUCAUUUAAAUGUUCUGAAGGACAAACUGCUAGAUUUGACCUGAAAGUUGUUGGCAGGCCCAUGCCAGAGACAUUGUGGUUUCAUAAUGGAAAUCAAAUUGUGAAUGACUAUACUCACAAGAUUGUGGUGAAAGAAGAUGGAAUUCAGUCAUUGAUCAUUGUUCCUGCAUUGCCAAUUGAUUCUGGUGAAUGGACUGUUGUAGCACAAAACCGAGCUGGCAAAACAUCUGUCUCUAUGACUUUAUCUGUAGAAGCUAAAGAACAUUUACUGAGACCCCAGUUUUUGGAAAAAUUGAAAAAUGUCAGUGUUAAAGAAGGUGACCCGAUUGCAAUGGGAGUAAAAGCUGUUGGAAACCCAAAUCCUGAUAUUGUAUGGCUGAAAAACAGUGAUAUUAUUGCUCCACACAAGUAUCCUCAUAUUAAGGUUGAAGGUACGAAAGGAGAAGGUAAACUUAAAAUUGAUUCUGCAGCUAGUUAUGAUGCUGCAUGGUAUACUGCAACUGCUAUAAACAAAGCUGGCCGUGACACCACAAGGUGUAAAGUCAAUGUUGAGCUUGAAUAUGCUGAACCUGAACCAGAGAGAAAAUUAAUAAUUCCGAAAGGAACAUAUAAGGCUAAGGAGAUAUCAGCUCCUGAAUUAGAACCUCUCCAUCUGCGUUAUGGUCAGGAACAGUGGGAGGAAGGUGAUCUGUACGAUAAAGAAAAACAGCAGAAACCUCAUUUCAAAAAGAAGACCAGCUCUGUGAGGCUCAAGUGUUUUGGACCAGCACAUUUUGAAUGCAGACUAACACCAAUUGGUGAUCCAACAAUGGUCGUUGAGUGGUUGCAUGAUAGUAAGCCCCUUGCUGCAGCCAAUAGACUUCGCAUGAUUAAUGAAUUUGGAUACUGUAGUCUUGACUUUGAAGUAGCAUAUCCUCGGGAUAGUGGUAUUAUCACCUGUCGAGCUACAAACAAGUAUGGUACUGAUCAGACAUCAGCUACUCUCAUUGUGAAAGAUGAAAAAAGCCUGGUUGAAGAAUCACAGUUACCUGAAGGGAGAAGGGGAAUGCAGCGAAUUGAAGAACUUGAAAGGAUAGCCCACGAAGGGGCAAUUACAGGUCUUGUAGAAGACCUUAUAAAAGAAAAAACAAAGCCUGAAAUUGUCUUGUUUCCAGAACCAGCAAGAGCAUUGGAAGGUGAAACGGCUCGUUUCCGGUGCCGUGUGGUCGGUUAUCCUCAACCAAAGGUGAACUGGUAUCUUAAUGGACAACUUAUUCGCAAGAGCAAACGGUUUAGACUACGCUACGAUGGUAUCUAUUAUCUGGAAAUUGUUGAUUGUAAAUCCUAUGAUUCAGGUAUUGUCAAGGUUACAGCAGAAAAUCCUGAGGGAGUAGUGGAACACACAGUGAAACUAGAAAUCAAUGAAAGAGAAGAUUUCAGGUCUAUCUUGCGGCGAGCUCCUGAACAGAAAGUUGAAACUGGUGUUUUGGAACCAGCUAAGCCAUUCUUUGAAGUUGUAAAAGUAGAAAGACCAACAGAUGCUGCAGCUAAAGAAGUGGUGAAGCUCAAGAAGACUGAAAGAAUUAUUCAUGAAAAAUCAACGGAGGAAACUGAAGAAUUGCGAAGUAAGUUUAAACGUAGAAAGGAAGAAGGUUAUUAUGAAGCCAUUACAGCAGUUGAACUCAAAACCCGCAGACGGGAUGAAGCUUAUGAAGAUAUGCUGAGGAAAAGAAAGGAAGAACUUCUCCAUUGGACCAAACAAGUACCUGAGGAGGAGAAGAAAUUGCCUCCUCCUGAAGGCACUGUCACCAUUCCAACUUUUAAGCCUGAUAAGAUUCAAUUAUCGCCAAGUAUGGAAGCUCCCAAAAUUUUAGAGCGCAUUCAGAGUCAGACUGUAGCCAUUGGAGAUGAAAGUCAUUUCCAUGUUAGAGUAGUAGGCAGACCAGACCCUGAAUGUCAGUGGUUUAAGAACGGUGUGAAGCUUGAAAAAACUGAAAGGAUCUACUGGUACUGGCCUGAAGACAAUGUAUGUGAACUUGUGAUCAGAGAUGUUGUACCUGAAGAUUCUGCCAGUAUAAUGGUAAAAGCAAUCAACGUUGUUGGAGAAACCUCAAGCCAUGCCUUUCUGCUUGUACAAGCUAAACAAGUAAUCACGUUUACUGAGGAGCUACAUGAUGUCAAUGCAAAAGAGAAAGAUACCAUGGCAACUUUUGAGUGUGAAUUAUCAGAACCAUUUAUUAAAGUACAGUGGUUUAAGAAUGAUGUGCCAAUUUCCUCUGGUGAUAAAUACCGAAUGCAUUCUGACCGGAAAGUUCACUUAUUAUCUGUAUUGACCAUUAAUAUGAAUGAUGCUGCAGAAUAUAGUUGUGCUGUUGCUGAAGACCCUUUUAUAAAAUCAACAGCUAAUCUUAUUGUUGAAGGAACUGUCCUUGAAUUCAUUGAAGAGCUUGCAGAUCUAGAAGUGCCAGAGUCAUUCUCGGGUGAAUUAGAAUGUGCUGUUUCAUGUGAAGAUGCUGAAGGAAAAUGGUAUAAGGGAGACAAAGAGAUUCAUUCCAGUAGCAAGUACUCCAUCACAGCUCGCCGUGGUCGUCAUACUCUGACAGUUAAGGAUGUUGCCAAGGAAGACCAGGGUUGCUAUAGUUUUGUAGUACUUGAUAAAAAGACAAGUUGCAAUCUGAAAAUGAAACCACGUGCAGUGGCUAUCAUUCAAGAACUUGGAGAUCAGUCUGUUUGUGAAGGCGAUAUCGCCCAACUUGAAGUAAAGUUCUCUCAAGAAAACGUUGAAGGUGUCUGGCAGAAAGAUGGCCAAGAAAUCCAAGCUAAUGAACGCAUUCACAUUGUUAUAGAUAAAACAUCACACAUGUUACUGAUUGAGGAUUCAACGAAAGAAGAUGCUGGCAGAUAUUCAUUUAUUGCCACUGAUUUGGACCUUGUAACAUCUGGACAUUUAACUGUACAAUGUAUUGAUAUAGUGAUCCCUCUUAGAGAUCAAACAACUCUUGAGGGAACAAAAGUGGUUUUAGAGUGCAAAGUUUCAGUUGCACAUAUUACUUCUGUGAAAUGGUACUUCAAUGAUCAACCAAUUCAGUUUGGUGACCGGAUACAAACUGUCGCAAAAGGGGCUAAACAGCGCUUGGUGAUUAACAGAUCAUAUGCUUCAGAUGAAGGAUGCUACAAACUUGUCAUUGGCAAAACUGAAACAAGCUGUAACCUUACCAUUGAAAGAAUUCAAAUUAUUAGAGGACUUAACAACAUGACAUGCUCAGAGACCCAGGAUGUUACAUUUGAAGCAGAGUUGUCUCAUACUGGAAUUGAUGUAGCUUGGAUAUUUAGGAACCAGGAGCUCCAAACAGGCCCUAAAUGCAAGUUGGAAGCAAAAGGCAAAGUUUACAGAUUAACUGUAAUGAAUGUAAUGAAAGAUGAAGAAGGAGAAUAUACAUUUAUGGCUGGUGAAAAAACAUCAAAAGCAAAUCUUACAGUUUCAGGUGGUGCCAUCAGCAGACCACUUAAGGACCUCACAGUUGCUGAAUCGCAGCAAGCUAUUUUUGAGUGUGCAGUUGCUAAUGAACUCUCUGAAGGCACAUGGUUAAAAGAUGGAAAACCAAUACACUUCAGUGAUAUCAUCCGAAGUGAAGUAGAUGGAGUCACUCGACGUCUCAUUUUUGAAGUCACUAAAUCAGAAGAUGCAGCUGAAUACUCAUAUCAAGUUGCAAGUUCUAAGACCGCUGCAAAACUUAAAGUCGAAGCCGUGAAGAUAAAGAAGACCUUGAAAAAUCUGACUGUCACAGAAACCCGUGAAGCAGUCUUUGCUUUGGAACUUACACAUGCUAAUGUUACUGGAGCCCAAUGGAUUAAAAAUGGGGAAGAAAUCAAACCAAGUGACAAGUAUGAGAUUACUGUAGAUGGGACUCUGCAUACACUUAAAAUCAAGAAGUGCAUUGUUUCAGAUGAAUCUGUGUACAACUUCAAACUUGGCAGAGUGUCAGCAAAUGCCAGACUUCAUGUAGAAGUUGUCAAGAUCAUUAAGAAACCUAAAGAUAUUACCGCCAUGGAAAAUUCUACUGCUACUUUUGAAUUGAGUGUGUCACAUGACAAUAUGCCAGUAAAAUGGAUGUUCAACAACGUCGAACUCAAGCCAAGUAACAAAUGUAAAGUAGUUUCAGAGAGAAAAGUUCACAAACUAAUAUUGGAGAAUAUCACCCCAGCGCAAGUUGGCGAGUACUCAGCCAUUAUUGGGCAACUGGAAUGUAAAGCCAAACUUUAUGUUGAAUCUGUACAUAUCACCAAGACUAUGAAGAGCAUUGAGAUCCCAGAGACAAAAACUGCAACUUUUCAAUGUGAGGUGUCUCAUUUCAAUGUCCCAGCUACAUGGUUGAAAAAUGGUGUAGAAAUAGAAAUGAGUGACAAGUUCAAAAUAGUCGUGCAAGGCAAACUCCAUCAGCUAAUUAUAAUGAACACAAGCCAUGAGGACUCUGCAGAGUAUACCUUUAUCUGUGGAAAUGACAAAGUAUCUGCUACUCUGACAGUCAAACCUAUUUUAAUUACAUCUAUGUUGAAAGAUAUGAAUGCACAAGAGAAAGAUACAAUUACUUUUGAAGUAACGGUGAAUUUUGAAGGUAUUACUUAUAAGUGGCUCAAGAAUGGUAAAGAGAUCAAAUCAGCUGAGAGAACACAACUAAAGACCAAACAAUCAACACACACACUUUCAAUUCGAAAUGUUCAUUUUGGUGAUGCAGCUGAAUACAGUUUUGUUGCUGGAUCAGCAUCAUCUGCAGCGAAUUUAUAUGUGACUGCUCGGCAAAUUGAAUUUAGAAAACAUAUCAAAGACAUCAAAAUCACUGAAAAGAAGAAAGCAGUCUUUGAGUGUGAAGUUUCAGAACCCAACGUUACCGUACAAUGGCUGAAGAAUGGAGAGGAAAUACAGCCAUCUGACAGAAUUAAGAUUCAUAAAGAAACAUCUAUCCAUCGUCUCACCAUUCCUGUUACUAAAAUGUCUGAUGCUGGCGAGUAUUCAGCUGUAGCAGGUGGAAGUAUUUCCACUGCUAAAUUGUAUGUGGAAGCACGACACAUUUUGAUUUCAAAACCUGUUUCCACGAAUAUUCAGGUUGUUGAGAAAAAGCGAGCUGUAAUCGAAUUUGAAGUCAAUGAAGAUGAUGUUGAGGCUCAGUGGCUCAAGGAUGGAAUUGAAAUCAAUUUUCAAUUUGAAGAAAGAUACAGAUAUAUAAUUCAAAGACGUGUGCAUCGCAUGACUAUUACUGAAACAAGAGUUUCUGAUUCUGGAGAAUAUGUCUUUGUUGCUGGAAAGAAUCGAAGUACUGUGACACUGCAUAUUAAUGCUCUUGAACCACCAACCUUUACAGUGGAACUGGAACCUUGUGCUGUGAAAGCAGGGGAACCUGCUCGAUUUUGUGGUAUAAUAGUUGGCACACCAAAAUUGGAAGUAACCUGGUACAAAGAUGGUCAAAAGCUUUCCUCAGGGUUUAAACGCAAGAUACUUCAUGAUGAGAACCAAUAUACUUUGUUACUGAUUGAAACAUUCCCUGAAGAUACUGGCACCUACACUUGUGAAGCAAAAAAUGAAGCUGGAGUAGCUGUUAGUGGUGCUUCACUUGAUGUUGAAGUUCCAGAGGUAGUUUCCCCUGAGGUAGAAGUACCUGUUUAUCCACCUGUCAUUGUAAGUCCAAUCCAAGAUACUACUACCAGUGAAGGACAUUCUGCUCAAUUUCAGUGCCGUUUGACGGGAACAGAUCUAAAGGUUACCUGGUAUAGUAACCAAAAGGAGAUCAAACAGUCAAGAUUCUUCAAGAUGGUUCAGUUUGAAGACAUUUACCAACUGGAAAUUGCUGAAGCCUACCCAGAAGAUGAAGGAACAUACAAAUGUGUAGCAUCCAACUCUGCUGGAGAAGUUUCAUGUACUGCUGAGUUAAAAUUGGAAGACAAAAAGCUUCAAGACAAAAUUGAACAACAGAUCGAAAUGGAAGUGAGAGUGCCUCCAGCUUUCAAAAGGAAGAUUGAAUCACAGGAGGUGAUAAUUGGACAUGCUACUCAGUUUGAAUGUGAGGUUGAACCUGUAUCUGAUGUGAGGUUCCAGUGGUUCCGGGCUAGAGCCGAACUCCGUGAUAGUGAAAAAUAUAGCAUUGUGAACAAGAAAUAUAUUUCCAUCUUGAAACUUCUGAAGCCACAGCUAAUUGACUGUGGAGAAUAUACUUGCAGAGCAUCAAACCAGAGUGGAAGUGUAAGCAGCACAGCUAAAUUGAUUGUGACUGAGCUGACCCCACCAAGCUUUGUAACAAGACUGGCAUCAGUAACAACAUUUGUAGGUAAAACUGCAAGACUUGAGUGCACAGUAGCUGGAUCACCUGUGAUUCAUACGGUUUGGCAGAAGAAUGGUAUUAAUAUUACAGAUGAAGAGAACUAUAAUGUAUCAGCCAAAGGCAACAAACGUGCUUUAGAAUUUAGUAACUUAAAUGUUCAGAACAAAGGCAACUAUUCUUGCAAAAUUACCAAUAACUGUGGCACUGAUAUCUGUUAUGCUGAUCUAAUCGUCCUUGACAAACCGUAUUUCACUAGGACCCUUGAAUCUACUCAGACUGUAAUUAACAAUAGUGUACGUCUUGAAUGUCAAGUAGAUGAAGACACAGCAGUAACAAUUUCGUGGAAAAAAGAUGGAUUAGCACUUCAUUCCAGCAAAUAUUAUAAAAUUACAUUUGAAGACAAAGUAGCAGUUUUGGAAAUCCUGAAAACUAGGUUGAAAGAUGCUGGGAGUUAUGAAUGCAUGGCUUCCAAUGAGGCUGGAAGUGAUUCCUGCUCAGCACUAUUAACAGUUAAAGAGCCACCUUCGUUCGUCAGGAGACCAGAACCAUCAAUACUGUUGAAAAAAGGUGAUUCAGCACACUUGAAUUGCCAAGUGAAAGGGUCUCCUGAAAUUAAUGUUGCCUGGUACAAAAACAAUAAGAUUCUCAAUUCCUCGGAAAAAUACACAAUAUCAUUUACUGACUCUUCAGCUGAUCUUGAGAUUAAUGAUCUAAAUGUAGAAGAUAGUGGGGAUUAUGUGUGUGAAGCACAAAAUGAAGCUGGGACAGAUAGCUGCAGUUCUGUCAUUACAAUCAAAGAACCACCCUCUUUUAUCAAAACUUUUGAUCCUACUGAAGUGGUAAGAGGAUUCAAUUGUACUCUUGAAUGUGAGCUGAUGGGUACAACUCCAUUUGAAGUUGUUUGGCACAAAGACAAAAAACUGAUCCGAUCUAGUAAGAAGUACAAGAUGAUUUUCCAAAAUAUGCGUGCUUAUCUCCACAUUAGUCUUUUUGAGUUCUCAGAUGUUGGUGAUUAUCAAUGCACAGUGUCGAAUGAAGUAGGGAAGUGUCUCUGUGGUGCAACUUUGAAAAUGAAAGAACCACCAUCAUUUGUGAAGAAAAUUGAAAACGCAACAGCAAUUUUGGGAAGUUCAGCAAUGUUUCAAUGCAGCAUAAAAGGCUCAAUGCCAAUCACUGUAACAUGGCUGAAAGAUAAAGAUCUUAUCACAGAAAGCAGUAAUGUCAAAAUGACUUUUGAGAAUAAUAUUGGUACUCUUCACAUUGCUGCUGUAGAAAUGAACAGCAGUGGCAGAUACACUUGUCAUGCAGAAAAUGAUGCAGGAAGUCAGAAGUGUCUAGCAACAUUAAUUGUGAAAGAGCCAGCAAAUAUCGUAGAAAAAGCAGAACCAAUUAGUGUGACUGCUGGAGACCCAGCAACUUUGGAGUUCGUAAUAACUGGCACACCAGAACUUAAAAUUAAAUGGUUUAAGAACGGGAAGGAGCUAAUAUCCAGUAGAAAAUGUAAAACAAGUUUAUUAAAUAAAAUUGCCAGCCUAAGGAUUAUUUCUGCAGAAAAUGAGGAUAGUGGUGAAUAUACUUUCGAGGUAAAAAACGAUGUGGGGAGUUGCAGCUGCAAAACUUCUAUUACAGUAUUGGAUCGUAUGAUUGCUCCAACCUUCACUAAAAAACUGAGGAAAAUGACCAGCAAUUUGGGUGCGACCUUUCAUAUGGAUUGCAAGUUCUCUGGUUCUAUCCCUGUUGGUAUUUCUUGGUAUAAAGAUGACAAAGAGUUAUCAGCCAAUGAUAAGUACACAAUGUCACGUCAAGACAACACCGCUGCUUUGACGAUUAAACAAUUAGAAAUUGCGGAUGGUGGAACUUACUCCUGUAAAGCUACUAACUCUGCAGGAAGUGAUGAAUGCAGUGGAGUCUUAAAUGUAAAAGAGCCUCCAAGCUUCAUAGUAAAACCUGCAUCAGAGAAAGUCCUGCCGGGUACAACUGUGAAAUUUAAGGUUGUUGUAAAUGGAACACCUCCAAUGUCAAUGAAAUGGUUCAAGGGCCACACAGAGCUUGUGACUGGUGGCAGCUGUUUCAUCAUGAAGGAUAUUUCUACAACCUAUCUUGAGCUUUUUUCGGUGAAGCCAUCUGAUAUGGAUGAUUACAUUUGUGAAAUCAGCAAUGAUGCUGGAACAAUUUCCUGUACAACAAAUCUUUUCGUUAAAGAACCACCAACAUUCACCCGGAAGCUAGAACCAGCAAAAUUACUGAAAACUGGUGACUCGGCUCAAUUUGAAUGCGAAGUUACUGGCACACCUGAAAUUAAAAUUACAUGGUAUAGAAAAGACAAGCAGGUUCAUCCCAGUGACAAAUACCGAAUCUCAUUUGUUAACAAUGUGUCAGUUCUUGAAAUUCUUGAUGGUGACGUGGAAGACAGUGGUGAAUACACUUGUGAAGCUAAGAAUGAAGUUGGUAGUGAGAGUUGCAGUGUUACUGUAACAAUUAAAGAUCCUCCAUCAUUCAUAAAAAUGCUUGAACAUCUUGAGGUGAUUAAGGCCUCUAAUGUUAUACUUGAAUGUGAACUGGCUGGUACAGCACCUUUUGAAGUUUCUUGGUAUAAGGAUAAUAAACAGAUUAGGCCGAGCAAAAAAUACAAGGCAGUCUGUCAAAACUCUUUUGUUUAUUUACAUAUUCUUAAUUUUGACACUGUGGAUGUUGGUGAAUAUCAAUGCAAGGUGUCAAAUGAAGUUGGAGGUUGUUCAUGCAGUUCUGCAGUGGCUUUGAAAGAACCACCAUCAUUUCUCAAGAAGAUUGAAAAUAAUACAGUGCUUUUGGGAACAUCUGCAUUGUUUCAAUGUGCUGUGAAAGGUUCAAGACCAAUUUCCAUAACCUGGCAAAAAGAUAAGGAUGAUAUUACUGAAGAUGCUAAUAUUAAAAUAUCUUUUGAAGAUGAUAUAGCAACACUGCAUAUUGCUUCUGCUGAAAAACAUCAUGGUGGGAAGUUUGUUUGUGAGGCAAAGAAUGAUGCGGGAAUCACAAAAUGCGUUGCAAAUUUAAUUGUGAAAGAACCUGCAAGUAUUAUAGAAAAAGCAGAUUCUAUUAGUGUAACUGCAGGAGAGCCAGCAACAUUGGACUGCAGUUUUACAGGAACACCAGAAAUUAAAGCCAGAUGGUUUAAGAAUGGCACAGAAUUGAUUACUGGGAGAAAAUACAAAAUCAGCGUUGCAAAUAAGAUUACUAGUUUAAAGAUCCCUUUUACUGAGAAAGAGGAUAGUGGUGAAUAUACCUGUGAGGUCGAGAAUGACGUUGGUAGCAGCAGUUGCAAAGCUUCCAUUACAGUACUGGAUCGCAUAGUUCCACCAUCAUUUAAAAGAAACUUAAAAAAUACGGAUGGCAUCAAAACUUCUUUUGUUAAGAUGGAAUGCAAAAUCUCUGGUUCUCUUCCAAUGACUGUACUUUGGUAUAAGGACAAUGAAGAAUUAACAUCUAAUGAAAAGCAUAAGUUUUCUUACUAUGAUAACAUUGCACAGCUGGAGAUUCAUCAACUAGAAAUGACAGAUGGUGGAAGCUACACUUGCAGAGCAACAAAUUCUGCUGGAACUGAUCAAAGUAUUGGUGUCUUAACUGUGAAAGAACCUCCUUAUUUUACUCUGAAACCUUUGUCCCAGGAUGUUAUACCUGGUUCUAAAGUACAGUUUAGGAGUGUUAUUGGUGGAACUCCUCCAAUAACCAUCAAAUGGUUCAAGGACAAAAAGGAACUGGUGCCAAGUAGUUCACUUUACAUUUCCAAAGAAGGUUCAACAAGUAUGCUACAGCUCCAUUCAGCAAAAAUCUCUGAUACUGGUGACUACACUUGUCGAGUCAGCAAUGAAGUUGGCAGUGAAACAUGUGUGGCACAUCUUUUUGUCAAAGAGCCUCCAAGCUUCAUUCAGAAGCCGGAUCGUACAACAUUAUUGAAGAAGGGAAGUUCUACAUCUCUUGAGUGCUCAGUAAUUGGUACACCUGAGAUCAAAAUAACUUGGUACAAGCAAGAAAGUGAAAUUCUCCCAAGUGAUAAAUUCAGGAUGUUAUUUGUCGAUUCAAAACCUGUGCUUGAGCUUACUAAUGUCAAUGUGGAAGACAGUGGUCAAUAUACUUGUAGAGCAGAAAAUGAAGCUGGCUUUGACAACUGCAGCGUUACAAUUACUGUUAAAGAACCUCCUUCUUUUAGCAAGAAACUGGAACCUAUGGAGACAGUGAAAGGAAAUGAUGUCAGUCUUGAAUGUGGAAUUGCUGGUUCAGGUCCAUUUGAUGCCACUUGGUAUAAAGACAAUAAGCAGAUUCAGUCAAGUAUAAAAUUCAAGCUGACAACUGGAAAAUCUUUAACAAGUCUUUUUAUUCAGAAUGUUGAUAAUUCAGAUGCUGGUGAAUACCGGUGUGAAGUAACAAAUGACGUGGGAAGUUGUUCUUGUGCUGCAGUGGUCAAAUUAAAAGAACCACCUUUCUUCAUGAAAAGGAUUGAAAAUGUUACAACAUUAUCUGGAAAUUCUGCCACUUUUAAUAGCCAAAUAGAAGGCUCAUCUCCCAUAUUUAUCACAUGGAUGAAGGACAAAGAAGAAAUCAGAGAAGAUGACAAUAUUAAUAUAUCUUUUGAGGACAGUAUUGCUGUACUGCACAUUGUUUCUGUUGAAUCAUAUCACAGUGGAAAGUACGCCUGUCAGGCUAGGAAUGAUGCAGGAACUGAGAAGUGUUUUGCAACCUUGUCAGUAACAGAACCUGCACAAAUCCUAGAGAAACCAGAGCCUUUAAGUGUAACUUCAGGAACAAUGGCAAUCUUGGAAUGUGUUGUUGCUGGUACUCCAGAGCUAAAAGUUAGAUGGUUCAAGAAUCAAGAAGAAUUGACAUCUAGUAGGAAAUAUAAAGUGACAUUUGUGAACAAAGUGGCAGCCCUAAAGAUACAAUCUGUUGAUAAGGAUGAUAGUGGAGAAUAUGCUUUUGAAGUACAGAAUGAGUUUGGACACAGCAGCUGCACAACUUCGUUGACAGUACUAGAUCGAAUAAUUGCUCCAACUUUUACUAAAAGUUUAAAGAAAAUGGAUAAUAUAUUAGGAGCUUUGAUGCACAUGGAGUGCAAAGUAUCUGGUUCACUUCCAAUCAGCAUUUCUUGGUAUAAAGAUAACACAGAAAUAAUGGCUGAUCACAAAUACAAAAUGUCUUUUGAAGAAAAUACAGCAUUUUUGGAGAUUAACGAACUUGAAAUCAGAGAUGGUGGAAACUACUCUUGCAAAGCAACAAAUGCUGCUGGAAGUAGUAAAUGCAGUGGAUCUCUAACUAUAAAAGAACCGCCAAGCUUUAUAGAAAAACCGAUGUCCCAAGAGAUUGUACUUGGUUCUACACUACAGUUUAAAAGCAUUGUGAAAGGAACUCCUCCAUUGUUUAUCAAGUGGAUUAAGGAUAAUAAGGAGCUGAAACCUGCCCCAAGAUGUUCCAUUUGGAAUGAAGAAACAACAUACUUCCUCGAGCUAAUUUCAACCAAAACUUCUGAUGCUGGUGUUUACAGCUGUCAACUCACUAAUGAAGCUGGUUCAGUCAUUAGUACUGCAAAUGUAUUCAUUAAAGAGCCACCAUCUUUCAUCCAGAAGCUGGAGUCAUCAAAAAUUCUGAAGAAGGGCGAGUCAGCACAUUUUGAAUGCAAAGUGACUGGAACACCUGAAAUCAAAAUUUCGUGGUUCAAGAAUGAUACUGAAAUCAGAAACAGUGAAAAAUAUAAAAUGCAUUUUGAUAAUUCUGUAGCAUUUCUUGAAAUUAAUGACUCUGGUGUAGAAGACAGUGGCGAUUACAUUUGUGAAGCUCAAAAUGAAGCUGGCAGUGUCAGCUGCAGUGUUGCAGUUAAUGUCAAAGAACCACCUGUUUUCAGUAAAAUGCUUGAGACAUUGGAUGUAAUAAAAAGUUCUGAUGUCAUACUGCACUGUGAAUUCAGUGGUACAUCUCCUUUUGAAGUUACCUGGUACAAAGACAAAAGGCAAAUUCGAGCAAGUAAAAAAUAUAAAAUUACAUAUGAAAACAAUGUAGCAAGUCUUUACGUUCUUAAAGUGGAGACACCUGACAUAGGGGAAUACAUGUGUAUGGUGAAGAAUGAUGUGGGAAGUAUUAGUUGCACUGGCACAUUAAAUCUCAAAGAGCCACCCAUGUUUGUGAAGAAACUUUCAAACAUUUCUUCAGUAUUCGGAGAGCCUGUCACAUUACAAGGUACUGUUAGAGGUUCGGAACCAAUUCAAGUAACAUGGAUGAAAGAAAAGAAACAAGUGAAAGAUAAUGAGGACAUAACUAUUACCCAUGUACAAAACAUUGUUACUUUGCAUAUUUCAAAAAUGGAGCCUGUCCAUGCUGGAAUGUAUGUUUGCCAAAUCAGAAAUGAUGCUGGAGUGCAAGAGUCCUCUGCUGCAUUAUCACUCUUGGAACCUGCCACUAUAGUGGAAAAAGCAGAAUCUGUCAACGUAACUUCAGGAGAUCCGGUAAUCUUGGAAUGCAUUGUUAAAGGCACACCUGAACUAAAAGUAAAAUGGUUGAAAGACGAUCAAGAAUUAGUGUCUGGCAGAAAAUACAAGAUCAGUUUUCUUAAUGGAAUUGCUACUUUAAAAGUUUUAUCUGCAGAGAAAGCAGAUGGUGGUGAAUAUACCUUUGAAGUCCAGAAUAAUGUGGGUAGCAGCAGCUGCAAAGUAUCAGUCAACGUUCUAGAUCGUAUUAUUCCACCAACAUUUAUUAGAAAAUUAAAGAAAAUGGAUGGUAUCUUGGCUUCUCCACUCAAAAUGGAAUGCAAGGUUUCUGGAUCGCCUCCAAUUACUAUGUCUUGGUUCAAAGAUGGCCAUGAGAUUGUCCAUGGAGAAAAAUAUCACCUGGUAUUUGGAGAAAAUAAAUGUGAUUUGAAAAUCAAUACUUUGGAACUAUCCGAUGCUGGCAAUUAUUUAUGUAAAGCAACCAAUGCUGCAGGAAGCGAUGAAUGCAGUGGUGUUUUAACUGUGAAAGAACCACCCUCAUUUGUGACUAAACCAGAUCCUCAAGAAGUUUUACCUGGCUCAACAGUGAAAUUUGUAAGUGUUAUUACUGGCACAGCACCAUUGAAAGUAAAAUGGUUUAGAGGCAGCACUGAACUGAUAACAGGAAGAAGAAGUCGCAUAUCUUUAAGUGACUCAACAUCAGUACUUGAGCUACUAAAUGUGGAACCUUCCCAAAGUGGUGACUACACUUGCCGAGUUAAGAAUGAAGCUGGUGAAGAUUUUUGUACAACAAAAUUAGUUGUGAAAGAACCAGCAGUAUUCCAGAAAAAAAUAAAAGAUUCCAGUGCAGUACUGGGAAAGUCAGUUUGUCUUGAUUGCAUAUACUCUGGUACUCCAGAAAUCAAAAUAACCUGGAAAAAGAAUGGACUUGAGAUACUCCAGUCUGAAAAGCACAUUAUUACAACUACUGAAACAUCUUGCAUUUUGGAAAUUCUCAACUCUGUUAGAGAUGAUGGUGCAACAUAUACUUGUGAAGUACAAAAUGAUGCUGGAGGGGACACUUGUCAGGCUGAAGUAAAAAUACUGGAACCGCCAACAUUUGUCCAACAUUUAGAGCCUCUGGAAGUAACCGUCGGUGACUCAGGAUCUUUUCAAUGUGCGCUGACUGGAACACCUGAAAUAAAAGUAGCUUGGUACAAGGGAGAUACAAAACUGAGAUCCACCCCAAAUUGCAAAAUGGAAUUUGUGAACAAUAUUGCAAAAUUGGAAUUAAAGAAAGUAGCAAUGAACGACUGUGGGGAAUUCAUAUGUAAAGCUGAAAACAAAAUAGGUGUCUGUUCAUCAAAAGCUGUGCUCACUGUACAAGAGCGCAAAACUGCACCUUCUUUUGUAAGAAAAGUUAAGAAUAUGGAAGUAACCCUCGGUCUUUCAGUAACAUUUGAAUGUCAUACUGCUGGUUCAGCUCCCAUUGAAACUUCUUGGUUUAAAGAUGGUGUAAAGUUGGUCCCUGGAGAAAAUUUAAAUAUGUCUUUCAUGGAGAAUGUAGCAACUCUUAAAAUUCUUAAAGCUGAGAUGGAGCAUGCUAGUGAAUACACUUGCAAAGCAUCAAACAUGAUGGGAGAUGCUUCAUGCAGUUCCAGAUUAUCUGUCAAAGAGCCUAGGGUUGCACCCCGCUUUGACAAAAGACUAGAACCAGUAGAAGUUACAACAGGGGAAAGUGUGGAUCUUGAAUGCCAUUUAACUGGAUCUUUCCCAAUUAAAGUUACUUGGCUGAAGGAUGGCAAAGAGAUUCGAUCUGGUGGCAAUUACAACAUAACUUAUGUAGAAAAUACACCCCACCUGAUCAUUCUGAAAGCAGACAAAGGAGAUGUUGGUCAAUACAUUUGUGAGGCCAGCAAUGAUAUUGGAAAGGAUUCAUGCAAAACUGAAGUGACUGUGAAAGAUCGUAAAAUUCCACCAAGCUUUACUAAAAAGCCUCUUGAAACAAUACACGAAGUAGAAAGAAAACCUAUAAAACUUGAAGCUCGUGUUUCUGGUUCACAACCAUUAUCUGUAACCUGGUUCAAAAAUGAGCAAGAGAUAUUGCAAACUGAAAACUAUGAGCUAUCAUUUAAACACAACGUCGUAAUGUUGAACAUUAAAAAAGCACAGCAUGCUGAUUCUGGUGUGUAUACAUGUGAAGCAUCCAAUGAAGUAGGCACUGCACAGUUUAACGUCUCUGUUUCAAUCGAAGAACAUAAAAUGGCACCUUAUUUCAUCAGGAAAAUUAAGAAUAUGGAAGUAUCUCUUGGUUUACCAGUGACCUUUGAAUGUUGCACUGCUGGUUCUGCUCCUAUUAAAAUAUCUUGGUUUAAAGAUGGUGUAAAAUUACUCCCUGGAGAAAACUUAAUUAUAUCUUUCAUGGAGAAUGUAGCAACUCUUAAAAUUCUUAAAACUAAGAUGAAUCAUGCUGGUGAAUACACUUGCAAAGCUUCCAACGAAGUUGGAGUUGUUUCAUGUAGUUCAAAACUAGUUCUUAUAGAGUCCAGAGUUGCUCCUCUAUUUGACAAAAAACUGGAGUCAGUGGAGGUAACAACCGGACAAACUGUGGACUUUGAGUGUCACUUAAUUGGCUCUCCACCAAUUAAAGUUACUUGGCUGAAGGAUAGCAAAGAGAUUCGAUCGGGUGGAAAUUACAAGAUAACUUAUGUGGAAAGUACACCCCGUCUGAUUAUUCUGAAAGCAGACAAAGGAGAUAUUGGUCAAUACAUUUGUGAGGCCAGCAAUGAUAUUGGAAAGGAUUCAUGCAAAACUGAAGUUAUUGUGAAAGAUCAUAAAAUUCCACCAAACUUUACUAAAAAACCUCUUGAAACAAUUCAUGAAACAGAAGGAAAAUCUAUAAAACUUGAAGCUCAUGUUUCUGGUUCACAACCAUUAUCCGUAACCUGGUUCAAAGAUGAGCAAGAGAUCUUGCAAACUGAAAACUAUGAGCUAUCAUUUAAAAACAAUGUCAUAAUGUUGAACAUUAAAAAAGUACAGCUUGCUGAUUCUGGUGUGUAUACAUGUGAAGCAUCCAAUGAAGUAGGCACUGCAAGGCUUAAUGUAUCUCUGCUGAUCAAAGAACAUAAAAUUCCACCUUCUUUCUUAAGAACAAUGGAGAAUAUUGAAAUGACUGUUGGCUUACCAAUCACAUUUGCAUGUCAUACUGCUGGUUCAGCUCCUAUUGUAACUGCUUGGUUUAAAGAUGGUGUAAAAUUAAUUCCUGGAGAAAAUUUAAUUAUAUCAUUUAUAGAGAAUGUAGCAUCUCUUAAAAUUCUUAAAACUGAAUUGAAGCAUGCUGGUGAAUACACUUGCAAAGCUUCCAACAUAGCGGGAGAUAUUUCAUGUCAUUCAACACUGUCUCUCAAAGAGUCUAGAGUUGCUCCUCUAUUUGACAAAAAACUAGAACCAGUGGAAGUUACUGUUGGAAAAACUGUGGAUCUCGAGUGCCACUUAAUUGGGUCUUCCCCAAUUAAAGUUAGAUGGCUGAAGGAUGACAGAGAGAUUCAUUCGGGUGGCAAUUAUAAGAUAACUUUUGUGGAAAAUACACUGCAUCUGAUUAUUCUGAAAGCAGACAAAGGAGAUGUUGGUCAAUACAUUUGUGAGGCCAGCAAUGAUAUUGGAAAGGAUUCAUGCAAAGCUGAAGUGAUUGUGAAAGAUCGUAAAAUUCCACCAAGUUUUACCAAAAAGCCUCUUGAAACAAUUCAUGAUACAGAAGGAAAAUCUGUGAAACUUGAAGCUCGCGUUUCUGGUUCACAACCAUUAUCUGUCACCUGGUUAAAAGAUGAGCAAGAGAUCUUGCAAACGACAAACUAUGAGUUCUUAUUUAAAAAUAAUCUCAUAACAAUGGACAUUAAGAAAGCACAGCUUGCUGAUUCUGGUGUUUAUACAUGUGAAGUAUCCAAUGAGGCAGGCUCUGCAACAUUUAAUGUGUCUCUGCUAAUCAAAGAACUUAAGAAGCCACCUGUCUAUGAUAUUCCACUCAAACCAAUGACAGCAACUGAAGGAGAGUCUGUGCAGCUAAGUUGUCAUGUCCAUGGGUCUGAACCAAUUAAAGUACAGUGGUUCAAAGAUAGGAAAGAAAUAAAACCAUCUGACAAAUUGAACAUGACUUUCGUAAAUGGCACAGCUACCCUAGCAAUUAAAACAGCUGCAAAGACAGAUAGUGGUGACUACUUGUGUAAAGCCACAAAUGAGGCUGGAAGUGACAAUUGCAAAGCCAAGUUAACAAUCCAAGAAAAAGUGGCAACAAAGAAAGUGGUUUCUCCACCACAACCUGACAAGAUCUUCUUCAUUGAGAAACCAAAUAACUUGAAAGUAAUAGAAAAGGAUAUAGCAACAUUUACUGCAAAGGUUGGUGGUGAUCCAAUUCCAAAUGUCAAAUGGAUGAAAGGCAAAUGGAGGCAAAUGAACCAUGGUGGACGAUUUAUUAUACAACAGAAGGGACAAGAGGCCAAACUAGAAAUCAAAGAUGUGGUAAAAACUGAUGCUGGACAUUACAGAUGUGUUGCAUCUAAUAAAUUUGGUGAAAUUGAAAGCAGUGCAAACUUAGAAAUCGCGGAGAAGAAAGAAAUCAUUGUUGAAACAGACUUUAGAGCAAAAUUGAAGAAAACACCAUCCAAGAAAAAGGAAGAAGAAGCAGAUAAGGACAUUGAUAUUGUAGAACUGUUAAGGAAUGUCGAUCCUAAGGAGUAUGAGAAGUAUGCACGUAUGUAUGGAAUUACAGAUUUCCGGGGCCUCCUCCAAGCUAUUGAGCAACUGAAGGCCAGCAAAGAAGAUGAAACUCACAGAGUGGAGAUCGAAGAGCGGGAGCAAGGCCCUGAAGAAGACGAGUUUAAUGAACUAAUUCAAUAUAUUCAGCAAAGAAUAGAAAAAGUUGAGCCUAUUGAAUUAAUCAAAGAUAUUGAAGAUCAGGUUGUACGUACAAAUGCAGAUGCAGUGUUUGAAUGUGCCAUAAAAAUAAACUAUCCUGAAAUCAAGCUUUCCUGGUACAAAGGAACUGAAAAAUUGGAAUCAAAUAGCAAGUAUGAAAUGAGCAUUGAUGGUAGUAUUCAUCGCUUAAGAGUUAGAAAUUGUGGUCUGCAAGAUCAAGGCAACUUCCGCAUUGUCUGUGGCCCACAUAUCUCAAGUGCUAAACUGACAGUUGUUGAACCUAUUGUUGAACAACAUCUUGAAAAUCUUUCCGGGAAAGAAGGUCAUAUCUGUAUCAUGGUUUGCCAGUUUUCUUUACCAAAUUUAAAAACUGAAUGGUUUAAAAAUGGCAGGAGAAUUGAGGGUCGUGGCCGAUAUUCCAUAGAUGUUGUAGAUAAAUUACAGAAAGUUACGAUAAGUGACUUGAAACCCGAGGAUCAAGGUCGAUUUACUUGCAGAUUUGAAGAUCUAGAGACAUCUGCUGAUUUAAGGGUUCAAGCUCACCCAAUUGAAUUCACAAAGACAAUUCAGGAUAUUGUGGUAAACGAACACGAGUCCGCUGUAUUUGAGUGUGAGGUAUCCUUUGAUGAUGCCAUUGUAACCUGGUUUAAAGACACAGUGGUUUUGAAAGAAAGUGCAAAAUACAGUUUCAGAAGGGAAGGGCGCCGACAUUUUAUGACCAUCCAUAAUGUCACAACAGAAGAUGAAGGUGUUUAUUCUGUAAUUGCUCAACUGGAACCAAGAGGUGAAGCUAAAAGUACUGCAGAACUUUAUGUGUCUAGCCAAGAAAUUACGUUGCAGCGGAGGAAACCUGAUGUUCCUGACUUUGGAAUUCCAUUUGAAGAAAAAUCAUUUACAGAACAAGAAUGGACAGAAGAAAUAGUGACUGAAAUAUCAAAGACUCACGAAGAAAUUACUUACACUAUUUUGGAAGAAGAUGAAAUUAGUCAUCGGAAAGUGUCCAAGAAGCCAAUUUUUGAUGAAGUUAAGCCACAGCUUGUUUCAAGAAAAGAAGUUCCUCCAACCAAAGUGCCUGAGGUUCCUGAGUUUAUUCCUGAAGAAAAGAAGCCAGUUGUACCAGAGGAAAAAGUUGCUCCAAUGAAAGUGCCUGAGGUUCCCAAGUUUGUUCCUGAAGAAGUGAAGCCAGUUACACAAAAAGAAAAGGGCAUUCCAAUGAAAGUUCCUGAAGUUGCAAAGUUUGUUGCUGAAGAAGUGAAAACAGUUACAGAAAAGGAAAAAGUUACUCCAAUCAAAGUUCCUGGCAUUCCUGAGUUUAUUCCUGAAGAGGUGAAGCAAGUUACACAAAAAGAAACAGUUGCUUCAAUAGAAGUGACUGAGGUUGUGGAAUUUAUUCCUGAAGAAAUUAAACGAGUUACACGAACAGAAAAGGUUGUUCCUAUAAAAGUGCCUGAGAUUCCAGAGUUUGUUCGUGAAGAAGUGAAACCAGCUACACAAAAGGAAGUGGUUGUUCCAUUGAAAGUUCCCGAGGUUCCUGGGUUUGCCAUGGAGGAAGUGAGAUCAAUUACAAGAAUAGAAAAAGUUACUACAGUAAAAGAAGAAGCUAUGAAGCCUGUUCCUGAAGUACCAGUUCUGGUCCAAAAGAAAGAAAAAAUCACAGAAACAGUGCCAGAGGCUCCUAAGAAACCAGUUGUUGAAAAAGUGGAAAAAAUUAUUGUGCCAAGAAAAGAAGAGGUUCCUCCAAAAAAAGUGUCAGAAGUCCGUAAGGAAAUAAUAUCUGAAGAAAUCAUAUCUCUUACUGUAUCAAAAGAGGAGGUUCUACCAACUAAAGUUCGGAAGACACCUGGGAAGCCAGUUGUUGAAGAAGUGGAAAAGAUUUCUGUUGCAAGACAAGAAGAAAUUUUGAUAAUGCCAGAAUCAGAACUCGUUAGGAAGACAGUUCUUGAAGAAACUAAAAUAGCUGCUGUUCCAAAGGACGAUAUUACUCCAGCUAAAGUAUUAGACAUUCAUAAGAAACCCAUUAUUGAAGAAGUGAUGCCAGUCUCUGUUCUGGAGAAAAAAGAAAAGAUUCCACCUAAAGUGCCAGAGGUUCCCAAGAAGGUUGUAAAAGUUAAACCAGAAACAGUUUCAAGAAAAGAGGAAGUUCCUCCAGUAAAAGCACCCGAGGUUCCCAAAGUGCCAGUAAAACCAGAAGAAAAACCAGCCAUUGUUCCAAAGAGAGAUGAAGUUGCACCAAUGAAAGUGCUGGAGAUUUCCAAGCCCAAAAUACUGGAAGAUGUUGAAAUAAUUGCUGUUUCAAGAGAAAAGGAAGUCAUCUCAAGAAAAGUCUUGGAGAUUCCAAAGAAGCAACUUGAUACUGAAGCUGAGCCAGAAACUGUACUAAAAAAAGAGAUCAUCACAGUAAAAGUGCCAGGAAUUCCUAAGAAACCAGUGGUAGAAGAAUUGAAACCAAGAAAAGAAGAGAUCAUAAAAACAAAAGCACCCGAGGUUCCUAAAGUGCCAGUAAAACCAGAAGAAAAACCAGCCAUUGUUCCAAAGAGAGAUGAAGUUGCACCAAUGAAAGUGCUGGAGAUUUCCAAGCCCAAAAUACUGGAAGAUGUUGAAAUAAUUGCUGUUUCAAGAGAAAAGGAAGUCAUCUCAAGAAAAGUCUUGGAGAUUCCAAAGAAGCAACUUGAUACUGAAGCUGAGCCAGAAACUGUACUAAAAAAAGAGAUCAUCACAGUAAAAGUGCCAGGAAUCCCUAAGAAACCAGUGGUAGAAGAAUUGAAACCAAGAAAAGAAGAGAUCAUGACAACAAAAGUGAAUGAAGUUUAUACGAAGACUGUUAUUGAAGAAUAUCAUGAAGAUGUUGUUCAUAAAAGAGAGAUGGGUGCUGCAGAUAAAGUUCUGGAGAAGCCACAGAGACCAAUUGCUGAACAAAUCCAACCAGUUAAAAUUUCAAGAGAAAAGCCCACUCUGAUAACAGUGCCAGAUGUUCCAAGAGAAGCAUUCGCCGAAGAACCAGGGAAAGAACCAGCACCACCAAUCAAAGAGCUUCCACCUGAACCUGCUGCUAUCGAACGGGAGAAGCAAGCUGCUGUUCCAGAAAAAGUGAAAGUUCCUCCAAAGAAAGUGCCAGAAGUUGCUAAGAAGAAAGUCGAAGAACCAAAACCAGCUACUGUUCCAAAAGAGGUUGCUGAACCGAAAGAAGUUCCUAAGAAGCCAGCUGCUGAGCCAUUGAAACCAAAGAAAGAGGUUACUCCAGAAAAGGUGCCUGAAGUUCCCAAGAAGCCAGCACCAGAACCAAAGAAGGAGGUUACUCCAGAAAAAGUGCCUGAAGUUCCUAAGGAGCCAGCUCCAGAACCAAUGAAACCAAAGAAGGAGGUCACUCCAGAAAAAGUGCCUGAAGUUCCUAAGAAACCAGCUCCGGAACCAUUGAAACCAAAGAAGGAGGUCACUCCAGAAAAAGUGCCUGAAGUUCCUAAGAAACCAGCUCCGGAACCAUUGAAACCAAAGAAGGAGGUCACUCCAGAAAAAGUGCCUGAAGUUCCUAAGAAACCAGCUCGUGAACCAUUGAAACCAAAGAAGGAGGUCACUCCAGAAAAAGAACCUGAAGUUCCUAAGAAACCAGCUGCUGAACCAUUGAAACCAAAGAAGGAAGUCACUCCAGAAAAAGUGCCUGAAGUUCCUAAGAAACCAGCUGCUGAACCACUGAAACCAAAGAAGGAGGUUACUCCAGAAAAAGUGCCCGAAGUUCCUAAGAAACCAGCUCCGGAACCAUUGAAACCUAAGAAGGAGGUCACUCCAGAAAAAGUGCCUGAAGUUCCUAAGAAGCCAGUUCCAGAACCAUUGAAACCAAAGAAAGAGGUCACUCCAGAAAAAGUACCAGAAGUUCCUAAGAAGCCAGCUCCUGAACCAUUGAAACCAAAGAAGGAGGUCAUUCCAGAAAAAAUGACUACGGUUGCUGAGAAGAUUGAACCUAAAGAUGAUCUAGUCACUGUUCCAGUGAAACAAGAUUUGGAAUCGAUGGAAGAGCCAGAAACUGAGGAAGUGCCUGUUACUACACUCCCCAUCACUACACCGGGGCCAGUCAAGAAACCUGCUAAAGAUGCUAAGGCACCAACUGAGGAAGCCGGCAAGGGUAGAGGCUUUUUAAGAGCGAGAAAGACACCAUCACCUGGAGAAGGAGACAAGAAGCCACUUAAACCAGGUGGAGGGAGGCCACCUUCAGAGGAACCACCAUUUGCAGGGUUCCAGCUUAAAGCAGUCCAGCUGAAAUUUGUCAAAGAGUUACAAGAUAUUGUGUUGGAAGAAGCAGAGUCAGUAGGUUCAUCUGCUACAUUUGAAUGCCUGAUUUCCCCAUCUACGGCAUUAACAUCUUGGAUGAAGGACGGGGGCACUAUAAGAGAAGGUCCAAAAUAUAAAUUCACCUCCGAUGGCAAGGAUAGAAAGUUGAAUAUCAUUGAUGUGCAGCUUUCAGAUACGGGUGAAUAUACCUGUGUCGGCCGCCUUGGCAAGCAAGAAAAAACGUCUACAGCUAAACUAAUUGUCCAAGAAUUACCAGUGGCCUUCUUUAAAACAUUGGAUGAGGAAAUUACUGUCUUCAAAGGACAGCCCUUAUAUCUGAUCUGUGAGCUGACAAAAGACAAACCUGUAAUUUGGAAGAAGGAUGGUGAACCACUUGAUGAAACACAGACCAGAUACGCAAUUAGCGUCAUUGGGUUGCAGCGUUCCAUUACUAUCUCAAGUGCUGACUUCGAAGAUGCUGGAGUGUUUUCUGUUGAGACUGCAAAUAUAAGAUGCGAAGGGAAAGUUACCGUACAAGAGAUUGUCAGGAAGUGGUUUGUCAAACCUGUCCGGGACCAACGGGUCAAACAAAAGGGAACUGCUACCUUUGAAUGUGAAAUUGCUAAAGACACACCAAAUAUCAAAUGGUUCAAAGGUGAAGAAGAGAUUCCAGUGGAACCCAAUGCAAAAUAUGAAAUUAAGAAAGAGGGCAAAAUUCUUCGUCUCACUGUGAAGGAUGCAGCCCCAGAAGAUAUUGGUGAAUACACAGUGGAAGUGGAAGGGCAGGCUUCUACGGCCAAUCUGAUAGUUGAUGAGAGAGAGAUAGACAUACUUACUGAAUUACAAAGUGUGGAAAUUUAUGAAAAAGAAACAGCCACAUUUGAAACAGAGAUUUCUCAAGAUGUUCCAGUUGAAUGGAAGCUCAAAGGAGAGAUUCUACGACCAUCACCUACUUGUGAAAUAAAAUCAGAAGAUAAUAAACGUUUCUUGGUCCUUCAUGAUGUCAAAUUGGAUCAAGCUGGUGAAGUUGUCUUCAAGGCUCGCAAUGCUACGUCCAUUGCUUAUUUGAGAGUUAAAGAAUUAGAAGUCGACUUUACAACACCAUUAAAAGACGUGACUGUUCCAGAGAAGCGCCAGGCACGGUUUGAGUGUCUACUUAACAAGGAGGUUCCAAAUAUUUUGUGGAUGAAAGGCACGGACAUACUUAAGAGUGGUGAAAAGUAUGAUUUAGUCAGAGAUGGAAAGAAGCACAUUCUUGUUAUCAAUAACUCAACCUUUGAUGAUGAAGGAGAUUAUACUGCUGAAGUUGAAGGCAAGAGGUCAACUGCAAAACUGACUGUGACUGGUCUGCGAUUGAAGUUCAUUACACCACUAAAAGAUCAGACAGUCAAAGAAGGUAACACAGCUCAUUUUGAAAUUGAGCUCUCACAUGAAAAUCUCCCAGUGACUUGGUACAAAAAUGAGAAUAAAAUUCAUCCAAGCCGAACAGCUUUGGUCUCCAGUGAUGGGAAGAAGCACACAUUAGAAAUUAAAGAAGUAACUCUUGAUGAUACAUGUCAAAUACGGGCAGAAGUUGCUCAGCUCUCCUCAAGAUGUAAUCUGACUGUCCUAGAGGCUGAUCCUUACUUCACUGUUAAGUUGCAAGAUUAUACUGCUGUCGAGAGAGAUGACAUCACUCUUGAAUGUGAAGUGAGCAAAGAAGUACCAGUUAAAUGGCUAAAGAAUGGCAAUGAAAUCAAAGCAUCAAAAACAAUUUCAGUGAAAGCUGUUGGGAAACGCUGUAGUUUGACAAUCAAGAGAGUUGACAGUAAAGACCAGGGUGAAUAUGAAUGUGACUGUGGAACUGACAAGACAAAAGCCACUGUCAAUAUUGAAGCUCGCAUCAUCAAGGUGGUGCACCCAUUACAUGGCGUAGAAAUCUUUGAAGGUGAAACUGCCCGUUUUGAAGUGGAGAUUUCAGAAACUGAUGUCCAUCUCCAGUGGAAGCUGAAAGGCGAAACUUUGCUACUUUCACCUCAAUGUGAGAUUAUUGAAGAUGGCAAAAAACACAUUCUGGCCCUUUACAACUGCAAGCUAAGUGAUUCUGGAGAAGUGUCUUUCCAAGCUGCAAAUGCUAAAUCUGCAGCAACUCUGAAAGUCAAAGAAAUUCCACUCACUUUCAUUGUACCGCUUAAUGAUGUGAAAGUGUAUGAGAAAGACGAAGCCAAGUUUGAAUGCGAAGUAUCUAGAAAAGCCAAGACUUUCCGCUGGUUAAAAGGAAGUGAUGAAAUUCAACCUAGUGAUAAAUUUGAAAUGUUAGCAGAAGGACUAAAACACAUGUUAACUAUUAAAGAAGCUGCAUUUGAUGAUGAGGCAAAAUACAUGUUUGAAGCAGAGGAUAAGAGGACAAGUGGCAAACUAAUAAUCCAAGGCAUACGACUUGAAUUCACCAAACCUCUUGAAGAUCAGACUGUAAAAGAGCGUGAAACUGCAGCAUUUGUAGCUGAGCUUUCACAUGAGAACAUUCCAGUUGUAUGGUACAAAAAUGAUGUCCGCCUGCAUCCAAGUCGUUCAGUGACUAUGAAAGACGAGAAUAAGAUCCAUACUAUUACUUUCAAAGAUGUGACCAUCGAUGAUACUUCACUUAUUAAGGUUGAAGCAAUGGACAAAAGUUCAGAGGCUAAACUUAUAGUGCUUGAGGGCGAUCCAUAUUUUAUAAACAAACUACAAGAUUACACAGCUGUGGAAAAAGAUGAAGUUGUAUUCCAGUGUGAAAUCAGUAAAUCUGCUGCACCAGUUAGAUGGUUUAAGGAUGGGAAGGAACUGAUCCCUUCAAAGAAUGUUCAGAUUAAAGCAGAUGGGAAGAAGCGAAUAUUAAUCAUUAAAAGAGCAAUGAAAAAUGACCAGGGGCAAUAUUCUUGUGACUGUGGCUCAGACAACACAUCAGCCAAUCUAAAUAUUGAAGAACGCCACAUUAAGAUAUUGCGUCCAUUGUACAGUGUUGAGGUCACAGAAACAGAAACUGCUCGUUUUGAGACAGAAAUUUCUGAGGAUGAUGUACAUGGCAACUGGAAGCUAAAGGGGGAGAAUUUACAUCCCUCUGUAGACUGUGAAAUCAAAAAGGAAGGCACAAAACAUUUUCUUAUAUUGUACAAUGUACUUAUGGAUCAAGCUGGUGAAGUUGAUUUCCAGGCUGCGAAUGCCAAAACCAGUGCUCAUUUGAGAGUCAAAGCUCGAGUGAUCAGCUUACUCCGGCCCCUUAAAGAUGUGACAGUAACUGCUGGAGAUUCGGCUUCUUUUGAUUGUGAACUGUCCUAUGAAGGAAUUGAAGUCCAGUGGUUCUUGAAGAACAAAUUACUUGAGCCCAGCGAAAGAAUUGUGACUCGCAUGGAAGGUAAAAGGCACACUUUCACUCUAAGAAACGUUCAGUUAAAUGAAGCUGGUGAAGUUAAGCUCAUUGCUAAAGGCUUCACAACAUCUGCCAAGCUCAUUGUUAAAGAGCCUCCAGCUGAAUUUACAAAACCUUUGGAGGACCAAACAGUUGAAGAAGAAGCCACAGCUACACUAGAGUGUGAGGUGUCCAGAGAGAAUGCUGAGGUUAUUUGGCUUAAGGAUGGAAAGGAAAUACAUAAAACCAAGAAGCAUGAGAUCAUUGCUGAUGGAAGAGUUCGAAAGCUUAUUAUUCAUGACUGCAAACCUGAAGAUUCCAAAAUGUAUACUUGUGAUGCAAAAGGCUUCAAGACUUCCUGUUUUCUCACUGUGGAACCUCCUCAUGUUCAAUUUACAAAGCCUCUUACUGAUCUUGUGGUGAAAGAAAAGGAAGUUGCUAAAUUUGUAUGUGAAGUUUCACGUGAAAAUGCAAAGGUGCGUUGGUUUAAGGAUGGAGUUGAAGUAAGAAAAGGCAAGAAGUAUGACAUUGUUGCUAAAGGUGUGGAAAGAAUGCUUAUUAUCCACAAAAGUAGCUUUGACGAUGAAGCUGAAUAUGAAUGUGAUGCAAGGACUGCUAAAACAUCUGGAUUGCUCACAGUUUUAGAAGAGGAAGCUGUCUUUACAAAGAACCUUGCAAAUGCUGAAGUUACUGAAACAGAGACAAUUAAACUGGUUUGUGAAGUAUCCAAACCAAAUGCUGAUGUAACUUGGUAUAAGGGAGAUAUGGAGUUGCCUGAAGUUGGCAGAUAUGAACAACGUAUAGAAGGCCGAAAGCGAAUUUUAGUAAUUCAGAACACUAAUCCAGAUGAUGCUGGUGAAUAUAAUUGUAGGCUUUCAAGUGGUGCACGGACCUCUUGUGAACUAAGAGUCAAUGAACGGGCAGCAGAAUUUAUUUCUAAACCACGGAAUCUGGAAGUUUUAGAAGGAGAAAAGGCAGAAUUUGUUUGUUCAUUAUCAAAAGACACUUACGAAGUGAAAUGGUUUAAAGGAGAUGAAGAACUUAAAUCUGAUGAUAAAUAUGAAAUUGUAUCUGAUGGCAAGAAACGAGUGCUCAUUGUCAAAAAUUCCAUCCCAAAAGAUGAAGGAACUUAUGCUGUUAUGAUUGGAACCUCAAGAGCAACUGCAGAACUUAGAGUUAUUGAUAAACUUCAGAUAAUAACUCCCAUCAAGGACCAGGUAGCUCGAGAAGGACAAGAAAUUGUAUUCAAUUGCGAAGUUAACACUGAAGGUGCCAGACCUAAAUGGUUUAAAAAUGGAGAGACUAUUUUUGAUAGCCCAAAAUAUGUCAUGAUCCAGAAAGAUUUAGUCUUUACCCUCAGAAUCAGGGAUUCUCAAAUGGAUGAUCAAGGAAUGUACACAAUAGCACUGACAAAUCAUAGAGGGGAGCAUGCAAAAUGUUCAGCAACAUUACAAGUAGAAGAGGAGGAACUGAAAAUCAUUGAACCUCUUGAUGAUCGUGAAACAAUGGAAAAGAAAUCUGUCACCUUCAGCUGCAAAGUGAACCGUGAAAAUGUCACUCUACAAUGGUUGAAAAAUGGAGAGGAAAUUACAUUUGACAAACGAAUUCUAUAUAAAAUUGACAAGAAAAAACAUUCUCUUAUAAUCAGAGGGUGUGAAUUCAAAGAUGAGGGAGAAUAUACUGUAAUUGCUGGCCAAGACAAAUCAGUUGCAGAACUAAUUAUCACAGAGGCACCAGCAGAUUUCACAGAACAUAUUCAAGAUCAAACAGUCAUUGAGUUUGAAGAUGCAAUCUUUUCAUGUCAGUUGUCUAAAGAGAAGGCAACUGUGAAAUGGUAUCGAAAUGGCAGAGAACUCAGAGAAAGCAAGAAGUAUCAGUUUGAAAAAGAUGGUAGUUUACACAGACUUAUUAUAAAAGAAUGUAGACCAGAUGAUGAAUGUGAAUACUCCUGUGGUGUAGAAGAUAGACGUUCAAGGGCUAGAUUAUUUGUUGAAGAAAUUCCGGUUGAAAUCAUCAGACCUCCACUAGAUAUUUUUCAGCCUCCAGACUCAGAUGUUAUUUUUGAAGCUGAACUGAACAAGGAUAAAGUUGAAGUCAAAUGGCUAAGAAAUAAUAUGAUAAUUGUCCAGGGUGAUAAACAGCAAAUGAUGAGUGAAGGAAAGGUUCACCGACUGCAGGUCUGCGGCAUAAGACCUCGUGAUCAGGGGGAAUAUAGGUUUAUUGCCAAGGAUAAAGAUGCCAGAGCUAAACUGGAACUUGCAGCAAUACCAACAAUCAAGACAACUGAUCUGAAUCUUGUGACUGACGCUGGAAAGCCAUUUACAAUGACACUUCCAUAUGAUGCUUAUCCUCGUGCUGAAGCUCAGUGGUUCAAAGAAGACUUUACUACAUCUGAAUAUGUCAACCUACCCAAACAAAACAUUGACACAACUGCAGAAAUUACUUCUUAUAGACUUUUUGACCCAAGAAGAACUGACAAAGGCAGAUACAAGGUUCUAAUUCAGAAUAAACAUGGAAAGGGCGAAGGAUAUAUAAAUCUGGAUGUUAUUGAUGUGCCUGGCCCCAUCCAGAAUUUGAAAGUAAUAGAAACUUCUGAUGGUGAAGUCAGUCUUGCUUGGGACGAGCCUGAAUGUGAUGGCGGUAGCAAAAUUCUUGGAUAUGUUGUAGAACGCCGUGAUGUGAAGCGCAGAACUUGGACCUUAGCUACUGAUAGAGCUGACAAUACUGAAUUUACAGUAACUGGUCUCCAAAAAGAACUGCAUUAUCUAUUCCGUGUUAGUGCAAGAAACAGAGUAGGUACAGGUGAACCUGUAGAAACUGACGAACCUGUUCAAGCUAAGAAUAAGUUUGAUGUCCCUGAUGCACCACUUAAUGUCCAAGUGCAAGAUGUGAACAAAUUCGGUGCCACUAUUACAUGGGAACCACCAGCCUAUGAUGGUGGAGCUGAAAUCACUAACUACGUUAUUGAGCUACGUGACAGAACCUCAGUUAAAUGGGAGCCAGCUAUGAUCACUGAAGCAAAUGAACUCACGGCUCAGAUGAAUGAUGUGGUGGAAAACAGAGAAUAUAUAUUCCGUGUCAGAGCAGAAAACAAAGCUGGUGUAGGAAAGCCUAGUGCAGCUUCUCAUCCUGUGAAAAUUAUGGACCCAAUAUUUAAACCAAGUCCACCCAUUGAACUUGCUGCUUCAAAACAGACCAAAGAAUCUGUGCAACUGAAUUGGGAACCACCUCUGAAGGAUGGAGGAAGCCCUAUUCUGGGCUAUAUUGUUGAGCUGUGUGAAGAAGGCACAGAUAAAUGGAUUCCCUGUAAUAUAAGACUUGUUCCUGAAACAAAAUUCAAGGUAUCUGGUUUGAAACAAGGAAAGAAAUACUAUUACAGAGUAUCUGCUGAAAAUGCAGCAGGUUUAUCAGAUCCAGCUGAUGCUCUUGGCCCACUAAUGGCUGAUGACCCCCAUGUGGCUCCUACUCUUGAUCUGAGAGAAUUCAGAGAUGGUCUUGAGGUUAUUGUUCCAGAACCACUCAAAAUCCGUGUUCCAAUUACUGGCUACCCUAUACCUGUGGCAACGUGGGCUGUUAAUGAAAAACCUCUUGAAAGCAAUGACCGUGUGAAAAUGGAAACAACUUCAAAAUAUACAGAAUUGGUUAUCUCUCCCAGUGAGCGUCCAGAUAAGGGACUGUAUAAACUGACUCUAGAAAAUGCGGUGUCAACCAUCACAGGCGAAAUUGACGUGAACGUAAUUGCACGGCCUAGUGCACCAAAGGACCUCAAAGUAUCAGAAAUUGGUAGAAAUACAGUGUAUUUAAUAUGGGAUCAGCCUGACAAUGAUGGUGGAAGUCCACUGACUGGGUAUCUCAUUGAAAAGCGCGAAGUUAACCGCAAGACCUGGGUCAAAGUUAUUGACAGAGUGCAAGAUUUGGAAUUUACCGUUUCUGACCUCUUCCAAGGCCGAGACUACCUGUUUAGAGUUUCUGCAUGUAACAAAUGUGGCCCUGGAGAACCUGCAUAUAUCGAUGAACCUGUUAAUAUAUCUACUCCAGCAACUGUUCCAGAUCCACCAGAAAAUGUCAGAUGGAGGAAUCCAACUGCCAGAGGAAUCUUUCUUACAUGGGAUCCACCAAAAUAUGAUGGAGGUUCAAGAAUUAAAGGCUAUUUAGUAGAGAAAUGUCAACGUGGUGCUGAAAAGUGGGAAUCAUGUGGAGAACCAGUUCAUGAACUGAGGAUGGAAGUGGGCAACCUCUCAGAAGGUGAAUGGUACUCAUACCAGGUUAAAGCUUUGAAUAGACAAGGUGCCAGCAGACCAAGUAAACCUACAGAUGAUAUACAAGCUGUCGAUCCAAAAGAGGCUCCUGAGAUUCAUCUAGAUGUUAAGUUGCUUGCUGGCAUUACUGUGAAGGCAGGCACAAAGAUUGAGCUCCCGGCAUUUAUUUCUGGCAAACCUGAUCCUAGAAUUACUUGGACAAAGGCUGAACACCUUCUGAAGGCUGACAACAGAAUAAUUAUUGACACCAAACCUGGUCAUUCCAUUGUGACAAUCUCAGAUACCACAAGGAGUGAUAGUGGCACCUACAUUAUUGAAGCAGUGAACGAUAGUGGCCGUGCUACUGCUGUUGUUGAAGUGAACAUUCUAGACAAACCUGGGCCACCGGCUGCGUUUGAUAUCACUGAUAUUACAAACCAUUCCUGUAACCUGACAUGGAAUCCACCAAGAGAUGAUGGUGGUUCACGCAUUACAAAUUAUAUUGUGGAAUGUAAGGCUGGAACCAGUGAAAUAUGGAACAAACUUUCAUCCACAAUCAAAGAAACCAAAUUUAAGGCAACAAAUCUUAAAGCACUGAAAGAAUAUACAUUCAGAGUUUUUGCUGAAAACAUGUAUGGUAUUGGAGAACCUUCCCAGCAUGCUCCAAUUAUAGCAAAGUAUGAUUUUGAUCCACCUGGUCCUCCAACAAACCUGAAAGGUUCAGAUAUUGCUAAAGAUUCAUUGACGCUGACAUGGUAUGAACCAGAGGAAGAUGGUGGCAGCCCAAUCCUUGGAUAUUUUGUUGAAAAAUACGAUCCCACCACUGAUAAGUGGCAACGAUGCAACAAGACACCUGUUAAAGACACAACAUUAAGAUUAAAAGGACUUACUCCAAGGAAGAAGUACAAAUUCCGUGUGCUGGCAGAGAAUUUAGCUGGUCCCAGUAAACCAAGCUUGGAAACAGACCCAAUCUUAGUUAAAGAUCCCAUAGACCCACCAUGGCCUCCUGGAAAACCUAAUGUUAAAGAUGUCAUGAAGACUUCUGCAUUCUUAAAUUGGACUAAACCAGAACAUGAUGGAGGAGCAAAGAUUGAAUCUUAUAUUAUUGAGUUACUGAAAAGUGGAACAGAAGACUGGGUUAGAGUUGCCGACGGUGUUCCUAUGACUGAAUACUUCCUGAAAGGACUUAUGGAUAAACAAGAAUAUUCAUUCCGAAUACGAGCUGUUAAUAAAGCUGGUGAAAGUGAACCUAGUGAACCGUCUGAUCCUGUGCUGUGCAAAGAGAGAUUGAGUGCACCUUCACCUCCACGUUGGCUUGAAGUUAUUAAUAUCACAAAGAGUGCUGCUGAUCUUAAAUGGACACCACCAGAAAAAGAUGGUGGCUCUCCCAUUACAAAUUAUAUUGUGGAAAAACGAGAUGUAAGGCGAAAGGGCUGGCAAACUGUUGAUACAACAAUAAAAGACAUCAAAUCCACAGUUACUCCUCUUUCAGAAGGUUCACUAUAUGUAUUCCGAGUUGCUGCAGAAAAUGCGGUUGGUCAAAGUGAAUACUGUGAACUGGAAGACUCAGUUCUUGCAAAAGAUACCUUCACAACACCUGGGCCACCUUAUGCCCUUACAGUCGUUGAUGUAACCAAGAGACAUGUUGAAUUGAAAUGGGAGGCUCCCAAAAAUGAUGGCGGAAGACCAAUACAGAGGUAUGUCAUUGAAAAGAAAGAGAAAUUAGGAACUCGCUGGGUUAAAGCUGGCAAGACUGCUGGACCAGAAUGUAAUUAUAGAGUUACUGAUGUAAUUGAGGGCACUGAAGUACAAUUCCAAAUCCGUGCUGAAAAUGAAGCUGGCUGUGGUCACCCAAGUGAACCUACUGAUCUGCUGUUAAUUGAAGAUCCAACUAGUCCACCUUCUCCUCCACUUGAGUUACAUGUAACAGAUGCAAACCGAGAUCACAUUUCUAUUGCAUGGAAAGCACCGGAGAAAAAUGGUGGUAGCCCUAUUAUUGGCUAUCACGUUGAAAUCUGUGAAGCAGGAACCGAGAAGUGGAUGCGAAUUAAUUCUCGUCCAGUAAAAGAACUGAAAUAUAAAGCAGAAGAAGGCAUUAUUCCUGAUAAAGAAUAUGUUCUGAGAGUUAAGGCUGUUAAUGCCAUUGGAACAAGUGAUCCAUCAGAAAUUUCAGAAAAUGUUGUGGCAAAAGAUUCUGACUGCAAUCCAAGUAUUGAAGUGCAAACCCAAGAUAUAAUUGUUGUGGAGGGUGAGAAGUUGAAUAUCCCAGUGCCCUUUAGAGCUGUGCCAAGGCCAACUAUUUCCUGGUUUAAGGAUGGAAAAGAACUCAAAGUGGAUGACAGAAUGACAAAGCAGAGCGAUUAUGCCCACACAUCUAUUGAAAUUAUCAACUGUGUUCAUGCUGACGCGGGUGUCUACACAAUUACACUGGAGAAUAAACUGGGUUCAACAACCGGCACCAUUAAUGUUAAAGUCAUAGGAUUACCUGGUCAGUGUAAGGAUAUAAGAGCAACUGAUGUCACCAAGAGUUCUUGCAAGAUAAGCUGGGAUCCUCCAGACUAUGAUGGUGGCAGCCCAAUUUUACAUUAUGUUCUACAACGGCGAGAAGCUGGUAGAAGAACUUACACACCAGUAAUGUCUGGUGAGAAUAAACUGACCUGGCAAGUAAAGGAUCUUAUUCCAAAUAGCGAAUACCACUUCCGAGUAAAGGCUGUUAAUAAAAUUGGUGGUGGUGAAUACACUGAGAUUCGCAACCCAGUUAUUGCAGAAGAUCAAAAGCAGCGUCCUGAUCCACCAGUUGACCUUGAGUUCCAAGAUCCGACAUCAAAAUCAGUAAUGCUCACGUGGAAACCACCUCUUUUUGAUGGUGGUUGUAAAAUCAUGGGCUAUAUCAUAGAAAAGAUAGCCAAAGGAAGUGACAAAUGGGAGAGAUGCAAUGAGUAUUUGGUUCCGGUUCUCUGCUACACUGUAAAGAAUCUUGAAGAAGGAAAUGAAUACCAGUUCCGUGCCCGUGCUGAAAAUAUUGCUGGGAUUAGCGAUCCUUCAAGAAUAACACCAGGAGUCAAAGCUUUGGACCCCAUUGACCCACCAAAGGUGUUCCUUAGUGGAAAUCUUGCAUCUGGAUUAAGUGUCCGAAAAGGUGAAGAAAUAUCUGUACUAGCUCGAAUUUCUGGUUCUCCUUAUCCAACUAUAAAAUGGCUUCGAAAUGAUGAGGUGAUUAGACCAGAAGAGAUCAAAAAGAGAGUGCAGCAAAUAAUACCAGCUCGGAAGAAGGAGGUUGUGGAGGAGGAGCCUUUCUCUCUCAGUCUGCCAGAACGGUUAACUGUUGACAACAGCAAAGCAGGAGAGUCUGAAAUGAUAGUGCGGGAUUCUAUCAGAAAGGAUUAUGGAAAAUUUACCAUCAAAGUAGAAAAUGAUCAUGGUGUGGCUCAUGCAAGUUGUGAAGUAACUGUCUUGGACACACCUGGCCCACCUGUCAAUUUCAUUUUUGAGAAUGUCAGAAAUGAUUCUGUCCUUUGUAAAUGGGAUCCUCCUUUGGACAAUGGUGGCAGUGAAAUUCUCAACUAUAUCUUGGAGAAGAAAGAUAAUUCCAAAGCUGGUAUUGGCUGGAUCACUGUAACAACAACUCUUAGACAUUGCAAAUAUCAUGUGACAAAGCUUAUUGAAGGAAAAGAAUAUAUUUUCCGUGUAGCAGCAGAAAAUAAAUUUGGUCCUGGACCAUGGUGUACUUCAAAGCCACUUGUUGCUAAAAAUCCAUUUGAUCCUCCUGAAGCACCUGAUCAACCUCAAGUGGAGGAUACCACGAGCAAUAGCAUGGUUGUUACAUGGAAGGAACCAAAAGACAAUGGUAGCCCUAUUUUAGGCUACUGGAUUGAAAGGAGAGAAAUUAACAGCACAUACUGGACUCGAGUUAAUAAAGAGUUACUCAAUGCCCUAAAAGUAACAGCUGAAGGCCUUAUGGAGGGUUUAACAUACCUAUUCAGGGUUUGUGCAGAAAAUGCAGCUGGUCCUGGAAAAUUCAGUCCACCAUCAGAACCCAAGAGAGCACAGAACCCAAUUUUGCCACCUGGGCCACCUAUACCAAGUAUCCAAGAUACAUCAGCAACAUCAAUAGAUGUAAUCUGGGAGCCUCCGCUCUAUGAUGGUGGUGGGGUCAUCAAUGGUUAUCAUGUUGACAAGCAGCUUGUACGAUCAAAUGAAUGGUCACGCUGUACAGAAAGAUUAGUUAAAGAUCUCAAGUACAGAGUCACUGGAGUUAGAGAAGAUGCAGAUUAUAUAAUUCGUGUUGUGGCAGUCAAUAAUGCUGGAGAAGGAGCUCCUGGUCAGACUGAAGUUGUGACUGUUAUGGAGCCAAGAGAACCUCCAAUGGUAGAAUUCGAUGUAAGUGUGAAAAAUGGUAUCCUGAAAAUGGCUGGAGAAACUAUUAGACUUCCUGCCAUUAUAACAGGCCGACCAACUCCAGAAGUUAAAUGGAACAAGGAAGAAGGAGGAAAAUUUGAUGAAAAGCUUGCUGUUAUUGAGACAGUUGGUACAAAGUCAGAGUUAAUUAUAAAGGAUUCACGAAGAAGUGAUUUUGGUAGAUACAUAGUUACUGCUACGAAUAGCAGUGGCAGCAAAUCUGCAUGGACUCGAGUGGAUAUCGUAGAUGUUCCUGGACCCAUCCUGGAUCUCAAACCUGUAGUUGUUACAAGAAAGAUGAUGAUACUCAACUGGGCAGAACCUGAAGAUGAUGGUGGUAGUGAUAUAAUUGGUUAUGUAAUUGAGAGAAAGGAUGCCAAAAUGCAUAGCUGGAGACAACCUAUUGAAACAGAAAAAUCCAAAUGUGACAUUGUCGGUCUCCUUGAAGGACAGGAAUAUAUGUUCCGAAUCUGUGCUAAAAAUAAAUAUGGGUGUGGUCCUGCUGACGAACUUGGACCAAUAGCUGCAGUUGAUCCACUAGGCCCACCAACUUCACCUGAGAAGUUCAGGUACACUGAGAGAACAAAGUCAACUGUCACACUCAUCUGGAAACCUCCGAGAAGUGAUGGUGGCCGUCCUGUUUUAGGCUACUUUGUGGAAAAGAAACGACAUGACCAGCCUGACUUUGAAAAAGUUAACAAGCAGGUCUGUCAAAAAACAACCUUUGUGGUGGAUGAUCUUGAAGACUUAACCAUGUAUGACUUCCGUGUAAGAGCUGUUAAUGAAAUUGGAGAAAGUGAACCAUCAAUUACUCUUAAUGUAAUAGUGCAAGAUGAUGAAGUGCCUCCGACUGUGAAACUGCUACUAAGACUUAAGAGAGAUGUAGUAGCUGUUAAAGUUGGAGAACCAGUUGAAAUUCCAGCUGAGGUGGAAGGCCUCCCUUUCCCCAAAAUUGAAUGGAGUAAAGGAGACACUGUAAUAGAAAGAUCAACUGACCGACAGAAGAUAGACAUUGAAAAACAGUCAAGAACAAAUGCAUUAACUAAGUUUAGUAUUCCUACAACUGUUAGAAAAGAUACAGAUACAUACACUAUUACUGUUUCAAACCGCCUGGGAUCAGCAUCCCAGUCUGUGAAUGUUAAUAUUCUAGACAAACCUUCACCACCAAGGAACUUCACAGUUUCUGAUAUUAAAAGUGAAUCCUGCUAUCUGACUUGGGAUGCUCCUGUGGAUAAUGGUGGGAGUGAAAUAACCAACUAUAUUAUUGACAAGCGUGAUGCAAGCACAAAGAAAUCCGAAUGGGAAGAGAUCUCCAGAAAUAUUAUUGAAAGACGAUAUGGCGUGUGGAAACUGACAACUGAUGGAGAAUAUCAGUUCAGAAUAAGAGCAGAGAACAAAUAUGGAAUUAGUGAUGGCUGCAUGUCUGAAAAAGUAACAAUCAAAGAUCCAUUUGGCCUCCCAGGACCACCUAAUAAACCAAAUGUGUCUGAUGUUACAAGGUCUUCUAUGAUUGUAUCUUGGAAACCUCCACUGGACAAUGGUGGCGCUCCAAUUACUGGUUAUUAUAUAGAGAAGAGAGAAGUAGAUGGUGUGUAUUGGUCACGUGUCAAUAGAGCUCCUGUGACAAAGCCUGCUGUGAAAGGCCUAGAUUUUACUGUACUUCGCUUAUUAGAAGGUGUUGAGUAUCAGUUCCGAGUCAUGGCUAUAAAUGCUGCUGGAGUUGGGCCUCCAAGUGAACCUUCUGAUCCAGUUUUAGCAUCUGAUCCCAGAUAUCCUCCAGGUGCUCCCUCCUGUCCUGAAGUCACGGAUAAAACGAAGAAUAGUGUAAAGCUUGCAUGGAAACGCCCUGAAAAGGAUGGUCAUAGCCCAAUCCAAGGCUAUAUUGUUGAGAAGCAAGAAGAAGGUUCACUUGAUUGGACAAGAGCAUCAGAGCCAGAUAAAUUAAUUACCAACUGUGAAUAUGAAGUCCCCAAUUUACAAGCACUCAAGAAAUACAGGUUCCGAAUUAAAGCUGUUAAUGCUAUAGGGGAAUCUGAACCAAGUUCAUCCACUUCAGAAAUACUUGUGAAGGAAAUCCUAGAGGAACCAGAUGUUACAUUGGAUGUCGGUGCACAAGAUUUCCUCAGCUGUCACUCAGGGUCACCUUUGAGAAUUCCAGCUAUUGUAUCAGGCCGUCCUUUUCCAAAGAUCAGUUGGGAGUUUGAAGGAUCAGCAAAAACGGUUAUCAAGGAUGAAGUGCACAGUGUGCCAGCUGAUGCUCAGAUUGAAAGUGCAGGAAAUAAGACAGCUAUAAUCAUUCCAGAGUGCAACAGAUCCCACUCUGGUCGGUAUAACAUCACUGCUAAGAACAAGGCUGGUCAAAAGACAGCACAUGUCAGAGUAAAUGUUCUUGAUAUGCCAGGAUCACCAAAAGAUCUUAAAGUGAGUGACAUUACAAGGAGUACGUGCAGACUUUCAUGGAAGCCUCCGGACAAUGAUGGUGGAGACAGAAUUAAAUGCUAUGUUAUAGAGAAAAAGACUGUUGAAGGAAAGGCUUGGGUAAAAGUUAAUGUUUCCUGUGUUGGUACAUCAUUUGUUGUUCCUGAUCUUAUUGAAGGGCAGGAGUACUUCUUCCGUGUCCGGGCGGAAAACCGAUUUGGCAUUGGUCCACCAGUAGAAACUGUCCAGAGGACUAGGGCCAGGGAUCCAAUCCAUCCUCCUGAGCCACCAACAAAACUCAAAACUGCUUUGAUUACUAAGAACUCUGUUUCACUUACCUGGAGGCCACCAAAGAAUGAUGGAGGGGCUCCAGUAACACAUUACAUUAUUGAAAGUCUUGCCUUGGAUCCAAGUGGAGAAAAGAAGGAAUCUUGGAAACAGUGCAAUAGGCGCGAUGUGGAAGAAACCAAAUUUACAGUAGAAGAUCUCAUUGAUGGUGGAGAGUAUGAAUUCCGUGUAAAAGCUGUUAAUGAAGCUGGCAUUAGUAAACCAUGUAAUUCUGUUGGGCCUGUAGUUGUAAAAGACCAAACGUGUGCACCUGCAAUUGAACUUAAAGAAUUCUUGGAGGCAGAACAACGUACCGACAUAAACAUUGUUGCCAAAGUGAAGGGCACUCCAUUCCCAACUUUGACUUGGUACAAAGCACCUGCCCAUAAACCAGAAGAAAAAUCUAAAGUAGAGUAUGAUCAGCAUGUCAACAAAAUUGUGACUGAGGAUGGUUGUACUCUACUUAUUCAUCAGUCCCUCCGAAAGGACACAGGUCUUUACACUCUCACUGCAAUUAACAACUUGGGUGCUGAUUCAAAGGAAAUGAGACUCAAUGUUCUUGGAUAUCCUGGUCCUCCAGUGGGUCCUAUUAAGUUUGAAGGAAUUAGUGCUGAGAAAAUGACCAUUUCGUGGUUACCUCCAAAAGAUGAUGGUGGCUCUAAGAUCACCAACUAUGUUGUUCAAAAGAGAGAAGCAAGUAGAAGGACUUGGAUCCAUGUUACCAGCGAUAUUAAAGAGUGCAUGUGUGAAGUACCCAGGUUAUUGGAAGGACAUGAAUAUGUUUUCCGUAUUAUGGCUCAGAAUAAGUACGGCAUUGGUGAACCUCUUGAUAGCGAACCAGAGACAGCAAGAAACCUAUUUACUGUACCUGGAGCUUGUGACAAACCAACUAUUAGUAGUGUGACCCGCGAUAGUAUGGUAGUCAACUGGGAAGAACCAGAAUAUGAUGGCGGCUCUCCAGUAACUGGCUACUGGUUAGAGCGUAAAGAGACCUCAGGAAAGAGAUGGAAUAGGAUAAAUCGUGAUCCAAUUAGGAUUAUGCCACUUGGAGUAUCCUAUCAUGUAACUGGCCUUAUUGAAGGCUCAUAUUAUCAAUUCCGUGUGUUUGCUAUCAAUGCAGCUGGUGUUGGGCCCCCAAGUGUGCCUUCUGAUCCAGUAGUUGCACGAGAUCCCAUAGCACCACCUGGCCCUCCAUUUCCCAAAGUGACAGACUGGACUAAGUCAACUGUAGAUCUUGAAUGGGCUCCACCAACGAAAGAUGGUGGAUCCAGAAUCACUGGCUAUUUUGUUGAAUUUAAGGAAGAAGGAAAGGAAGAGUGGGAGAAGGUUAAAGACAAAGAAAUUAGAGGCACGAAGUUUGUUGUUCCAGGACUGAAGGAGGGAAAUGUAUAUAGAUUCAGAGUAAGAGCAGUAAAUGCUGCUGGAGUCGGUGAACCAGGAGAGGUUUCUGAUGCCAUUGAAGUCAAGGAUAGAACAGUCAUUCCAGAUAUUAACUUGGAUGCCAGUGUGAGAGAAAAAAUUGUGGUACAUGCUGGUGGUGUAAUUCGUAUCUUGGCAUAUGUAUCGGGUAAACCAGCUCCAGAGAUCUCAUGGGCAAAGGAUGAUAAGCCAAUGCCAAAAGAAGCUGUAAUUGAAACCACCCUGAUCAGUUCUGCUCUGGUUAUAAAGAAUUGUCAGCGACACCAUCAAGGAAUAUACAACCUUAUUGCUAAGAAUGUAGGAGGUGAAAGAAGAAAGACCAUUAUUGUUGAAGUUUUAGAUGUUCCUGGACCAGUAGGUGAACCUUUCCGCUGUGAAAACCUAACAAAUGAUUCUUGCAAAUUAACAUGGUUCCUCCCUGAAGAUGAUGGUGGUUCUGCAAUUACCAACUAUAUAAUUGAAAAGCGUGAAGUUGAACGUCGUGGUUGGUCACCUGUCACAUACACAGUUACUAGACAGAAUGCUGUUGUCCAGAAUCUGAUCCCAGGAAAUGCUUAUUUCUUUAGAAUUGCAGCUGAAAAUAUUAUUGGCAUGGGCCCAUGGGUGGAGACAAAACAAGAAAUUAUAAUUAAAGAGCCAGCAUCUGUCCCUGAACGUCCUGAAGAUCUUGAAGUAACAGCAGUGACAAAGCAAUCAGUUAGCUUAAAAUGGAAGCCUCCUAAAUAUGAUGGUGGUUCAGACAUUACGAUGUAUGUUCUUGAGUGUCGUUUGAUUGGUAAAGAGAAGUUCAUCAAAAUUACUAAGGAGAAAUUGUUAGAUCGGAUAUUUACACAUAGUAGCUUAAAAGAAGGUGACACAUAUGAGUACCGUGUCAGUGCAGUAAAUGCUAUCGGCCAAGGGAAACCAUCAUUCUGUACAAAACCAAUAACUUGCAAGGAUCAGCUUGAACCACCAACACUCGAACUGGAUUUCCGAGAUAAGUUUAUUGUGCGUGUGGGUGAAUCCUUCAGCUUGACAGGACAAUAUAAAGGGAAACCUACACCAAAAGUUUCUUGGUUUAAGGAUGAUGAACCAGUCGAAGAGACAAAAUGCUUAAAAAUCAACACAACUCCAACAAAACUAUGUCUAACUAUUUUCAAAGGUGUCCGUGCUAAUUCGGGUAAAUACUGUGUAGUUCUGGAGAACAGCACAGGAGUACGGAAGGGUCUGUGUCAAGUGACUGUAGUUGAUCGUCCACAACCUCCAGUUGGCCCAGUUGUUUUUGAUGAAGUUCACAGAGAUAGAAUGGUUAUUUCCUGGAAACCUCCACUUGAUGAUGGAGGCAGUCAAAUCACAAAUUAUAUUGUUGAAAAGAGGGAUACAAACAGAGAACUCUGGAUGCCUGUUACUUCUUCAACUACAAAGACAACUUGUAAAGUUCCAAAAUUAAUUGAAGGCCGGGAGUAUAUUAUUCGUAUCUAUGCAGAAAACAUGUAUGGAAUCAGUGAUGCAUUGCUUUCAGAGGAAGUUAAAGCCAAAGAUCGCUACAGGGUUCCUGAAGCACCAGAACAACCAGUGAUAAAAAAUAUUACGAAGGAUUCUGCUGUGGUAAUUUGGAAUAGACCUCGAGAUGGAGGCAAGCCCAUCAUUAAAUAUAUUGUUGAAAAGAAAGAAACAAUGUCCAACCGCUGGUUAAGAGUAUCCAAAGAACCAAUUUAUCCAGACACUCAGUAUACUGUAACAGAUCUCCUUGAAGGCUGUGAAUAUGAAUUCCGUGUCUCAGCAGAAAACGAAAUAGGAGUUGGAGAUCCUAGUCCACCAUCUAGACCCUUCUUUGCAAAAGAUCCAAUAGUUAAACCAAGUCCACCUGUUACUCCCCAAGCAGUAGACAAAACUAAAUCUACUGUUGAUUUAUCUUGGCAACCUCCUCGCCAUGAUGGAGGAGGCAAAAUAUUGGGAUAUUUAGUGGAAUAUCAGAAAGUUGGUGAAGAAGAGUGGAAGAAAGCCAAUCAAACACCAGACUCUUGUCCUGACAUUCAUUUUAAGGUGGCAGGUCUUAAUGAAGGUGAUACAUACAAAUUCCGGAUUACAGCAGUCAAUCAAGCUGGUGAAUCAGAUCCGGCUUAUGUUCAUGAUCCUGUUCAAGCAAAAGACAGAAUUGAGGCUCCUGAAUUGUUUGUAGAUGCCAACAUGGCUCGAAGUGUAAACAUAAAAGCAGGAACUACCUUAACCCUCAGUGCAACCAUAAAAGGAAUGCCAAUUCCAAAGGCCAGUUGGAAAAAGAAUGACAAUGAAGUACCAGUUAAAGCUGACAUUGAAAGUACAGCAGUGAGCAGCAAGCUUGAAAUCCUUAAUACUGUCAGAAAUGACAGUGGAUGUUAUUCAUUAACUGUUGAGAAUGAAGCUGGUAGCAAGAGUGCUGCUUGUACUGUUACUAUAUUAGAUAAACCUGGUCCACCACGUAACUUGCAAAUUAGCGAAGUUAGAAGUGAUUCAUGUUAUCUGACUUGGAAGGAACCAGAAGACAAUGGCGGUGCUGUUAUCUCUAACUAUAUAAUCGAGAAACGAGAUGUUGCAGCUCCUCAGUGGAUCCCUAUCUCAUCCACAAGCAAAAAGCAUAGCAUUAUGGCUAAGUACUUAAUGGAAGGCACCCAGUAUUUAUUCCGUGUGGCUGCUGAAAACCAGUAUGGCCGAAGUAGCUUUGUGGAAUCAAUAAAACCUAUAAAGGCCCUUGAUCCAAUAUCUCCUCCUGGCCCACCUAAGAACUUACACCAUGUUGAUGUGGACAAGACUGAGGUGUCUCUGGCUUGGAAUUACCCAGAUCGUGAUGGGGGUUCGGAAAUCAAAGGAUUUUUAGUUGAAUACCAGGAAGAAGGAGCAAAAGACUGGAUUAAUUUCAAAACUGUUAGCAUACCUGAAUGUGUUGUAACUGGUUUAGAACUAGGGAAGAUAUACAGGUUCCGCGUUAAAGCUCAAAAUGCUGCUGGGCUUAGUCGUCCAGAUACAACUGUACCUGUACUGUGUCAGGAGAAACUAGUGUCACCCUCGGUGGAAGUAGAUGUAAGUUUGAUUGAAGGUCUUGUUGUCAAAGCUGGCAGCACAGUCAAACUUCCUGCUUUUAUAAGAGGCAUUCCUACUCCUUCGGUAAAGUGGGUCACUGACGGUACUGAACUUAAGUCAGAAGGCGAAUACAAGAUUGAUACUGACAACUGCUCUACCAUGCUAACAAUUAAGAACUGUACCAGGAAGCAUAGUGGUGAAUAUGUACUUACUGUCUCCAAUGCAGCUGGUAGUAAGUCAGUGGGUCUACACUUGAUCGUUCUGGAUGUUCCAGGCCCCCCAGUUGGUCCAACCAAUAUCCUGGAGGUAACACCACAGCACAUGAUCAUCUCUUGGCGUCCACCUAAGGAUGAUGGUGGAAGCCCUGUUAUGAAUUACAUUGUUGAGAAACGAGAAACUAAGAAAGAAACCUGGGGUAUUGUUAUCUCUGGAAGCACAAGUACCCAAGCGAAAAUUCCACGUCUUCAGAAAGGCUGUGAAUAUAUUAUGCGCGUUCGAGCUGAAAACAAGAUUGGUAUUGGUGAACCAUUAGAGUCUAAACCAACUGUAGCUAAGUAUAUGUUUGAUGUUCCAGGCCCACCUACUAAACCAACUGUUUAUGAUAUCACAGAAAAUGCAGUCACAGUAUCUUGGGGCGUACCAAAAUACGAUGGUGGUAGUCCAGUUAUUGGUUACAUAAUGGAACGAAGGGAGAAAACUGGUAAAUGGAUCCGUGUAAAUAAGACUCCAAUACUAGAUCUAAAAUUGAGAACCGUUGGACUUUUUGAAGGUAAUACAUAUGAAUUCAGAAUAUUUGCUGAAAAUAUUGCUGGUCUAAGCAAACCAUCACCAAUUUCUGAUCCAGUCUCAGCAAUCCGCCCUAUAAGGCCACCUGGACCACCUAUCAAUCCUAAACUGAAAGACAAGACAAGAGAAACUGUUGACUUAGUCUGGACAAAGCCCAGCAAUGAUGGAGGCAGCCCAAUCUUAGGAUAUAUUGUAGAAUGUCAGAAAGCUGACACUGCAAAGUGGGAUAGAAUUAAUAAAGAUGAUUUAAUCCCACAGUGUGCUUUUAGAGUACCUGGCCUUAUUGAAGGAAAUGAAUACAGAUUCCGCAUAAAGGCUGCCAACAUUGUCGGUGAAGGUGAACCAAGGGAGCUGCCAGAAUCUGUAAUCGCAAAAGAUAUUCUUUAUCCUCCAGAGCUGGAACUUGAUAUUGUUUGCCGUGAUCUAAUCACAGUUCGUGUUGGACAAACUAUUUCAGUAACAGGACGUGUUAAAGGCCGACCAGAUCCAGAAAUUACAUGGUCAAAAGAAGGCAAAGUGCUUGUUGCUAGCAAACGUAUAGAGAUUUGUAAUGACUAUCCUGUGAUACAACUACUAAUUAGAGAGGCAACUAGAGCUGAUCAUGGUAAAUACCAUGUAGUUGCUAAAAAUAAUAGUGGACAAGUUCAAGCUGCUGUUAUUGUCAAUGUCCUGGAUAGACCAGGCCCUUGUAAGAAUAUCAGGACAAGCUAUGUCACUAAAGAUUCCUGUAUGCUUUCCUGGGAGAAUCCAGAUGAUAAUGGAGGCUCAGAAAUUACUAACUAUAUAGCAGAACACCGUCAACCCAAUCAGAGAGGAUGGUUUUUGAUCUCAUCUGAUUUAACUAAACGUGUAGUCAAGAUUCCACUUACAACAAACCAAGAGUACUUCUUCCGUGUGUGUGCAGAAAACAAAGUUGGACUAGGUCCAACAAUUGAAACAAAAACACCAAUCUUAGCCAUUGAUCCUGUUGAGAAGCCUGGAGAACCAGAAAACCUACAUGUUGCUGAUAUAGGAAAGACUUUUGUCCUACUUAAGUGGAGAAGACCUGAUUAUGAUGGUGGUAGCCCUAACCUGUCCUAUCAUGUUGAGAGAAGAUUAAAGGACACAGAUGAAUGGGAAAGAGUGCACAAAGGGAGUAUUAAAGAGACAAGUUUCAUGGUUGAUAAAUGUAUUGAGAACCAGACUUACCAGUUUAGAGUUCAGACCAAGAAUGAAGGUGGUGAAAGCAAUUGGGUGAAGACUGAUUAUAUUAUUGUCAAGCCAGAAGUACAAAAACCAGUCUUGGAUCUAAAGCUUGCUGGAAUAUUAACUGUAAAAGCAGGUGAAACUUUCAGAAUUGAAGCCGCAAUGAGAGGCAAACCUCAACCAGAAGUUGUCUGGGUAAAAGACAAAGAUGCGAUAGAUCUUAGCAGAUCUCCCCGAGCUAAGAUUGAAACAACUUCUGAUGCAUCCAAACUAAUUGUAAUUAAAUCUAAACGAGAAGACAGUGGUAAAUAUACAAUCACUGCAACUAAUCCGGCUGGUUCCUUUACAGCUUAUGCUACUGUGAAUGUUUUGGAUGUACCAAGUGAAGUCAGAAAUUUGAAAGUAUCUGGCAUUGCAAGUGAUAGGUGUAGAGUCAGCUGGGAUGCACCAGCAGAUGAUGGUGGAUGUGAAAUUCAAAACUAUGUUCUUGAAAAAUGUGAAAGCAAAAGAAUGGUCUGGUCUGUAUUCUCUACUUCUAUAAUUAAUGAAUAUGCAAAUGUCACUCGUUUGGUUGAAGGAAAUGAAUACAUAUUCCGAGUGCGUGCAGAAAACAAAAUAGGCACAGGUCCACCAUCAGAAACUAAGCCCAUUAUAGCUAAGACACAGUUUAAUAGACCAGGUCCUCCAGAUGCACCAGAAGUCACCAAAGUCAGCAAAGAAGAAAUAACUGUUGUAUGGAAUCCACCAGAAGAUGAUGGUGGAAAAUCAAUCACGGGAUACAUAUUGGAGAAGAAAGAGAAACGAGCAGUUAGAUGGGUGGCAGUCACAAAGAGUCCAAUUCCAGAAAGACGAAUGAAAGUUACAAAUUUGAUUCCUGAAUAUGAAUACCAGUUCCGUGUCAAAGCUGAAAAUGAAGUUGGAUUAGGAGAACCAAGUCCACCUUCAAGACCAGUAUUAGCAAAGGAUCCUAUGGAACCUCCUGGUCCACCAAGUGGCCUUAAGGUGAUUGAUAGUACAAAGACCUCUAUUUCUCUUGGCUGGACAAAGCCUGUUUAUGAUGGUGGUUCUCCUGUCACUGGUUAUGUUGUUGAAAUGAGACCAAAGGGUGUUGGUAAAUCUCCUGAUGAUGGAUGGACAAGAUGUAACGUUGCAGCUCAGCUGGUUGUUACUCAGUUUACUGCAAGCGGCCUUGAUGAGAAACAAGAAUACGAGUUUAAGGUUUCUGCACAGAAUCAGGUUGGAAUUGGUCGUCCUGCUGAACUUAAAGAAGCAGUAUCUCCAAAGGAGAUCUUAGAACCACCAGAGAUUGACUUAGAUGCAAGCCUGAGAAAAGUGUUAACUGUCAGAGCUGGAUGUCCUAUCAGAUUAUUCGCCACCAUCAGGGGCCGACCAGCACCUAAAGUUACUUGGAGGAAAAUUGGAAUAGACAACGUUGUUCGAAGGGGUCAAGUAGACUUGAUCGACACAAUGACUUUCCUUGUCAUUCCUGAUAGUACCCGUGAUGAUUCUGGCAAAUAUUCGUUGACACUUGUAAAUGCAGCAGGUGAAAAGGCUGUGUUUGUGAAUGUUAAAGUACUGGAUACACCUGGGCCUGUCUCAGACUUUGAUACUUCAGAUGUUACAAAAACGGGAUGCCAGUUGUCAUGGUCACCACCUGAAAAUGAUGGUGGUAGUCCAGUAACACACUAUAUUUUGGAAAAGCGUGAAGCAGACAGGAAAUCCUGGGGCAGAGUGGUACAUGACUUCAAGAAAACUAGUUUCAAGGUGAUUGGUUUAACACCUGGAACUGAAUACUACUUCAGAGUAACAGCUGUCAAUCAGUAUGGUCCUGGGGUACCAAGAGACAUUCCUAAAUCAAUUAUAGCAAGAGAUCCAGUCAGUGAACCAGAUCCACCCAAGAAAUUGGAUGUUGUUGACAUAACAAAGAACAGUGCAUCACUGGCGUGGUUACCACCUAUAAGGGAUGGAGGUGCUAAAAUUGAUGGUUAUAUCGUUGAGUAUCAGAAAGAAGGCGAACCUGAGAAACACUGGACACAAUACUCCAUAAUCAAGGAUCUCAAUAUUCUUGUAACAGGCCUAAAGGAAGGAGUUAAAUACAAAUUUAGAGUUGCAGCUAGAAAUGUUGUAGGGGCUAGCUUACCCAGAGAAACGGAAGGACUUUUUGAAAUUAAAGAACAGCUGAUGGCACCAAAGAUUAUCAUGCCAGAGUUUAUUACGAUCAAAGCUGGACAGAAACUCAGAAUUGAAGCUCAUGUAGCCGGCAAACCUGCUCCAGUUUGCAAGUGGAUGAAAAAUGAAGAGGUUGUAGAUCCAUCCAGCCGACUCGUUGUGCAUAAGACAAAGAACACUUCUGUCCUCAUCGUCAAAGAUGUUUCUAGAAAGGAUAGUGGCUCCUACAGUCUUACUGCAGAAAAUAGCUCUGGCAUUGCCACCCAGAAGAUCCGAGUAGUGAUAAUGGAUAUUCCUGGACCUCCACAACCUCCAUUUGACAUUUCAGAAAUUGAUGCUGACGCAUGCAGUCUUAAUUGGCAUAUUCCUUUUGAAGAUGGUGGCAGCAACAUUACAAACUACGUUGUUGAGAAAUGCGAUUUAAGCCGCGGUGACUGGGUUACUGCCGUAGCUUCCGUAACAAAAACAAACUGUAGGAUUGGUAAACUGAUCCCUGGCAAUGAGUACAUGUUCCGUGUUCGUGCAGAAAACAGAUUCGGUGUUUCGGAACCUCUUACUUCAGAUAAAAUGAUUGCAAGAUUUCAGUUUGAUGUUCCAAGUGAACCAAAGAAUGCACGUGUCACAAAGGUGAACAAGGACUGCAUGUUUGUUGCAUGGGAUAGACCAGAAAGUGACGGCGGUAGUCCCAUUACAGGAUAUAUUAUUGAACGUAAAGAAAGAAAUAGUCUUCUUUGGGUAAAGGCCAAUGACACUUCUGUCCGUACUACUGAGUACCCAUGUUCAGGGUUAAUUGAAGGACUAGAAUAUACCUUCAGAGUCAGUGCAUUGAACAGAGCAGGAUCAAGCAAACCUAGUAAACCAACUGAUUUUGAAACAGCCAGGACGCCUGUUGAUCCACCAGGCAAACCUGAACCUGUUGAUGUUACAAAUAAUUCAGUAUCUCUCGUCUGGGCAAGACCAAAACAUGAUGGUGGAAGCAAAAUAAUUGGCUAUUACGUUGAAGCCUGUAAAUUACCUAGUGAUAAGUGGACACGGUGCAAUACCAACUACCAAAGUGUACCUCAUGAGGAAUUCACUGUUACCAGUCUGGAAGAAGGUGCCCAGUAUCAGUUCAGGGUUAUUGCAAAGACCGCAGUUAAUAUGAGCAAGCCAUCUGAACCUUCUGACCCAAUAACCAUCGCAACAGAGCAUGUUGCACCCAAAAUUGAUUUGGGUGUGUCAAUGAAGGCUUUGGUCACUGUAAAGGCUGGAUCCAAUGUUUGUUUGGAUGCUAAUGUCUUUGGAAAGCCUUUUCCAAAGAUCACAUGGAAGAAAGAUGGCAUGAUAAUAACACCUGCUGAAGGCAUUAAGAUGGCCAGAGUAAGGAAUUUGUGCACACUUGAAUUAUUUAGUGUGCGAAGGAAAGAAACUGGGGAGUACACAAUUGUUGCAGAAAACGAGAGUGGAUCCAAAUCAGCCAACGUGAAAGUUAAAGUACUCGAUAAACCUGGACCCCCAGCUUCUAUCAAAAUCAGCAAUAUUUAUUCUGAUCGUGUUACUCUGUCUUGGGAACCUCCUCUUGAGGAUGGCGGUGCUGAGAUUACAAACUACAUUGUUGAUAAACGUGAGACAAGCCGUCCUAAUUGGGCUCAAGUUACUGCUAAUUUACAACUUACGAAGUGUGGAGUAGAAAAACUGAUUGAAGGUCAUGAAUACCAGUUCCGUGUCAGUGCUGAAAACAAGUAUGGCAUUGGUGACCCAAUAAUGACAACUUCAGUUGUUGCUAAGAAUCCAUAUGAUGUACCUGGGCCAUGUGAUGCUCCAGUAAUCAGCAACAUCACAAAAGAUCAUAUGACUGUUAGCUGGAAAGCCCCAUCAGAUGAUGGUGGCUCUCCGGUGACUGGAUAUUUGCUGGAAAAACGUGAGGCAAGUGCUGUAAGUUGGUCAAAAGUCAAUAGAAGGCCGGUAUUGGAAAGAACUGUGAAAGCUACAGGACUUCAAGAAGGAACUGAGUAUGAGUACAGAGUUAUUGCUUUGAAUAAAGCUGGACCAGGCAAACCCAGUGAAUCUUCAAAAUCAGCAAUUGCUUUUGAUCCUCAAUAUCCUCCAGGACCUCCUGCUUUCCCGAAGGUAGUUGAUACAACUCGUAGUAGUAUCAGCUUGUCAUGGGGUAAACCAGCAUACGAUGGUGGCAGUCCAAUCCUGGGAUACCUAGUUGAAAUUAAACGUGCUGAUGGUGAAAACUGGAUAAAAUGCAACGUACCAAGGGCUCUCCGAGAAACAAACUAUAUUGUAACAGGAUUAUGUGAAGGAACUGAAUAUCAGUUCCGUGUAAGUGCAGUAAACAAAAUAGGCUUCAGUGAUCCAAGUGAAGUGCCUGACAAACAUACAGCAAAGGAUAUAUUAAUUCCUCCUGAAGCAGAUCUUGAUGCUGACUUAAGAAAGGUACUUAUUCUGCGUGCCGGUGUCACAAUGCGAAUCUAUGUGCCGGUGAGAGGUCGACCUUCACCAAAGAUUACUUGGUCUAAAAUGGAUGCCAACAUCAAGGAUAGACAAGGACUUGAAAUCAGAACUUCAGAUUAUGACACAAUGUUGUAUUGUGAGAAUGUGAAUAAGUACGAUGCUGGAAAGUACAUUUUAACUUUAGAAAAUAGCAGUGGAGUAAAGGCAUAUACCCUUAAUGUAAAGGUUCUUGACACUCCUGGUCCACCCAUUAAUCUUAUCAUUAAGGAAACAUCUAAAGAUCAUGCUGUUAUAUCCUGGGACCCACCUAUUAUUGAUGGUGGCAGUCCAGUUAAAAACUACAUUGUCGAGAAGCGAGAGGCUGAAAGAAAGGCAUGGUCAACUGUAGCGACCGAAUGUCCCAAGACGAGUUUCAGAGUUAUCAACUUGGAAGAAGGCAAAUAUUACUUCUUCAGAGUUCUGGCUGAAAAUGAGUAUGGCAUUGGUGAACCAUGUGAGACAAAAGAUGCUGUAAAAGCUUCAGAGGAACCUGGGCCAGUGGUAGAUUUGAAAACUGCAGCCGUAUCUAAGAAAUCGUGUACUUUGGUGUGGAAAAAGCCCAUCAGUGAUGGUGGAUCCCGAAUUAUUGGUUACAUUGUUGAAAAGAUGAUUGAAGGGGACAGAUGGGUUGAAUUAGUGACAUCCAAGAAUAUGCAAUUUACAGUUAAUGAUCUGAAAGAAGGAAAAGAAUACACGUUUAGAGUAAGAGCACAGAAUGAUGCAGGGUACAGUGUACCACGUGAAAUUACAGUUGUGGCAAGGGAUCAAGUUGUUCCUCCAAAUAUUGAUCUGAGAGACAUUCCUGACCUAACAUAUAUUGCCAAAGAAGGAAGUAAUAUCCGUUUAAAGAUUCCAAUCAGUGGUAAACCUGUACCAAAAGUAACAUGGAAGAGAGGUGAAGACCAGGUGCAAGAAAGUGGAAGAAUAUCUGAGGAAUCCACAGCAAUUAAUACAACUCUUUCUAUCCGAGAAUGUCAAAGGGGUGAUGCUGGAAAAUACACAAUUCAUGUAAAGAAUUCAGCUGGCGCUAAAGAAGCUUCAAUAUUCAUUAAAGUAGUUGGAAAACCUGGAAUACCAACUGCACCAUUCCGUUUCAAUGAAGUGACAGCAGAAGCAAUUACUUUAAGCUGGGGCCCACCAAAGGAUGAUGGUGGCUCAGAAAUAACUAAUUAUAUUUUGGAAAAACGGGAUAAUGUCACCAAUAAGUGGGUGACAUGUGCCUCUGCUGUACAAAAAACAACAUUCAAGGUUACAAGGCUUCAUGAAGGAACUGAAUAUGUGUUUAAAGUCAGUGCCGAAAAUAAAUAUGGAGUGGGUGAAGGGUUAAAAUCUGACCCUGUCAUAGCCAAGCAUCCAUUUGAUGUGCCCGAUGCUCCUUUGCCACCAGAAAUAGUCGCAGUCAGACAUGACUCUGUCUCCCUGACGUGGUUGGAUCCAAAGAGAAAUGGUGGAUCCCCUAUCACAGGCUAUCAUGUGGAGUAUAAGGAAAGAAACAGUCUCCUUUGGAAGCGAGCAAGUAAGACACCCUUAAGAAUGAAGGAUCUUAGAGUCCCAGGCCUGACUGAAGGUCUUGAAUAUGAAUUUAGGGUUAUGGCAAUUAACUUGGCUGGUAUUGGCAAACCAAGUGCACCAUCACAUCCUGUAACUACUCUUGAUCCAAUUGAUCCUCCUGGAAAACCUGAAGUUAUUAAUGUUACCCACAACUCUGUGACCUUAAUCUGGACUGAACCCCCAUAUGAUGGGGGUCACAAACUAACUGGCUACAUUGUGGAGAAACGUGACUUGCCUUCAAAGGUCUGGAUGAAAGCAAAUCAUGUUAACGUUCAAGAAUGUGCAUUUACUGUUCAUGACCUUAGUGAGGGGUGUAAGUAUGAAUUCCGUAUAAAGGCAAAGAAUGCAGCAGGAGCAAUUAGUCCACCAUCUGAAACAACAGGAACAAUUAUCUGCCAGGAUGAAUAUGUGGCACCAACCAUUGUGAUUGAUCCAGCAGUUAAAGAAGGCUUAACAGUUAAAGCUGGUGAUACUAUUACAAUUCCUGCUACAAGUAUUCUUGGCAAACCUCUACCAACAUCAGUGUGGUCCAAGGGUGGAAAAGACUUCAAGGUUUCUGACAUUGUCCACAUUGAGAAAACUCCAACAUCCUCAACACUGUCUGUUAAAUAUGCUACCAGAAAAGAUUCUGGUGAAUAUACUAUUACCGCAAGCAAUCCAUUCGGGACCAAAGAAGAACAUGUGCGUGUGAAAGUGUUAGAUGUUCCAGGUCCUCCAGGAUCUAUUGAAAUAAGUAAUGUUUCAUCCGAGAAAGCUACUCUAAGUUGGUUACCACCAGCUGAAGAUGGGGGUUCUCCAGUCAAAUCUUACACAAUUGAAAAGAGAGAAACUAGUCGUCUUCUCUGGACUUUGGUUGCUGAAGAUGUUCCAAGCUGUAGAUAUAUAGUAAGCAAGCUUAUACAGGGAAAUGAAUAUAUCUUCCGCAUCUCUGCUGUCAAUCAGUUUGGAAUUGGCGAGCCAGCGCAGGCAGAACCUGUGAAGAUGGUGGAUAGUUUUGGUCCUCCUGGUCCCCCUUCAAGGCCUGAGGUGACUAAUGUUACCAAGAAUACAGUUACUAUUGGUUGGAAGAGACCAGCUAAUGAUGGUGGUAGCGAAAUCACAGGGUACAUUGUGGAGCGUAAAGAGAAGAAGGGUCUCAGAUGGAUUAGAGCAACAAAGAAACUAAUCUCAGAUCUACGAUAUAAAGUAACUGGACUCAAUGAGGAAACUGAGUAUGAAUUCCGUGUUAGUGCAGAGAAUAAGGCAGGCCUUGGUCCACCAAGUGAUCCAUCUCAGCCAGUAUUGACAAAAGAUGUUGCAUAUGUACCUGGACCUCCUUCUAAUCCAAGAGUGGUUGACACAACAAAGACUACUGCCAGUUUGACUUGGGGAAGACCCCAUUAUGAUGGUGGCCUUGAGAUUAUUGGCUAUAUAGUUGAACACAAGAAAGAGGGAGAUGAAAACUGGGUAAAAGACACAACAGGAACUGCACUCCGAAUAACUGAAUUUGUUGUUGCUAAUCUUCAGUCAGGGGAAAAGUACAACUUUAGAAUUAGUGCACUCAAUGCAGAGGGUGUUGGUGAGCCUGCUCAAGUUGAAGAAGUUGUUGAAAUUAAGGAGCGUGAAGAAGUACCUGAUUUUGAGUUAGAUGCUGAGUUAAGAAGAACUCUUGUUAUCAGAGCUGGAGCAACCAUUCGCCUUUUCGUACCAAUCAAGGGGCGACCAACUCCUGAAGUGACAUGGUUUAAAGGAGACGUCCCUGUUAAAGGUCGUGCCACUGUAGAAACUACAGACUCAUACACAUUCCUACUUAUUCCAGAAUGCACUAGAUACGAUGCUGGAAAGUAUACGAUGUGUCUUGAAAAUAUUGCUGGUAAAAAGAGUGGUUUUGUAAAUGUGAAAGUCCUCGAUUCACCAGGACCACCUUUGAAUCUCAGGGCUAGAGAAAUAACAAAAGAUAGCAUUACAAUGCAGUGGGAUAUGCCAAUGAUUGAUGGUGGUUCAAGAAUAACCAAUUACAUUGUAGAAAAACGUGAAUCCACACGUAAGGCAUAUGCUACUGUUUCAACUAAUUGUCAGAAAUGUUCACUCAAAAUCAUCAAUUUGUCAGAAGGAUGUCAGUACUACUUCAGAGUAAUGGCAGAAAAUGAAUAUGGCAUAGGUGAGCCAGCUGAGACUGUUGAUCCUUUAAGAGCAUCUGAAGCCCCAUCAGCUCCAGAACGUUUGCAUAUUAUGGAUAUAACAAAGCAUACUGUUAGCCUGGCUUGGCCAAAACCGGAACAUGAUGGUGGUAGCAAGAUUACAGGAUAUGUACUCGAGGCACAGAAAAAAGAUUCUGAAAAAUGGUUAUCUCUGGCAACUGUGAAGUCAUUAGACUAUGUUGCAAAGAAUCUUAAUGAAAAUGAGGAAUACACAUUCCGUGUCAUGGCAGUUAAUGCAGCUGGAAGGAGUGAUCCAAGAGAAAGCAGACCAGUUGUUGUUAAAGAACAAACCAUGCUUCCAGUAUUUGAUCUACGUGGCAUUUAUCAGAAACUUGUGAUUGCAAAAGCAGGAGAUAAUAUCAAAGUGGAUAUUCCAGUCCUUGGUCGACCUCAUCCCACAGUCACGUGGAAGAAGGAUGGCCAGCCUUUGAAGCAAACACAGAGAGUGAAUAUUGAAAAUACACCAAACUCAACCAUACUCAACAUUAAUGAAUGCGUGAGAAGUGAUAGUGGCAAAUUUACACUGACAGCUGUAAAUAUACUCGGUGAAGUAAGUGAUAUUAUCACUGUUCAGAUUCAUGACAUACCUGGACCUCCCAAAGGACCAGUUAAAAUUGAUGAAGUUUCAUCUGAUUAUAUUUUGAUGUCGUGGGAGCCUCCUGAAAAUGAUGGUGGUGUGCCAAUAAAUAAUUACAUAGUUGAAAUGCGUGAGACUGACAGCACGUCAUGGGUAGAGCUAGCAGCUACUGUGAUACGUACAACAUUUAAAGCUCCUCAUCUCACUACUGGAACUGAGUACCAGUUCCGAAUUAAGGCUCAAAAUAGAUAUGGCACUGGCCCUGCAAUUGUCUCAGAGAUGGUUGUCGCAACAUAUCCAUUUAAAGUGCCAGGACCACCUGGAACUCCUCAAGUUAUUGCGGUUACUAAGGACUCAAUGACAAUUACCUGGAAUGAUCCUAUUACUGAUGGUGGAAGUCCCAUUUUAGGAUACCACAUUGAAAGAAAGGAAAGAAAUAGUAUACUUUGGCAAACUGUAAGCAAAGCUUUGAUUGCCGGUACCACAUUUAAAUCAUCAGGGCUUACUGAUGGCAUUGCAUAUGAAUUCCGUGUUGUAGCAGAGAACAUGGCCGGUAAAGGAAAACCAAGCAAAGCAUCAGAACCAGUUUAUGCACUGGACCCUAUUGAUCCUCCUGGUAAGCCAGAUCCAAUCAAUGUUACUAGACAUUCAAUUACACUCACAUGGACAAGACCAGAAUAUGAUGGAGGCUUCAAGAUAACCGGUUACACAGUAGAAAAGAGGGAUUUGCCGAAUGGUCGCUGGCUUAAGGCAAACUUCAGCAAUGUGUUAGAGACUCUGUUUACCGUCAGUGGACUCAGUGAAGGUGAUACGUAUGAAUUCCGCAUAUUAGCGCGAAAUGCUGCUGGUGCAGUAAGCCAUCCAUCUGAGCCUACUGAUGCAAUAAUAUGCAGAGAUGACAUUGAAGAACCGAGAAUACUGGUUGAUGUUAAAUUCAAGAGUGUUUUAUUAUUGAAAGCUGGUGAAACAUUUAAACUUGAGGCAGAUGUUAAAGGGCAACCACCACCUACAAUGGUUUGGACAAAAGAUGGAAAUGAUCUUGAAGAAACAGGAAAAAUAGAAGUAAAGAUGACAGAUUUCUCUACUGCAUUGAUUCAUAAAGACAGUGUGAGAAGAGAUGGUGGUGCAUAUACACUUACUGCAUCCAAUCCUGGAGGAUCAGCAAAACAUGUGUUUAAUGUCAAAGUUUUGGAUCGACCAGGGCCGCCUGAGGGACCUAUUGUAAUUUCAGAUGUUACAGCAGACAAGUGUGUGAUAUCAUGGUUACCACCACCAGAUGACGGGGGAGCAAAGAUUGAACAUUACAUCGUUGAAAAACGUGAAACCAGUAGACUUGCUUGGACAAAUGUGGCUACAGAUGUUCAACUUACCAAGCUGAAGAUAACCAAACUUCUGCAAGGAAAUGAAUAUAUUUUCCGUGUUAUGGCGGUAAAUAAAUAUGGAGUCGGUGAACCGUUGGAAUCUGAUCCUGUUGUUGCUGUUAAUCCAUUUGUACCACCUAGUCCACCAAAGAAUCCAGAAGUAACAGCAAUUACAAAGGAUUCAAUGGUGGUUUGUUGGGGACAUCCUGAUUCUGAUGGUGGAAGUGAGAUCACCAACUACAUUAUUGAAAGACGUGACAAAACAGGAAUGCGCUGGGUUAAAUGUAACAAAAGGAUAGUCACUGAUUUACGAUACAAAGUUAGUAAGCUCACAGAAGGGCAUGAAUAUGAAUACAGAAUCUUGGCUGAAAAUGCUGCUGGUGUAAGUCAACCCAGUUCUUCAAGUUCAUACUACAAAGCAUGUGACACUGUGUUCAAACCUGGACCACCAGGUAACCCCAGAGUUCUAGAUACCAGCAGAUCUUCAAUCACUAUUGCAUGGAAUAAACCUAUUUAUGAUGGUGGCUCAGAAAUCACUGGUUACAUGGUAGAAACAUGUCUUCCUGAAGAAGAUGAAUGGACAGUUGUAACCCCACAGAGUGGACUCAAGGCUACAUCAUUCACAAUUAUAGAUUUAAAAGAAAAUCAAGAGUACAAAGUUCGCAUAUAUGCUAUUAACUCUGAAGGCAUUGGGGAACCUGCACAAAUUCCUGGAACAGCUAAAGCUGAAGAUAGAUUAUUGCCUCCUGAGAUUGAGCUUGAUGCAGAUUUGCGCAAAGCAGUGUCUAUAAGAGCUUGUUGCACUUUGAGAUUAUUUGUUACAAUUAGAGGAAGACCAGCACCUGAGAUUAAAUGGGCCAGAGAAGAUGAGGAACCAUUGAAUAGAGCUUCAAUUGAGAAUACAAGCUCUUACUCUCUCCUUGUCAUUCCAAAUGUAAAUAGGUUUGACAGUGGCAAAUAUAUCCUAACAGUGGAAAACAGUAGUGGCAGCAAAUCAGCUUUUGUCAGUGUUAGAGUUCUGGAUACCCCAGGUCCAGCACAGAAUCUUAAAAUUAAGGAAGUUUCUAAAGACUCUGUUACACUUACAUGGGAACCUCCACUUAUUGAUGGUGGCUCCAAGAUUAAAAACUACAUAGUAGAGAAAAGAGAAUCAACAAGAAAAGCAUACUCUACAGUGAUUGCCAACUGCCAUAAGACAAGUUGGAAGGUGGAUAACUUACACGAAGGUUGUAACUAUUACUUCCGUGUUCUUGCUGAAAAUGAAUACGGGAUAGGUCUCCCUGUUGAGACAUCUGAAUCAGUUAAAGUAUCAGAGCGACCACUUCCACCAGGCAAGGUAUCUCUUGUGGAUGUAACAAGAAGUAGUGCAGUUUUGUCAUGGGAGAAACCAGAACAUGAUGGAGGCAGCAGGAUCUUAGGAUACAGAGUGGAAAUGCAAAGUAAAGGCAGUGAAAAGUGGACAACAUGCGCAACUGUGAAAGAAACUGAAGCCACAAUAACAGGGUUGACACAGGGCGAAGAGUAUAUGUUCCGAGUAUCAGCAGAAAAUGAGAAAGGUAUCAGUGACCCACGACAGCUGGGAGUUCCAGUAGUUGCUAAGGAUCUUGUGAUUGCCCCUGCUUUUAAACUUAUGUUUACCACCUUUAGUGUCCUGGCAGGAGAAGACUUAAAAGUUGAAGUACCAUUUAUUGGGCGGCCUCAACCAACAGUAGCUUGGCUAAAAGAUAAUCAAGCAUUAAAACAAACCACACGGAUUAAUGCUGAAACCAAAGACACUAAAACGGUUCUUAUCAUCAAGGAAGCUUGUCGUGAAGAUGUUGGCCAUUAUAUUGUGAAACUUACAAAUUCCGCUGGUGAAGCAUCUGAAAAUCUUAGCAUUAUUGUUUUAGACAAACCUGGACCUCCAACUGGACCAGUCACAAUUGACGACGUUACUGCAGAUUGCAUUUCAAUAUCAUGGAAACCACCAGAAUAUGAUGGUGGCUGUCAGAUCAGCAAUUACAUUGUUGAAAAAAGAGAUACUUCAACCACGGUUUGGCAGAUGAUUUCAGCCACUGUUGCCCGUACAACAAUCAAAGCUGCACGUCUAAAGACUGGUACCGAAUAUCAGUUUAGAAUUGCGGCUGAGAAUAGAUAUGGUAAGAGUAGCUAUCUUACUUCUGAAUCUGUUGUGGCUCAAUAUCCUUACAAGCCCCCUGGCCCACCUGGUACUCCAUUCUUGACAAAUGUCACAAAGGACAGUAUGGUAGUGCAGUGGCAUGAACCUGUCAAUGAUGGUGGUAGUAAGGUUCUAGGUUACCAUCUUGAAUGCAAAGAAAGAAACAGCAUUUUGUGGAUGAAACUAAAUAAAACAAUUAUUUCUGAUACUAAAUUCAAAGCUACUAAUCUUGAAGAAGGAAUUGAAUAUGAAUAUAGGGUAUAUGCUGAGAAUAUUGUUGGCAUUGGAAAAUCUAGUAAAGUAUCUGAAUGUGUUGCAGCCAGAGACCCUUGUGAUCCUCCAGGUCGUCCUGAAGCUGUAAUUGUCACUAGAAACUCAGUGACCCUGCAGUGGACCAAGCCUGAAUAUGAUGGUGGCAGUAAAGUCACUGGCUACAUUGUUGAAAAGAAAGAACUUCCUGAUGGCCGCUGGAUGAAGGCAAGCUUUACUAAUGUCAUUGAUACCCAGUUUGCUGUAACUGGCUUAGUAGAGGACCAAAGGUAUGACUUCAGAGUAAUCGCAAGAAAUGCAGCUGGUGUUUUCAGUGAACCUUCUGAACCCACUGGUCCAAUCACUGUUAGAGAUGAAGUGGACCCACCACGAAUUAGCAUGGAUCCACAAUAUAAGGACGUUCUCGUAGUGCAUGCAGAUGAAUCCUUCAAAAUUGAAGCUGAUGUUUAUGGCAAACCAAUACCUUCAAUCCAGUGGAUGAAAGGAGACCAAGAACUUGCAAAUACAGCUAGACUUGAAAUUAGAAAUACUGACUUUAAUACAGUUCUGUCUGUGAAGGAAUCCAUUCGUGUAGACAGUGGACCCUAUACCCUUUUGGUAAAGAAUGUAGCUGGUCAAAAAUCAGUAACUGUUAACGUGAAGGUGCUAGACAAACCAGGACCACCAGAAGGGCCAAUCGCUGUAAGUGGAAUAGCUGCUGAGAAAUGCACAUUAAGCUGGAAGCCACCAAUACAAGAUGGCGGUAGUGACAUUUCACAUUAUAUUGUUGAAAAAAGGGAAACAAGUCGUUUAGUUUGGACAUUAGUUGACUCUAAUGUACAAACUUUAAGUUGCAAAGUUACCAAACUUCUGGAAGGAAACGAAUAUAUCUUCCGUGUUAUGGGUGUAAACAAAUAUGGAGUAGGUGAACCCCUUGAAUCCGAACCUGUAAUAGCGAAGAAUCCGUUUGUCUGCCCUGAUGCACCAAAGACACCUGAGGUUACAGCUAUCGCGAAGGAUUCAAUGAUUGUUGCAUGGGGAAGACCAGCAUCCGAUGGUGGUAGUGAAAUUCAAGGCUACAUUUUGGAAAAACGGGACAAAGAAGGAAUACGGUGGACCAGGUGUAACAAACGACUUAUUAGUGAACUACGUUUCAGAGUUACUGGACUUAUUGAAAAUCAUAAUUAUGAAUUUAGGGUAUCUGCAGAGAAUGCUGCUGGUGUCAGUGAACCAAGUCCGUGCUCCAUUUUCUAUAAGGCAACUGAUCCAGUCUACAAACCUGGGCCACCAAACAAUCCUAAAGUAAUUGAUUUUACAAAAUCUUCUGUUCUCCUAUCCUGGGGAAAACCUAUUUAUGAUGGUGGAUGUGAAAUCCAAGGAUAUCUUGUCGAGAUGUGUGAUGUAAGUACUGAUGAAUGGACAAUGUGCACAUCAUCGACUGGGAUUACGCAGACCCGAUUUGAAGUGGAUAAGUUGCUGGAAAAACAUGAAUACAAGUUCCGUGUCUGUGCUAUAAAUAAGGCUGGGGUUGGUGAACACGCCGACUUCCCAGGAACUGUGCUUUUGGAAGAUAAAUUAGAAGCCCCAGAUCUUGACCUUGAUGCAGAUCUAAGGAAGAUUAUUAAUGUCAGAGCCAGUUGUUCUUUGAGAUUAUUUGUUCCCAUUAGAGGCCGGCCAGCUCCAGAAGUCAAAUGGACCAAAGCAGAUGGUGAAGUAAGAGACACUGCACAGAUUGAAGUUUCUGAAAGUUAUACACUACUUGUAAUUGAUAAUGUUAACAGAUAUGAUUCUGGCAAAUACAUAUUAACCUUGGAAAAUAGCAGUGGUACAAAAUCUGCCUUUGUUAAUGUGAGGGUCCUUGAUACACCAAGCCCACCAGUUAAUCUUAAAGUCAAAGAGGUAACAAAAGACAGUGUCACUUUAUCCUGGGAACAUCCUCUAUUGGAUGGAGGUGCCAAAAUUAAAAAUUUCAUCGUAGAAAAGCGAGAAUCUACAAGGAAGGCAUACUCGGCUGUUAUUACCAACUGCCACAAGACAUCUUUUAAGGUAGAAAAACUUCAGGAAGGUUGCAAUUACUAUUUUAGAGUAACUGCUGAAAAUGAGCAUGGAAUUGGAUUACCUGCAGAAACUGCUGACCCGGUUAAAAUAUCUGAAGUGCCACAGCCUCCAGGAAAAAUAACGGUGGUCGAUGUGACAAGAAAAUCUGUGUCUCUUACAUGGGAGAAGCCAGAACAUGAUGGUGGUAGCAAAAUUAUCCAAUACAUUGUUGAAAUGCAAACAAAAGGUAGUGAGAAGUGGUCGGCAUGUGCUCAUGUGAAGACACUUGAUGCAACGAUCACUAACCUGGCACAAGGAGAGGAAUAUCUGUUUAGAGUCAUAGCAGUAAAUGAAAAAGGCAAGAGUGACCCAAGAGCUCUUGCAGUGCCAGUGGUUGCUAAAGAUCUUGUGAUAGAACCAGAUGUCAGACCAGCAUUUAGUAGUUACAAUGUACAGGUGGGUCAAGACUUAAAAAUAGAAAUCCCUAUAUCUGGACGUCCUAAACCAAGUAUUACAUGGACAAAGGAUGGUCAGCCACUCAAGCAGACAACUAGAGUCAAUGUUAUUGACUCUGAUGAUUGUACAGUACUAAACAUCAAGGAGUCAAUCAAAGAUGAUCAUGGAUUGUACAAUAUCACAGUGGCUAAUGUUGUUGGCCAAAAAUCAGCAUCCAUUGAAAUAAUAACACUUGAUAAGCCUGGCCCACCAAGUGGCCCUGUGAGGUUUGAUUCAGUCAGUGCUGAAAGCAUCUCAAUUUCUUGGGAUCCUCCAAGCUUUACUGGUGGCUGUCAGAUAACUAACUACGUAGUUGAGAAGAGAGAUACAACUACCACAACCUGGGAAAUAGUUUCGGCUACAGUUGCUAGAACAAGUCUGAAAAUAACCAAACUUAAAACUGGAGCUGAAUAUCAGUUUAGAAUAUUUGCUGAAAAUAGGUAUGGUAGAAGUUUUGCUUUGGAUUCUGAGGCAAUUUUAGCACAGUAUCCAUUUAAAGAGCCUGGUCCACCAGGUACACCUUUUGUAGCAACUGCUAGCAAGGACAGCAUGAUAGUCCAGUGGCAUGAACCUAUUAAUGAUGGAGGUAGCAAAGUCCUAGGAUAUCACCUGGAGCGUAAAGAAAGAAACAGUAUUCUUUGGACAAAGGUCAAUAGAACUAUAAUACAGGAUACCAGAUACAAAACUACAGGACUUGAAGAAGGCAUUGAAUAUGAAUUCAAAGUUUAUGCUGAAAAUAUUGUUGGUAUUGGAAAACCCAGCAAAGUUUCAGAGUGCUACUUUGCUCGUGAUCCAUGUGAUCCUCCGGGCUGUCCAGACGCCAUUAUUGUUACCAGAAAUUCAAUAACACUUCAGUGGACAAAACCAGAAUAUGAUGGUGGAAGCAUUAUUACCGGAUAUAUAGUAGAAAAGCGUGACCUACCUGAAGGUCGCUGGAUGAAGGCAAGCUUUACAAAUGUAAUUGAAACCCAAUUUACUGUAACUGGUCUCACAGAAGAUGACAGGUAUGACUUCAGGGUUAUUGCCAAGAAUGCUGCAGGUACGUUUAGCAAACCGUCUGAUAAUACUGGGCCCAUCGUUGCAAAGGAUGAAGUCGAGCUACCUAGAAUAUCCAUGGAUCCAAAAUACAGAGAUACAAUAGUGGUGAACGCAGGUGAAACAUUUAAGUUAGAUGCUGAUAUUCAUGGCAAACCAUUACCCAUUAUACAGUGGAUAAAAGGUGAAAAAGAAGUUGAAGAGUCAGCAAGACUUGAAGUUAAAAAUACUGAUUUUAAAGCUUUACUUGUAGUUAAGGAUGCAAUCAGAGUUGAUGGUGGGCAGUAUAUUCUUCAAGCUUCUAAUGUAGCUGGUACAAAAUCUGUAUCAAUUAAUGUAAAAGUUUUGGACAGACCAGGACCUCCAGCAGGUCCGAUCCGAAUCACUGGUGUCACAACUGAAAAAUGUUCAUUAUCCUGGAGUGCACCAGAACAUGAUGGUGGAAGUGAAAUUUCACAUUAUAUUAUUGAGAAAAGGGAAACUAGUCGCUUAGCUUGGACUGUUGUGACAUCAGAUGUCAAAGCUACAAUGCAUAAAGUUACUAAGCUUUUGGAGGGUAAUGAAUAUAUCUUCCGUGUAAUGGCUGUCAACAAGUUUGGUGUGGGCGAAUCCUUGGAGUCUGCAUCUGUCCUAAUGAAGAAUCCAUUUGUACCUCCUGGUCCACCAAAAUCUUUGGAAGUGACUAAUAUUGCGAGAGACUCAAUGACUGUCUGCUGGAAUAGACCAGAUGACAAUGGUGGCAGUGAAAUUACUGGUUAUAUCCUAGAGAAGAGGGAUAGAACUGGAAUUAGGUGGACAAAAUGCAACAAACAUAACAUAACAGAUUUACGCUUCAGAGUUACAGGUCUCACAGAAGAUCAUGAAUAUGAAUUUAGAGUAUCUGCUGAAAAUGUUGCUGCAAUUGGUGAGCCAAGUCAGCCAACAAAUUUCUAUAAAGCAUGUGAUCCAAUUUACAAGCCUGGAGCACCAUCAAAUCCACGUGUUGCCGACACGUCAAAAGAUUCUAUUGUACUUAUUUGGGGCAAGCCAAUUUAUGAUGGAGGCAGUGACAUUCAAGGAUAUAUAGUGGAAAUCCGUAAGGCCGAUGAAGAAGACUGGACAAUGUGUACACCACAAUCUGGAGUCCAAGCGAAUCGCUUUGAAAUUAGAAAACUUACUGAACAUCAAGAAUACAAUGUUCAGGUAUGUGCCAUCAAUAAAGUUGGGGUUGGUGAGCCAGCAACAGUGCCUGGUACAGUAAAACCUGAAGAUAAACUUGAACAACCAGAAGUUGAACUCACAGCAGAGUUGAGAAAAGGAAUCACAGCAAGAGCUGGCAGUACCAUCAGAAUAUUCACACCAAUUAAAGGGAGACCUGUGCCUGAGAUCAGUUGGUCAAAGGAUGAGGGUGAGCUAUCUGAAAAAUCUCAAAUAGAAAAGGGUCUGAAUUAUACUCAGGUAACAAUAGACAACUGUGAUAGAAAUGAUGCUGGGAAAUACACCCUGACUUUAGUGAACAGCAGUGGAACUAAGUCUGCAUUUGUUACAGUAAAAGUUCUUGACACACCUGGAGCUCCACAAAACUUAACAGUAAAAGAGAUAAAGAAAGAUUCAGCUACAUUGGUAUGGGAACCACCUAUUAUUGAUGGAGGUGCAAAAGUUAAAAACUAUGUUAUUGAUAAGCGAGAAGCAACCAGAAAAGCUUAUGCUAAUGUAACUACUAAAUGCAACAAAUGCAAUCUCAAAAUUGACAAUCUAACUGAAGGAUCUAUUUACUAUUUCCGAGUAAUGGCAGAAAAUGAGUUUGGUGUGGGUGUACCUGUUGAGACUACGGAAGCUGUUAAGGCUUCUGAACCGCCUUUACCUCCAGGAAAGAUCACCCUUGUAGAUGUCACUCAAAAGACUGUGUCACUCAUUUGGGAAAAGCCUGACCAUGAUGGAGGUAGCAGAAUCAUGGGAUACUUAGUAGAAAUGCAGCCUAAAGGAUCUGACAAUUGGGGUGUUGUUACCCAAUCCAAAACUUGUGAUGCAAUCAUUUCUGGUCUCAGUUCAGGGCAGGAAUAUCUUUUCCGUGUAAUUGCUUUCAAUGAAAAAGGGAAAAGUGAUCCUAGACUCUUGGCUGUACCAGUGAUAGCCAAAGAUCAGAGUAUAGCACCUGAUUUCAGACUCCUAUUCAACACGUAUAGUGUUCAAGCUGGGAAGAAUCUAAAGAUUGAAGUUCCAUUUAUUGGACGUCCUAAACCUAAGAUUUCAUGGAUGAAAGAUGGGCAGCCACUGAAACAAACAACAAGAGUUAAUGUGGAUGAUGCAGCAACAGCUACAACCCUUCUUAUAAAAGAAAGUCAAAGGGACGACCAUGGAAAGUAUUCAGUAACUGCUACAAAUGCUGCUGGAACAGUAACUGAAGAGAUCAGCAUCAUUGUGCUUGAUAAACCAGGUCCACCCAUUGGACCUGUAAGAUUCGAUGAAAUCAGUGCAAAUUACAUUGUAAUAUCAUGGGAUCCACCAGAGUACACUGGAGGAUGUCAAAUUAACAAUUACAUUGUUGAGAAGAGGGACACAACUACUGUUACUUGGGACCUGGUGUCUGCAACUGUGGCACGGACUACAAUUAAAAUUGUGAAACUUAACACAGGAUCUGAAUACCAGUUCAGGAUCUUUGCUGAAAACAGAUAUGGAAAGAGUUCAUCUUUAGAUUCUUCAUCAGUUGUUGCACAGUACCCAUACAAGCAACCUGGACCACCAGGAACUCCAUCUGUGUCAUCUGCCACAAAGGACACUAUGUUUGUGCAAUGGAAUGAACCAGUGAUUGAUGGUGGAAGUAAAAUUUUAGGUUACCAUCUUGAACGCAAAGAAAGAAACAGUAUUCUCUGGACAAAAUUAAACAAAACAAUUAUUCAGGAUACACAUUACAAGUGCAAUAAUCUAGAAGAAGGUAUUGAAUAUGAGUUCAGAGUAUCUGCAGAGAAUAUUGUUGGCAUUGGUAAAGUUAGCAAGGUAUCAGAAUGUUAUGUAGCACGUGAUCCUUGUGAUCCACCUGGCUGUCCUGAAGCAGUUGUUAUCACAAGAAAUUAUGUUACUCUACAAUGGAAAAAGCCUCAAUAUGAUGGUGGUAGCAAAAUUACUGGGUAUAUUGUAGAAAAGAAAGAACUUCCUGAUGGUCGCUGGACAAAAGCUAGUUUUACCAACAUAAUUGAACCUGAAUUCACAUUUACUGGAUUAACUGAAGAUGCAAGAUACGAAUUUAGAGUAAUUGCGAGAAAUGCAGCUGGUAUUUUCAGUGAACCAUCUGAAAGUUCUGGACCAAUUACAGCAAGAGAUGAAAUUGAAGCUCCAAGGGCUUCUAUGGACCCCAAGUACAAAGAUGUGAUUGUUGUUAGUGCAGGAGAAACCUUUGUACUGGAUGCUGACAUCCAUGGUAAACCCGUUCCUGAUGUAACAUGGGUUAAAGAUGGCAAAGAUAUAGAUACAACUGUUGCAAGAAUGGAGAUUAAAUCCAGCAUUCAGAAAACUAGCCUUACUGUCAAGGACUGCAUUCGAACUGAUGGAGGACAUUAUGUACUCAAGCUCAGUAAUGUAGGUGGCGAGAAAUCAAUUCCUAUAACUGUUAAGGUUCUCGAUAGGCCUGGUCCUCCUGAUGGUGUUUUGAAGAUUUCUGGUGUCACUGCAGAAAAGUGCUACUUGGCUUGGAAUCCACCUUCUCAGGAUGGUGGUGCCAAUAUUUCUCAUUACAUAAUUGAGAAGAGAGAAACUUCCAGACUUUCAUGGACACAAGUAGCAUCCGAUGUGCAAGCUAUUAGUCACAAAGUAACCAAGCUUCUUCCAGGUAAUGAGUAUAUAUUCCGUGUAAUGGCAGUAAACAAAUAUGGAAUUGGUGAGCCCCUGGAGUCUGAACCAGUUUUGGCUAAAAAUCCAUUCCACACACCAAGUGCACCAACAGUACCUGAGGUUACAGCCAUUACCAAAGAUUCAAUGGUUGUGACAUGGGGACAUGCUGAGGAUGAUGGCGGAGCUGAAAUUGAAGGUUAUAUACUAGAAAAGCGGGACAAAGAUGGAAUCAGAUGGGUCAAAUGCAAUAAAAAAAGGUUGAGCGAUUUAAGAUUUAGAGCUACUGGCUUAACAGAAGGCCAUUUCUAUGAAUUCCGUGUAUCUGCUGAAAACGCUGCUGGUGUGGGUGAUCCAAGUGAACCAUCCAUUUUCUACAGAGCCUGUGACGUAAUUUAUGUCCCUGGCCCACCAAACAAUCCGAAAGUGAUAGACACAACAAGAUCUACAGUAUCUCUUGCGUGGAGCAAACCAAUUUAUGAUGGUGGAGCUAAAAUUAAAGGCUAUACUGUGGAGAGAAAAGAAGUUAACACUGAAGACUGGAUCACAUGCACACCUCCAACAGGUGUACAAUUAACACAUUUCACAUUAACAGAUUUAAAGGAAAAUACUGGGUAUAAUAUCCGCAUCUGUGCCAUUAAUUCAGAAGGAGCAGGGGAACCUGCUAAUAUUUCUGGUACAGUAAUUGCAGCUGAUUUGCUUGAACCCCCAGAAAUUGAGCUGGAUGCUAAUCUCCGGAAGGUAGUGUGUGUACGAGCUGGUGGUACUUUGAGGUUAUUUGUUCCCAUUAAAGGCAGACCAGACCCUGAGGUAAAAUGGGAGAAAGCAGAAGGUACUCUAAGUGAGAGAGCCCAGAUUGAAGUGACAAGUUCCUACACCAUGUUGGUACUGGAUAAUGUUAACAGAUUUCACAGUGGCAAGUAUAAUUUGACUCUGGAAAAUAGCAGUGGUAGCAAAUCUGCUUUUGUUAAUGUCAGAAUACUUGAUUCACCUAGUAGUCCUGUGAACCUACAUAUCAAAGAAGUGAGAAAAGAUUCAGUAACUAUAUCAUGGGAACCACCUGUCAUUGAUGGUGGGGCUAAGAUAACAAAUUACAUUGUUGAAAAACGUGAAUCUACUCGAAAAGCAUAUGCUGCUGUUACCAACAAUUGUACCAAAAACUCAUUCAAAGUUGAUUCAUUACAAGAAGGUGGUAUUUACUAUUUCCGUGUAAUGGCAGUUAAUGAGUAUGGAACUGGUUUGCCAGCAGAGACUACUGAACCUAUUAAAGCAUCUGAGGUGCCCUUGCCUCCAGGUAAAGUGACAUUAGUAGAUGUAACAAGAAAUAGUGCAACACUUGCAUGGGAGAAACCCGAACAUGAUGGAGGUAGCAAAAUAACUUCCUAUAUUGUUGAAAUGCAGACAAAGGGAAGUGAAAAAUGGAUUUCAUGUGCCCAAGUAAAAGCACUAGAAACAACAGUAAAAGGAUUAACCUCUGGCGAAGAAUACACCUUUACUGUACGAGCUGUUAAUGAGAAAGGAAAAAGUGAUCCAAGACAAUUGGGAGUACCAGUAAUUGCAAAAGAUAUUGAAAUUGAGCCAACUGUUGAGCUUCCUUUCAAUAGCUUCAGUGUUAAGGCAGGUGAUGAUCUCAAGAUUGAUAUACCAGUUAGAGGAAGACCUUUGCCAACUGUGACAUGGAAGAAGGAUGGUCAAGCUUUGAAACAGACAACACGAAUAAAUGUCCAGACAACAAAGACAUCAACUCUUUUGACCAUCAAAGAAGCCAUAAAGGAAGACGUUGGAAAAUACGAACUAAAUGUUUCCAAUAGUAUAGCAUCAAAAACUUACUUAAUAAACAUUGUUGUUCUUGACAAACCUGGCCCACCAAGUUCUAUUCAUAUCGAUGAAGUCAGUUCUGAUUAUGUAGUUAUGUCUUGGACAGCACCAGAAUAUGAUGGUGGUUGCCAAAUUAAUAAUUACAUUGUUGAAAAGAGAGACACCACUACAACAACAUGGGAAACUGUUUCUGCCACUGUAGCAAGAACAUCAAUUAAAGUCACAGGACUUACAACAAGAUCCGAAUACCAGUUCCGUGUGUAUGCAGAAAACAGAUAUGGCAAAAGCCAUUAUUGUGAGUCUCCUUCUGUUGUUGCAGAAUAUCCAUUUAAACUCCCUGGGCCUCCAUCAACACCUAUUGUUGAACAUGCCACCAAAGCUUAUAUGAUUGUCAAAUGGAAUGAACCAGUUUCUGAUGGAGGUUCUAAAAUUAUUGGAUACCACCUUGAAUGCAAAGAUAGAAGCAGUAUUCUGUGGACAAAGGUGAACAGAGGUCCAAUUAAUGAUACAAAAAUGAAAGUAACAGGCCUUGAAGAAGGUCUGGCAUACGAGUAUCGUGUUUAUGCAGAAAAUAUUGCAGGCAUUGGCAGAGCCAGUAAAGUUUCUGAACCUGUUGCCGCAAGAGACCCAUGUGACCCUCCAGGUCAACCUGAAGUAACGUAUAUUACCAGAACAUCUGUUUCACUGUCUUGGACCAAACCAGAAUACGAUGGUGGUGCUAAAGUUACUGGUUAUAUUAUUGAAUCCAGGCUGCUACCUGAUGGACGCUGGCUUAAAUGUAACUUUACCAACAUACAAGAAACGUAUUUUGAUGUUACUGGUCUUACUGAAGAUCAGCGCUAUGAGUUCCAUGUAAUCGCAAAGAAUGCUGCUGGACUAUUCAGUGAGCCAUCUGAAUCAACAGGUCCCAUUACUGUAAAGGAUGAUAUGGAAGCCCCAAGAAUUAUGAUGGAUGCCAAAUUUAGAGAGGUUGUAGUUAAGGCAGGUGAAACUGUUAAAUUUAAUGCAGAUAUAGCUGGUCGUCCUCUUCCAGUGAUAUCAUGGACAAAAGAUGGCAAGGAACUUGAAGGACAAGCUAGAGUUGAAAUUCAAUCAACUGAUAAUAGAACUGCAGUUGUCAUUAAAGACUGUAUCAGACGAGACUCGGGACAGUAUGUUGUAACACUACAGAAUGUAGCAGGAACAAGAUCCCUAGCUGUUAACUGCAAGGUUCUUGAUAGACCAGGUCCACCUGCUGGUCCUUUAGAGAUAACCAGCUGUACAUCUGAAAAGUGUUCUUUGUCAUGGGCACCACCUCAAGAGAAUGGAGGAGCAGAUAUUGAUCACUAUAUUGUAGAAAAGCGAGAAACAAGUCGCAUUGCCUGGACAUGUGUAACCGACAACUUACCAACAACAUCUUGUAAGGUAACUAAGUUGCUCAAAGGCAAUGAAUAUGUUUUUAGAGUAAUGGGGGUGAACAAAUAUGGAGUUGGUGAAGCUUUGGAGAGUGAACCUAUAAAAGCUUUAGAUCCAUACAUAGUUCCCGGUGCACCAAAAUCAAUUGAAAUUACCAAUGUCACAAAGAAUUCUAUGACUGUCUGCUGGGAAAGACCUGACAGUGAUGGUGGAAAUCCAAUUGCUGGAUAUAUUAUUGAAAGGCGUGAGAAAACAGGCUUACGCUGGAUUCGAGUUACUAAGAAACCUGUGUAUGAUCUCAGAGUAAAGGCUACAGGGCUUCGUGAAGGUGCUGAAUAUGAAUACCGUGUGUAUGCAGAAAAUGCUGCAGGAGUCGGUCCUCCAAGUGACCCUUCAGUACUGAUCUGUGCAAAAGAUCCAGUUUUCAUACCUUCUCCUCCAUCCAGACCAAAAAUAAUUGAUUCAACAAAAACAAGCAUUACUAUCAGCUGGACAAAGCCACUGUUUGAUGGUGGAGCAACUGUGACUGGGUACACAGUAGAGUAUAAACAGUCUGAAGACACUGAAUGGACAACAGCAAUUCAGAAUUUGAAAGGCACUGAGUAUACAGUAGUUGGGCUUACAUCUGGAAUGGAAUAUCUUUUCCACGUAAGAUCAAUUAACAAAGUUGGUGUCAGUGAUCCAAGUGAAACAUCAGAGCCGCAAAUUGCAAAAGACAGAGAAGAGGAACCUGUGUUUGAAAUUGAUAAUGAAAUGCGUAAAACAUUGAUUGUCAAGGCUGGAAGUUCCUUUACAUUAACUGUACCUUUUAGAGGAAAACCAGUACCUAAUGUAAUGUGGAGCAAACCUGAUGUAGAUCUCCGUGUAAGAGGAAGUCUUGAGGUCACUGAUUCAAAAACAUCACUGACAAUUGAAAAAGCAACAAGGAAUGAUGGUGGUAAAUACACAGUAACAUUGCAGAAUAUUUUAGCUACUGCCACAUUAACUCUGGGUGUCAAAGUCCUGGAUUCACCUGGACCUCCUGGCAAUAUUAUUGUAAAAGAAGUUACUAAGGAAUCUGUAACACUGUCCUGGGAUUUGCCAGAAAUUGAAGGUGGUGCUCGAGUGAAGACUUACCAUAUUGAAAAGCAUGAAGCGAGUAAGAAGGCAUGGGUGACUGUAACAACUAAUUGUCACCGUCUUACUUACAAAGUGACUGACUUGCAAGAAGGUGGCAUUUAUUACUUCCGUGUCCGGGGAGAAAAUGAGUUUGGUGUUGGCGUGCCUGUUGAGACCAAGGAAGGAGUUAAGAUAACAGAAAAUCCAAGCUCACCUGAGCGACUUGGAGUUACAAAUGUAACAAAAGACAGUGUUUCACUUGCCUGGUCAAAGCCAGAACAUGAUGGAGGCAGUAGGAUCACAGGCUACCUCAUAGAAGCUCUUGAGAAAGGCCAGCAAAAGUGGGUUAAAUGUGCCAUUGUGAAGACUACACAUCAUGUUAUACAUGGUUUGAAACAAAAUGUUGACUAUUUCUUCAGAGUUUCUGCUGAAAAUCAAGCUGGCCUAAGUGACCCGAAGGAAAUGGUUCUACCAAUAACAGUUAAAGAACAACUUGAAUCACCCGAAAUUGAUAUGAAGAACUUCCCUCGUAACACUGUUUAUGUUCGGGCUGGAUCUAAUCUAAAAUUUGAAAUUCCAGUUUCUGGCAAGCCACAGCCUAAAAUAUCUUGGUCCAAAGAUGGCACUCCUGUGAAGUCAUCCAUGAGAUUUAACACCGAAAUGACUGCAGAAAGCAUUAUUGUGAAUCUAAAAGAAAGUGUUGCCAGUGACACUGGCCAAUAUGAUAUUACUGCUGCCAAUUCCAGUGGAACUACAAAGUCCUUCAUUAACAUUGUCGUGCUGGACAGACCUGGACCACCAGUGGGCCCUGUGAAUAUUAGUGAUGUCACUGAAGAUAGUGUGACACUGAGAUGGCAGCCACCGACGUAUGAUGGUGGCAGUCAGGUGACAAAUUACAUUGUUUUGAAAAGAGAAACCAGCACAGCUGCUUGGUCAGAAGUAUCUGCUAUUGUAGCAAGAAGUUUAAUCAAAGUCAUGAAGCUGACUACUGGAGAGGAAUAUCAGUUCCGCAUCAAAGCUGAGAACCGUUUUGGAAUCAGUGAUCAUAUUGACUCCAAGUGUGUCACGGUCAAAUUGCCAUAUACAACACCCGGUCCUCCGUCAACUCCAUGGGUUACUAAUGUCACUAGGGAAAGUAUAACAGUAGGUUGGAAUGAACCUGUUUCUGAUGGUGGCAACCAUGUAAUUGGCUAUCAUUUAGAAAUGAAGGACAGGAACAGCAUUUUAUGGCAGAAAGCUAACAAGACCAUCAUCCGUACAACACACUUCAAAGUCACAAAUAUCAGUGGUGGACUUAUCUAUGAAUUCCGUGUAUAUGCAGAAAAUGACGCAGGAAUUGGCAAAGUUAGCCAUCCUUCUGAUCAAGUUCUUGCAAUUGAUGCUUGUGAGUUCCCAUCCAAUGUACGUGUAACAGAUAUUUCCAAGACCUCUGUCAGCCUCAGCUGGAAGAGACCAGCUUAUGAUGGUGGCAGCAAGAUUACUGGCUACAUCGUUGAAAAACGUGAUUUGCCGAAUGGUAGAUGGACGAAGGCCAGCUUUACAAAUGUUAUUGAGACUCAAUUUACUGUAUCAGGCUUGACUCAAGAUGCACAGUAUGAAUUCCGCGUGUUUGCGAAGAAUGCAAUUGGUUCAAUAAGUAAUCCAUCUGAAGUUGUUGGACCUGUUACGUGCCAUGAUACCUUUGGUGCCCCUGAGGUUGACUUGCCUUUGGAGUAUACGGAUAUUGUCAAACUUAAGGCCGGUUCAGCCAUAAAGAUCAAAGUUGGUGUCUCUGGAAAGCCUUUGCCAUCAAUUGAAUGGUAUAAAAAUGGUAAAGAACUUGAGACAAGUUCACAGGUCUUUAUUGAAAACACAACUGACUCUGCAGCAGUAAUUAUUAAGGAUGCCAGUCGUAUCAACAGUGGAAGCUACGAAAUCAAGCUUAAAAAUCCCAUAGGCUCAGCAUCGGCAACAAUCAGGUUACUAAUUCUAGACAAACCUGGACCCCCACUUGGGCCUGUAAACUUCACAAGUGUUACAGCUGAGAAGAUCACAAUCGCAUGGGGUGUUCCAACAGAUGACGGUGGUGCACCUGUCACCCACUAUAUUGUUGAGAAACGUGAGACAAGUCGAGUUGUGUGGUCUCUCAUUUCAGAAAAGCUGGAGCAUUCUAUUGUUACUGUAAGGAAUAUCAUUAAAGGCAAUGAAUAUAUGUUCCGUAUUCGGGGUGUGAACAAAUAUGGUAUUGGUGAUCCACUGGAAUCUGAUGCUGUUAUUGCUAAGAAUGCAUUUGUUACACCCGGGCAACCAAGCAUGCCAGAAGUAUCCAUGAUAACUAAGCAAACAAUGACUGUAAGCUGGAAGAGACCCACUGUUGAUGGUGGUAACGAAAUCAGAGGCUAUAUCUUGGAAAGACGUGAAAGAAAGAGUUUACGAUGGUUUAAGGUUACCAAAGAACCCAUCCGUGACACCAGGCAAAAGGUUUCUGGGCUUACAGAGGGAAAUGAGUAUCAGUACCAAGUAUGUGCCAUCAAUGCAGCAGGAGAAGGUCCCUACUCUGAUUCUUCUGAUUUCUAUAAAGCUGCUGAUCCAAUUGAUCCACCUGGCCAACCAACCAAACUGAAGAUCGUUGACAGUACUAAAUCUUCCAUCACUCUUGGCUGGGUUAAACCUGUCUAUGAUGGAGGAAGCGCAAUAACAAGCUAUAUCAUUGAAAAGAAGGAAGCUGAAGAGCAACAGUGGACAGUAAUUACUUCCAAGGGUGAAGUCAGAACUACAGAAUAUGUUGUGUCCCAAUUAACACAUGGUGUAAACUACUACUUCCGUGUUAGCGCAGUUAACACUGCUGGUCAAGGGGAGCCAAUUGAAAUGGCAGAACCUGUGCAGGCUAAAGACAUACUGGAGGAGCCAGAGAUUGAUCUUGAUGUUGCACUCAGAACUUCCAUAACAGCAAAAUCAGGAGAAAAUGUAGAAAUUAUGAUACCUUUCAAAGGCCGUCCUCAUCCAAAUGUCACCUGGAGAAAGGAUGAGAAAAAUAUUAACACUGAUGAAAGAUACACCAUCUAUAAUACUGAGUCAUCUACACUUCUCACUAUUCCUGAGGUCACCCGUGAAGAUACUGGCAAGUAUGUUUUGACAAUUGAAAAUGGUGUUGGAGAACCCAAAUCAACAUUUGUAAGUGUGAAAGUCCUUGAUUCUCCAGGACCUUGUCAGAUGUUACAUGUUAAGCACGUGACCAGAGGUACAGUCACAUUAGUUUGGGAACCACCUCUCAUUAAUGGUGGUGCUGAAAUUGUCAAUUAUGUGAUUGAAAAGAGAGAUGCAACAAAAAGAGCCUGGUCAAGUGUCACAAGCAAAUGUUGCAAUACAACUUUUAAGAUUACCGACUUGUCAGAGAAGAGCUCAUUCUUUUUCCGAGUACUGGCAGAGAAUGAGAAUGGAACUGGUGAGCCUUGUGAGACCUCAGAACCAGUGAAGGCCACUGAAGUACCAGGGCCAGUCAAGGAUCUUGUGAUGAAAGACUCAACAAAGUCAUCUGUCUUGUUACAAUGGAACAAGCCCGACUACGAUGGAGGCAGCAUAAUUACAGAAUAUAUAAUUGAAAAGAAAUUGAAAGAGGAAAAAGAAUGGUCACAUGCUGGAAUUUCCAAAGUCUGUACCUUCGAAAUUACUAAAUUAAAGGAGUUAACAGUAGUUGAGUUCCAAGUCUUUGCGAAAAAUGAAAAGGGGUUGAGUGAUAGUGUUAUUACUGCACCUAUCACCGUGAAAGACUAUGUCAUUUCACCUGAAGCUGACUUAUCUGAAAUACCAGGAGGACAAAUUAGUGUAAGAAUUGGACAUAAUGUUCACGUUGAUCUGCCGUAUAGGGGUAAACCUCGACCAAGUAUCAAAUGGGAGAAAGACAAUAUUCCAUUAAAAGAAAGCGAACAAGUCCGGUACACAAAAACAGAAAACAAAAUCACAUUAAAUAUCAAGAAUGUCAAGAAAGAACAUGGUGGAAAGUACACCUUGAUCCUAGAUAAUGCAAUUUCAAGAAAGUCAUUCAACUUCACUGUAAUUACCCUUGGUCCUCCAUCAAAGCCUAAAGGUCCAGUUAGAUUUGAUGAAAUCAGAUCUGAAAGUGUCAUAAUUUCAUGGGAUGCACCUGAUGACGAUGGAGGAAGUGAAAUUACUAACUACAGCAUUGAAAAACGUGAAAUCUCACAAACAAAUUGGAAAGUGGUUUGUUCUAGUGUGGCCAGGACAACCGCUAAAGUUACCAAACUGGUUAAAGAUCUAGAAUAUCAAUUUAGAAUUUAUGCUGAAAAUAGAUAUGGAGUAAGCCAGCCACUUAAUUCAAUGGAAGUUAUAGCAAAACAUCAGUUCAGACUUCCCGGACCACCUGGAAAGCCUGUUGUAUACAAUGUCACUUGUGAUGGUAUGACAAUCUCAUGGGAUGCACCUUUAUAUGAUGGUGGUUCAGAAGUCACUGGAUAUCAUGUUGAGAAGAAAGAAAGGAACAGCAUCUUAUGGCAAAAAGUCAACAGAAAUCCUAUUUCUGGCAGAGAAUACAGAAUUUUAGGACUUACUGACGGCCUGGACUAUCAAUUCCGAGUUUAUUCUGAAAACGAUGUUGGAUUGAGCCCAGCUGGUGAACCAAGCAAAUUCACUUUGGCUGUCUCACCUGUUGAUCCACCUGGCACACCAGAUUAUAUUGACGUGACAAGAGAAACUAUAACACUUAAGUGGGAUCCACCACCUCGUGAUGGAGGUAGUAAAAUUGUGGCAUAUAGUGUUGAAAAACGGCAAGGAGGAGGUCGCUGGCUGCGGUGCAACUUUAUUGAUAUCACUGAAUGCCAAUAUACGGUGUCUGGCCUUAGUCCCGGUGAUCGUUAUGAAUUCCGUAUCAUUGCUAGAAAUGCUGUUGGCACAGUCAGUCCACCUUCUCAAUCAUCAGGAAACAUCAUGACAAGGGAUGAGAACAUACCACCAUCAAUUGAAUUUGGUGCUGAACAUUUUGAAGGCGUGACAGUAAAAUCUGGUGAGAGUAUUCGACUCAAGGUGCAUGUCAGAGGUCGCCCAUUACCUCAAGUAACCUGGUAUAAGGAUGGAAAGGAAAUUGAGAAGAGAUUAAUGGUGGAUAUCACCAAUGUAAUUGGGUCUAGUUCUAUCUUUGUUAGAGACAGCAACCGAGACCAUCGUGGCAUAUAUACUGUGGAAGCCAAGAAUGCUUCAGGCAUCCAGAGAGCUGAUAUUCAUGUCAGAGUUCAAGACACUCCUGGACUACCGGUUGGACCUAUUCGAUUUACCAACAUUACCGGAGAAAAACUUACGUUGUGGUGGACUCCACCAGAUAAUGAUGGCUGUGCUGUCAUUAGCAAUUAUGUAAUAGAGAAACGUGAGACAACUCGACUUACGUGGGCAUUGGUCACUGAUGAUUGCGAAGCCUGUUCAUACACAGUCACCAAGUUAAUUAAGGGGAAUGAGUACCAAUUCCGAAUUUCAGCCGUCAACAAAUUUGGCGUUGGCAGACCACUCGAUUCAGAGCCAGUUAUUGCACAGAUGCGAUAUACUGUGCCUGAUGCACCUGGUAUACCAGAACCAACUCAUGUUUCAGGAGAAACUAUUACCCUUACUUGGUCAAGACCAAAAUCGGAUGGAGGGAAUGAAAUUUUGCAUUACAUCCUUGAACGGCGUGAGAAGAAGAGUUUGCGCUGGGUCAAAGUUUCCAGCAAAAGACCAAUCACUGAAAACCGAUUUAAAGUGGCUAACCUCACAGAAGGAAAUGAAUAUGAAUUCCGUGUCAUGGCUGAAAAUAAGGCUGGGGUGGGCCCUUCAAGUGAUAUUUCUAGACUUAUUAAAUGUAGAGAGCCAGUAAAUCCACCAAGUGCACCUACCAUUGUUAAAGUCACAGAUACAACCAAGACAUCUGUAAGUUUGGAAUGGGCUCGGCCUGUCUUUGAUGGAGGCAUGGAAAUUAUUGGCUAUAUAAUCGAAAUGUGCAAGGCCAGUCUUGGAGACUGGCACAAGGUUAACAUAGAAGCGUGUGUCAAUACCAAUUACACAGUUACUGAAUUGCAGUCUGGUGAAGAAUACAAGUUCCGUGUCUCUGCUGUUAAUGGUGCAGGAAAAGGAGAAAGUUGUGAAAUUUCUGCUCCAGUACUAGUUACAGAUAGGUUAACAGCACCAGAAAUUGAGACGGAUGCCAGUUUCAAACAAAUUCAUAUUGUUCGAGCUGGCAGUACAAUUCAGCUACGUGUUGCCUUCCAAGGUCGGCCAGUUCCUGUUGCCACUUGGCAAAAAGCAGAUUCAUCCAUUGGUGUACAUGUCCAUAUUAACACCACAGACACAAACAGCACCUUAACAAUAGAGAACUGCAAUAGAUAUGAUGCUGGAAAGUAUACUCUUACCGUAGAAAACAGCAAUGGUAGCAAGUCUAUUACUUUCACUGUUAAAGUACAAGACACUCCAGGUCCACCAGGACCAAUUACAUUCAAAGAUGUCACUCAAGGUGCAAUUACUUUGAUGUGGGAUGCCCCUAUUCACGAUGGAGGUUCACGUAUCCAUCAUUAUGUGAUUGAGAAGCGUGAAGCCAGUAGGCGCAGCUGGCAAGAAGUCAGUAGCAAGUGCACCCGACAGAUCUGCAAGGUGCAAGACCUCGCAGGAGUGCCUUACUUCUUCCGGGUCACAGCAGAAAAUGAAUAUGGCCUUGGUGUACCAUAUGAAAUGACCGAGCCUAUAGUAGCCACUGAGGAGCCAGCACCACCUAAGAGACUAGAUAUUGUCGAUACAGGCAGAACCUCUGCAGUCUUGGCUUGGAUGAAACCAGAGCAUGACGGUGGCAGUCAAAUCAUUGGUUAUAAAGUGGAGAUGAAACAAAAGGGUUCAGAUCACUGGGUUGAUGGUGGUCAAACCAAACUCCUUACACUUCAGAUUGAUGGACUUGUUGAAAACACAGAGUAUGAAUUCCGUGUCAGAGCAAAAAAUAAUGCUGGCUUCAGUGAACCAAGGGAAGCAUUUUCAUCUGUCAUUAUUAAAGAACCACAGAUAGAGCCCAAAGCAGAUUUAUCUGGAAUCACCAAUCAAACAAUCGUCUGCAAAUCGGGAACUACCUUUACUAUAGAUGUCCCUAUUAGUGGACGUCCAGCACCUAAAGUAACGUGGAAGCUUGAGGAGAUGAGACUAAAGGAAACUGAUAGGGUCAGUAUCAGUACAACAAAAGAGAGAACUACGUUGACUGUGAAGGACUGUAUGAGAGGUGACUCAGGGAAAUAUUACUUGACUCUUGAAAACACAGCAGGAAUCAAGACCUUUGCUGUAACUGUCAAUGUUAUUGGUCGACCAGGUCCAGUUACUGGACCUUUGAGUAUCUCAUCUGUUUCUGCAGAUUCAUGUGUUUUGUCAUGGGCAGAGCCUGAAGAUGAUGGUGGUGCUGAUAUCACCAACUAUAUUGUAGAAAAACGUGAAUCUGGUACCACAGCAUGGCAGCUCAUCAAUUCCAGUGUAAAACGCACCCAAAUUAAAGCCACGCAUCUGGCAAAGUACAUGGAAUACACUUUCCGAGUUUGUGCAGAAAACAGAUUUGGCGUCAGUAAACCAUUGGAGUCAAAACCUGUGGUUGCUGAACAUCCAUUUGUUCCACCAAGCCCUCCAACCAGGCCAGUCGUGAAUUUUGUAUCUGCUAACGCCAUGUCUAUCCAAUGGGAAGAUCCAUAUCAUGAUGGUGGCAGCAAAGUUACAGGCUACUGGAUUGAAAAGAAAGAACGCAACAGCAUUCUCUGGGUGAAAGAGAAUAAAAUACCAUGCAUUGAUUGCCAUUACAAAAUAUCUACUGUAGUCGAAGGCUUGGAAUACCAGUUUAGAGUUUAUGCAAUGAAUGCGGCUGGCUUGAGUAAAGCAAGUGAAGCUUCGAGACUAGUAAUGGCUCAGAAUCCUGUUGAUCCUCCAGGUCAACCAGAGGUAACAGAUGUUAAUCGGUCUUCAGUUUCGCUAAAAUGGACUGUACCAAUCCAUGAUGGUGGAAGUAAGAUUGUUGGAUACAUUGUGGAACGCAAGCCUUAUAAUGAAGCUGGUGACGGCCGCUGGCUGAAGUGCAACUACACCACUAUCUCCGAUACCUUCUACACCGUUACAGGACUAAGUGAAUCGGAGGUUUAUGAAUUCCGUGUUUUAGCUAAGAAUGCAGCUGGAGUCAUUAGUAUACCAUCUGAAUCUACUGGACCAGUCACAUGCAAAGAUGAAUAUGUACCUCCUAAAGCUGAACUGGACAGUCGGUUACUUGGAGAAAUUAUUACCAUAAGGGCGGGAUCAGACUUGGUGCUUGAUGCUUUCAUUGGUGGGAAACCUGAUCCUAAAGUCUAUUGGUCUAAAGAAAACAAAGAACUAGAGCUUUGUGAGAAAAUAUCUCUACAGUACACCAACAAGCGUGCGGUUGCCAUUAUCAAGUUCUGUGACAGAAAUGACACCGGAAAAUAUACACUAUCUGUGAAAAAUCCAAGUGGAGCUAAGACUUUGUCUGUAAAUGUUAAAGUGCUAGAUUCACCAGGACCCUGUGAGGGUGCACUUAGCAUCAGCAGGUUAACUGAAGAGAAGUGUACUUUGUCAUGGAAUAUGCCAAAGGAAGAUGGCGGUGCAGAGGUUACACACUAUAUUGUAGAGAGACGCGAGACGAGCAGACUUAACUGGGUAAUUGUUGAAGCUGAAUGCAUGGCUCUUUCUACUGUUGUUACAAGACUUAUAAAGAACAACGAAUACAUUUUUAGAGUGAGAGCUGUUAAUAAGUUUGGACCUGGUGUGCCUUUGGAGUCUGAAGCAGUCAUAGCCAGAAAAUCAUACACUAUUCCAUCACCACCUGGAGAACCAGAGGUUGUUGCAGUUGGAAAAGAACACAUUAUUAUCCAGUGGUUGAAACCUGAAACUGAUGGUGGAGCAGAAAUUAGUAAUUAUCUUGUGGAUAAACGUGAAAAACGUAGUGUACGAUGGACUCGAGUCAACAAAGACUUUACUAUUUAUGAUACAAGACUCAAGAUUACAAAUCUGAUGGGGGGUUGUGAAUACCAGUUCCGUGUUUCAGCAGUAAAUGCAGCUGGUAACAGUGAGCCAAGUGAAUCAUCACAAUACAUCCUUUGCAAAGAACCCACAUAUGUACCUGGAGUACCUUCAGCACCAAGAGUUGUGGAUACAACCAAACACAGUAUCAGUAUAGCAUGGACAAAACCCAUGUAUGAUGGUGGUUCUGAUAUUAUUGGAUACAUACUCGAAAUGAAAGAGGAAAAUAUGGAACAGUGGUAUAGAGCACAUACUACAGACUACAUACGAAAUACGGAAUAUACCAUUACAGGUCUUCACACCAACAAGAAGUACUUCUUCAGAGUUGCUUCUGCCAAUAUUAAUGGAGCGAGUGAAUACAGUGAAUCAUCUGCUGUAAUUGAAGCUGUAGAAAGAAUAGAAAUGCCAGAUCUUGAACUUGCAGAUGAUCUCAAAAAGACAGUCACUGUCAGAGCUGGUGGCUCACUCCGCUUAAUGGUGUCAGUGGCGGGUCGACCUACUCCAGUGUUAACUUGGAGUAAACCAGGCAUUGACCUCUACAGUCGUGCUUUUAUUGAUACAACAGAUUCUUACACGUUGCUUGUAAUUGACAAGGUAAAUCGUUAUGAUGCAGGCAAAUACACCAUUGAGGCUGAAAAUCCUUCAGGCAAGAAGUCAGCUACUAUAGUUGUCAAAGUAUAUGAUACACCGGGCCCACCUGGUGCUGUUAAAGUGAAGGAAGUCUCAAGAGAUUCUGUUGUCAUCACAUGGGAUGUCCCAAUGAUUGACGGUGGAGCCCCAGUCAACAAUUAUAUAAUUGAGAGACGGGAAGCUGCUAUGAGAGCAUUCAAGACUGUUACAAUUAAGUGCAGCAAGACAAUUUAUAGAAUAACUGGACUUACAGAGGGUACAAUGUAUUAUUUCAGAGUAUCACCUGAAAAUAUCUAUGGCGUUGGUGAACCUUGUGAAACCACUGAUGCAGUACUGGUUUCAGAAGUUCCGAUGGUCCCACAGAAGUUGGAUGUAAUUGAUGUCACAAAAUCUACAGUCACACUAGCCUGGGAAAAACCACUGCAUGAUGGAGGUAGCAGACUGACUGGUUAUGUCAUUGAAGCUUGCAAAGCUGGCACAGAAAGGUGGAUGAAAGUUGCAACUCUAAAACACACAGUAUUUGAGCAUACUAUAAUUUCCCUGAAUGAAUCUGAACAGUAUCUGUUCAGAGUCAGGGCCCAGAAUGACAAAGGUGUCAGUGAACCAAGAGAGACUGUGACUGCUGUUACUGUGCUUGAUCAAAAGGUGAUGCCAACGAUUGAUUUGGCAGGCAUACCUCAAAGAACUGUCAGCGUACAUGCUGGCAGGCCUAUCGAAUUAUCUAUUCCAAUUAGUGGACGUCCACCUCCUAGUGCAUCAUGGUUCUUUGAAGGUACUAAAAUUAAAGAAAGCGAUCGCACCAAAAUAGAAAGAUCUGCCAAGGUAAUCAAUCUUACUAUACGAGAAACUACCAUAGAUGAUACUGGUGACUACAUGCUUGAACUAAAAAAUGUUGCUGGAACUAUCACCGAAUCCAUCAAAGUAAUCAUUCUUGAUAAGCCAGGACCACCUAGCGGCUCAAUUAAAAUUGAUGAAGUCGACGCCACCACUGUCACCAUCAGUUGGGAACCACCAGAGAAUGAUGGUGGUGCAACCAUCAGUGGUUAUGUUGUGGAACAACGUGAUGCCCAUCGCCCAGGAUGGCUGUCAGUGUCUGAAUCUGUUACCAGGAAUACAUUCAAGUUUACGAGGUUAACUGAAGGCACUGAAUAUGUAUUCCGUGUUGCUGCCACAAACCGUUUUGGCAUUGGAUCGUUCUUACAGUCCAGCAUUGUGGAAUGCAAGAGUGCCAUUAAUGUGCCUGGCCCCACUGGUACACCUCAUGUAUUUGAUUUCUCUCGUGAUGGUAUGACAAUUACCUGGGAAUCACCAGUUGAAGAUGGUGGUUCACCCAUUACUGGUUACAUCAUUGAGCGCAAAGAGCUAAGGGCUGAUCGAUGGGUGAGAGUCAACAAAGUGCUCGUGACAAUGACUAGGUACCGUUCCACUGGACUCAUAGAAGGAUUAGAAUAUGAACAUCGUGUGACCGCUGUGAAUGCUAGGGGGGCUGGCAAACCUAGCAGGCCUUCCAAAUCUGCGGUUGCCAUGGAUCCAAUAGAUCCACCUGGGAAACCGCAGAAUCCGAGAGUUACAGACACAACUAGAACAUCAAUAUCUGUUGCCUGGAGUCCUCCAGAAGAGGAAGGUGGUUCCAAGGUCACAGGAUACCUUAUUGAGAUGCAGAAAGUUGAUCAGUAUGAAUGGACUAAGUGCAACACAACGCCAACAAAGAUCUGUGAAUAUACCCUGACUCACAUGCCACAGGGUGCUGAGUAUAGGUUCCGUGUUAAAGCAGUUAAUGCUGGUGGUCCUGGUGAGCCAGCUGAUGUUCCAGGAACUGUUAAAGUGACUGAAAUGCUCGAGUAUCCUGAUUUUGAACUUGAUCAUCAAUACCUUGAAGGGCUGAUUGUUAGGCAAGGUGGAGCCAUCAAACUAACAGUGCCCAUUAAAGGCAAACCUAUUCCUGUCUGCAAAUGGACAAAAGAAGGUCGUGAUAUUAGCAAGCGUGCAAUGAUUGCAACUUCUGAUACCCACACUGAACUUGUGAUAAAGGAAUCAGUCAGAGAAGACUCAGGCACAUAUGACCUUGUUCUUGAAAAUAAAUGUGGCAAAAAGACAGUAUACAUUAAGGUGAAAGUGAUUGGCAAUCCUGAUCCCCCACAAGGUCCACUUGAAUUUGAUGAUAUUCAAGCUCGUUCGGUUAGAGUAAGUUGGAGACCAUCCAUUGAUGAUGGUGGAUCUGAUAUCAUGAGAUAUAUUGUUGAGAGACGAGAAAUAUCCAAAACUGCCUGGUGCACUGUUGAUUCUCAAGUAAAGGAGACUUCUGUUAUUGUCAGAGGCUUGAAAGAAAAUGUCGAAUACCACUUCCGUGUUUCUGCUGAAAACCAAUUUGGUAUCAGUAAAUCUCUGAAGUCAGAGGAGCCAGUUGUACCAAAAACACCACUAAAUCCACCAGAGCCUCCAAGCAAUCCUCCAGAAAUACUGGAUGUCACCAAGAGUUCAGUCACCCUUUGCUGGUCAAGACCAAAGGAUGAUGGUGGAUCGCGUAUUACCGGGUAUUUUAUCGAUCGCAAAGAGUCUACUACAGAUAAAUGGGUGCGGCAUAACAAGACUCAUAUUACCACAACAAUGUACACUGUUUCUGGGCUGGUUCCAGAUGCUGAAUACCAGUUCCGUAUUUUGGCACAGAAUGAUAUUGGUCUUGGUGAACCAAGCCCACCAUCUGAUGUUGUUCAAUGCAAGGAUCCUUUUGAUAAACCAAGCCAACCUGGAGAGAUUACGGUAAUUUCUGUCACAAAAGAUAGCAUCUCCAUUGAGUGGGAUCGUCCAGAAUGUGAUGGUGGCAAGGAAAUUAUUGGUUACUGGGUUGAGUAUCGCCAAUCUGGUGAUAGUGCUUGGAAAAAAUGCAGUAAGGAACGAAUAAAAGACAGACAAUUUACACAAGGCGGUCUUCUGGAAGCCACAGAAUAUGAAUUCAGAGUGUUUGCAGAGAAUGAGACAGGAAUCAGCAGACCUCGUAGAACCUUUAUGGCAAUAAAGACUAAAUUGACUUCUGGGGAAGAACCAAGUGUUAAACAAGAAAUUGCAGAGGUUGUCGCCAAGUUGGGUGAACCUGCCAAACUGACUUGUCAGAUAAUUGGUAGACCACUUCCAGAAAUUAAGUGGUACCAUUUUAGAAAGGAGUUGCAGCAAAGCCGCAAGUACAAAAUGAGUUCAGAUGGCCGUAAUCAUUCAAUCACCAUUUUAACCGAUGAUCAAGAUGAUGAAGGUCUGUAUACCUGCAAAGCUACUAAUGAUGUUGGUGAAACUGAGGUCAGUGGUAACAUAUUGCUUGAAGCUGCUCCACAAUUCCAUCCUGGAUUUCCACUAAAAGAGCUGUACGUUGUAAGCAUCGGUACAAGUCUUCGUAUCCAUGUUGCAUACAUUGGCCGUCCAGUACCUGCUAUUCGUUGGUUCCAUGAAAAGAAACUUCUGUCAGAUUCAGAUAAUAUUUCAAUAGAAAAUACAGAGCAUUACACUCACCUUGUUGUGAAAAAUAUUCAUCGAAAGAACCAUGCUGGAAAAUACAGAGUGCAGCUCAGCAAUUCAUUUGGAACAAUUGAUACAACAUUUAAUGUAGAAAUCCAAGAUAAGCCAGAUAUGCCAGAAGGACCAAUAGAAAUUGAUGCCUUGCUGAAGAAUUCUGCGGUAAUCAGUUGGAAGCCACCACUUGAUAACGGAGGUGCAAUGAUUACCAAUUACAUUGUAGAGAAACGUGAAGCCAAGGAAGGUGAACAAUGGCAUCUGGUAUCCUCUGCUAUUGCUGGCACAUCUUGUAGAAUUGGAAACCUCAUUGACAAUGCUGGCUACUACUUCCGUGUCUCUGCUCAAAAUCAGUUUGGUGUCAGUAAACCACUGGAAGUUUCCUCUGUCGUCGUCAUCAAGAGUCCAUAUGAAAAGCCAGGAAGUCCAGUCAAACCUAUUAUAGCUGCUGUUACAAAGGAUUCUUGUGUGGUUUCAUGGAAACCUCCUGUCAGUGAUGGCGGCGCAAAGAUCAGAAAUUAUUACCUUGAAAAGCGAGAGAAAAAGCAGAAUAAGUGGAUAGCUGUAACAACUGAUGAAAUACACGAAACAGCUUACACGGUGAAAGGCCUUAUUGAAGGCUUGGAGUAUGAGUUCCGUGUUAAAUGUGAAAAUCUUGGUGGCGAGAGUGACUGGAGUGAAACAUCUGAUCCUGUUGUUCCAAUGUGCGAUGUACCUAUCAAGGCACCACAGUUUAAAGAAGAAAUUCGCAAUUUAAGUGUGAAAUAUAAGAGCAAUGCUACAUUUGUUUGCAAGGUCACUGGUAAUCCCAAACCUAUUGUGAAGUGGUUUAGACAAGGAAAGGAAAUUGAACCUGAUGGCGAAAAGAUAAAAAUCCAGGAAUUUAAGGGAGGCUACCAUCAACUUGUAAUUUCUAGCGUCACAGGAGAUGAUGCAACUAUAUAUCAAGUCAGAGCAAUCAAUCAAGGUGGUUCCAUUUCAUCAACAGUAUCUUUAGAUGUUGACGUUCCUGCCGAGAUUCAAUUACCCAAACAUCUGGAAGGCAUGGGUGCAGUUCAUGCUCUCCGCGGUGAAAUUGUAAGCAUCAAAAUUCCUUUCAGUGGAAGACCUGAUCCAGUAAUUACAUGGCAGAAGGGACAAGAUCUCAUUGAUAAUAACGGUCACUAUCAAGUAAUUGUGACUAGAUCUUUUACAUCUCUGGUGUUCCCUAAUGGAGUUGACAUAAAAGAUGCUGGUUUCUAUGUUGUGUGUGCAAAGAACAGAUUUGGCAUAGAUCAAAAAACAGUUGAACUGGAUGUAGCAGAUGUACCUGACAUGCCAAGAGGACUUCAAGUCAGUGACGUUACACGUGAUUCUGUUGUUUUAACGUGGAAUCCUCCAGCUAAUGACGGUGGAAGUAAAGUAAUUAACUACAUUAUUGAGAAAUGCGCAACAACAGCAGAGAUGUGGAUUCGUGUAGCACAGUCACGCGAUACACAUUACACCGUGGUCAAUCUCUUUGGAAAGACUAGCUACCAAUUCCGUGUGAUUGCUGAAAACAAGUUUGGACAGGGCCAGCCAUCAGAGCCAACUGAUCCAAUAGUCACAAAAGAAGAUAAGACAAGAGUUCUGAACUAUGAUGAAGAGGUUGAUGAAUCAAUGACAGUUACUGAGGGCAAAGCUGAUCAUUCCACUAUUAAAGAACUUCAUACCCGCUACACAUUUGCUGAAGAGCUAGGACGUGGACAAUUUAGUAUUGUUCAUCGUUGUAUUCAAAACACGAGCAAGAAAACAUACAUGGCGAAGUUUGUGAAAAUAAAAGGUGCUGAUCAGGUAUUGGUGAAGAAAGAGAUUGACAUUCUCAGUAUUGCUCGUCACAAAAAUAUCCUUUGUCUACAUGAAUCAUUUGAGAGCCUUGAAGAAUUAGUCAUGAUAUUUGAGUUUAUUUCAGGUCUUGACAUCUUUGAGCGCAUUAAUACAACUAAUUUUGAACUAACUGAAAGGGAAAUCAUUAUCUACACUCGCCAAAUUUGUGAAGCAUUGGAAUUUCUACAUAGUCAGAAUAUAGGUCAUUUUGACAUCAAGCCAGAGAAUAUAAUCUACACCACAAGGAAGAGCUCUUUAGUUAAGAUUAUUGAACUUGGACAGGCCAGAGCACUCACGCCAGGUGACCACAUUAGGAUCCAGUUCACUGCUUCUGAGUAUGCAGCACCUGAACUACAUCAGCAUGAUGUGGUCAAUGCAGCUACAGACAUGUGGUCAGUAGGUACACUUGUGUAUGUACUACUUAGCGGUCUCAAUCCAUUUAUUGCCGAAACAAACCAACAAGUUAUUGAUAACAUUAUUAGAGCAGAGUACAGUUUUGAGGAUGAAGCUUUCAAGGACAUCACCACAGAAGCUCUUGACUUCAUUAAUCGCCUGUUAGUCAAAGAACGGAAGGCUCGGAUGACAGCUGCUGAAGCUCUUGAGCAUCCAUGGCUGAAACAGAAGACAGAAAAGAUGAGCACCAAAGUAAUUAAGACUUUGAGACACAGAAGAUACUAUCACACCCUAAUAAAGAAGGAAAUGAACUAUGUUGUUUCUGUUGCUCGAAUUUCUUCUGGUGGAGCUGUUAGAGCUCAAAGGGGAGUUACAGUUGCUAAAGCUAAAAUAUCUUCUAUUGAAAUUGGUCCACUUGCUGGACAGAUUAUGCAUGCUUCUGCUGAAGAAGGCGGUCAUGUUAAAUAUUCCUGCAGAAUAGAAAACUAUGAUCAAUCUACUGAAGUCACCUGGUACUUUGGUGUCAGGCAACUUGAGUCCAGUGACAAAUAUGAAAUCACCUAUCAAGAUGGUUUGGCGACAAUAUAUGUUAAAGACAUAAACAAAACUGACGAUGGUACUUACAAGUGUAAAGUAGUAAAUGACUAUGGUGAAGAUAGUUCCUAUGCUGAAUUAUUUGUGAGUGGUGUAAGAGAAAUUCGUAAAUACUUUAUGCAACGUACAGUAAAGAGAGUAAAGCGCAAGGUGGAUGCUAUGAGACUCCUUGAAAGGCCACCAGAAUUUACCUUACCUUUGUACAACCGAACUGCGUACACUGGAGAAGAUGUCAGAUUUGGUGUUACUAUAACUGUUCACCCUGAACCAAGAGUAACCUGGUUGAAAUCUGGACAAAAGAUUAAGCCUGAUGAAAAUGAGACAAAAUAUACUUUCAUGUCAGAUAAAGGUCUCUAUCAACUGAUCAUUCACAAGUUAACGACUGAUGAUGAUGCUGAAUACACAGUUGUAGCUCGCAAUAGAUAUGGUGAAGAUAGCUGCAAAGCCAAACUAACUGUUGUACCUCACCCCCCUGCAGCAGACAGCACCUUGAGACCAAUGUUUAAACGUUUGUUGGCAAAUGCAGAAUGUAUGGAAGGUCAGAGCAUUCGCUUUGAAUGCAGAGUGUCUGGCACUCCAGUGCCCGUUCUGAAAUGGGAGAAAGAUGGACAAACUUUGGCAUUAGGUCCAAAUAUUGAAAUUGUACAUGAAGGUCUGGACUAUUAUGUUUUGCAUGUAAGGGAUACUUUACCAGAGGACUCUGGCAUUUACAGAGUUACUGCUACCAACAGUGCUGGGUCUGCAAGUUGCCAAGCAUAUCUAAAAGUUGAACGCAUGACGUAUGUCAAACGUCAAUAUAGGAGUGAGGAGGAACGGCAGCAGCAUGUUCAGAAACAAAUUGACAAAACCAUAAGAAUGGCGGAAAUACUUGCAAAUGUUGAAGCUGUUCCAUUGACAGCUGUAGCAAAACAAGCUCUGCGAGAAGCUGCAAUAAUGUACAAACCAGCAGUCAGUACCAAGAAUGUCAAAGGUGAAUAUGAAAUUUCAGAGGUCGUAAAGAAAAAAGAAGAAAAGAAACUUCGAAUGCCUUAUGAUGUUCCAGAACCUCGUGUUCAUGAAGCAGGGGUAAUUGAAGAAAAUCAAGAUAUCAAACAGUUUGUGCCAUUAUCAGACAUGAAAUGGUAUAGGAAAUUACGAGAUCAAUAUGAAAUGCCAGCACCAUUGGAAAGAAUUGCAACAAAACGACCAAAACGAAUUCGUCUUUCAAGAUGGGAGCAGUUUUAUGUUAUGCCAUUGCCACGCUUUACUGAUCAGUAUAAGCCCAAAUGGCGAAUUCCAAAACUAUCACAAGAUGAUCUGGAAACUGUUAGACCAGCUCGAAGGCGCACCCCAUCCCCUGAGUAUGAAAUUUAUUACAGACCAAGAAGGCGAUCACUUGGUGAUUUGUCAGAUGAGGACUUACUUUUACCUGUUGAUGACUAUCUUUCAAUGAAAAGAAUAGAAGAGGAAAGACUACGUCUUGAGGAUGAGCUUGAACUAGGAUUUUCUGCGUCACCUCCAAGCCGUAGCCCUCCUCGUUUUGAAUUAUCCGCUCUUCAGCAAAGGACACAAUUAACUACGGCGCAAGAGAAGGAAAAAUAUGCUGGCUACCAGAAAUAUCAUAUCCCUUCCAAAUAUGAAGCUGGUCCAAGCUUUAUAGACCUCAGGCAACGGCAUGACAAAGUUGUUUAUAAACCCCCAAAGCAAAGACAAAGAAUAAUGGAAGACAAGGAAGAUGAAGAGCUCCUUCGAUCAGUUGCUACAGCGCAGAGACUGUCUGCCUAUCAGAAAGAACUUGAGUACAUGGAGCAUGAGGAAAAAGCAAGGAUCAAAAGCAGACGAGAAAGAAAGAUAUUUGUAACAAGAUCAGAAGAAGAAGAAGAAGCAGCAGCCAUGGAGAUUAAGGAAUAUGUCCCUAGAGAAUCCCCACCUGUCUCAAGGCUUCUUAGGAGGAGAAGAUCACUCUCCCCAACUUACAUUGAAUUGAUGCGACCUGUUUCUGAGCUGAUCAGAUCUCGACCACGUCCUACAGAACUUGAAAGUGAAGGUUUAGAAAGACGAUCACCCACACCUGAGAGAACCCGUCCUAGGUCACCCAGUCCAGUGUCUAGGGAGAGCUCACUUUCUCGCUUUGAAAGGACUGCUAGAUUUGACAUAUUUUCACGAUAUGAGUCAAUGAAAACUGCUUUAAAAUCUAAAAGGACAUCAGAAGGGAAAUAUGAAGUUAUUACUCAAGAGCCUUUCAGCCUUGACCAUGGUCCACGAAUAACUUUGAGAAUGCGUUCUCACCGCAUCCCGUGUGGACAAAAUACAAGAUUUACAUUAAAUAUUCUGUCCAAGCCAGGAGCUGAAGUUAGUUGGUACCACAAUGGUAAAGAAAUUCAAGAGGGUGAUAAGUAUCAUUUUACUGAUAUGACUGGUGUCCUAACACUGGAAAUUCGGGAUUGCCAAGUUGAAGAUAGUGGAACCUAUCGUGUUGUUUGUUCCAAUUACAAAGGAGAGGCCUCUGACUAUGCAACAUUGGAUAUCACAGGCGGUGACUACUUUACCUACUUGUCUCGCCGUAAAGAUGAGGAAGCACCAAAAUCGCUUGUACCUGAACUGACAAGAACUGAUUUUUACCAAAUAUCUACAAUUAGGAAAACUGCCGAACUUGAAGAGGUAAAAGAAUCUAAAAGAGAGGAAUCAGAAGUCAGAGAGUCAGUCAGCUCUGGGCUCUAUACUUCAAAGGAAAGGGCAGUUCGUGCAUCUAGACGAACUCUUCCUGCCAAAAUACUAACAAAACCACAAUCAGUUACGGUGGCGGAGGGAGAGUCUGUCAGAUUUUCCUGUGACAUUGAUGGUGAGCCAACACCCACUGUGACAUGGAUGCAUGCUGGAAGAGUAAUUACUUCUUCUAAACGUUCACUCAUUGUUACAACGCAAUUUAAUUCUACGUUUACAAUUACAUCAGUUCAAUCAUCUGAUGAAGGAAGCUAUACAGUGGUGGUAGAAAAUUCUGAAGGAAAGCAAGAAGCAUACUUUACUCUGACUAUCCGAAAAGCUGGAGUAAAGGAACUGGGUGUUGUGGCACAUCCAAUGGUAAAGUCUCCUGAACCUCAUUUAAAGUCUUCAGAGGCAAUGAAACCUUCUAAAUCACCAGAACCAUUAACUUCCUUUUCAAAAGAUAAGUCUGUACGUAUUCCUGCAAUUGCUCCACCUAAGAUCUCUCAAGGUUUGAAAGCCGAAGUUUCUGACGACGGUUCUGUAAAGCUGACAUGUGCCGUUGAAAGCACAGCUCUGAAUGUGAAAGAAUUAACUUGGUUUAAGGAUGGAUGUAAAAUAAGAGAAAACAGUCACUACAAAUUGAAAUAUACUGCUGAUGGUGUCUACACCUUAAGUAUCCAUGGAAUUAAUGAAACUGACGAAGGGGAAUAUACUUGUGAAAUCACUGGUGAAGGUGGUGUUUCCAAAACAACCUUUUCUUUCGUUGGUCAAGCUUUCAAAAACAUUUUCAACAAGGUGACCAAGUUAGCUGAAUCAAAAACAGCUACUGAGAAAAAAGCUGUAACAAAAUCAUAUGGAAAAACUGAAGUAGUUCAGGAACAAAUUGUGAAAAAAGAAUUUAAAACAUCAUCCACAGAGAUUACAGCCACACGUGUACAAAUUACAGCAACUGAAGGUCAAAAGGCUGUACUUAAAGCCAACAUACCAAGCGCUUCCAAUGUGAAAUGGAUUGCGAAUGGUAAUGAGCUUGCUAAUUCGGAAGACUAUCAAUAUGGCGUGUCUGGAAGAGACCACACUUUAACUAUCAAAACCAUUGGUUUCAAAGAUGAAGGCACGAUCACCUGUGAAGCGAAAACUGAGCAUGGAAUAGUUAAAUGUCAGUUUGAUUUAACAAUUAAGCAAAAAGAAUCAAAUGCCCCAAAGUUCAUUAUGCAGCCCAAAUCCCAAAAUGUCAAUGAAGGGCAAAAUGUGACAUUUACUUGUGAGAUAUCAGGAGAUCCUACUCCGGAAGUUGAAUGGCUGAAAAACAACCAACCUAUUGUAGUCUCAAGAAAUAUAAAAAUUAAUCGUUUGAAAAACAUAUACACGUUAGAGAUUAAGUGUGCAACAGUUUCUGACAGUGGAAAAUAUACAGCAACAGCAAAGAAUUUCCAUGGACAGUGUUCUGCAACAGCCUCCUUGAUUGUACUUGGUCUCAUUGAAGAACCUUCAAAAAUGGUACUUUUGGAAACUGGUGCUGCUGCCUCUGCUAGCAUGCAAGAACAUUUUUCUUCCAAGGCGAUGCAAAUGACCAAACAAGAGGCCAGCAGUAGCAUGACUGAAGUUAAGUUUGCCAGUAUGUCUUCAAGCAGUAUGUCAUCUUUCAAAGAAUCAAGAAUAUCAUCAAGCUCCAGCUCUUUUAUGGAGCUUGCUAGUAUGAGUCAAUUGGAAACAAGUGCUAGCAGAAUGAUCAGCGGUAGUAUUAAAGGGUCUUCUCCUAAAAUUGAAGCUUUACCAUCAGAUAUCACAAUUGAGAAAGGAAAGGUUUUAACAGUCGCCUGUGCCUUCUCAGGUGAUCCCCUGCCUCAGGUGAAAUGGUCACGUGGAGGAAAACCUCUUUCUGAUGAAACAGAAACUGGCAGAUUCCACAUUGAAACAUCAGAUGAUUUAACAACACUCAUUAUUACAGGUGUCCAAGAAAAUGAUGCAGGACGCUAUACUUUAAGACUCUCAAAUGAAUUUGGAUCAGAUUCUGCCACUGUAAAUAUUAAAGUUAGAUCAAUUUAAAGAUUUGAAUCCCACAACUUGUGUUGUAAGCUAAACUUGAAAAUUGAUAUCGUAAUUAUUAUGAAUUUGAAUCACUGACUUGUAAAUAUUAUUUUAUUUUUUUACCUGACUUGACAUCAUGCAUUUAUACCAGACUAGACAAUUUCUGAACAAAUGGUAGAUUGUGCAGUAUAGAAUUACUGCACAUUUGAUUUAGGAAUUUUUAACCAUUUUCUGUGACAUGUACAUACUGUAUAUAGCCGGUCUAAACGGUUAUGCAAGUUUUGUACCUUGUGUUUCAUGAGAUUUUCAUUGCAACUUUUGAAACUGAUGGUUAACAGGGGAAAGUUUGAAUAGGACGAUUACCUUGUUUAACUUGGAAACUAAAAUUUGUGCCUCGACAGAAUGUUGAUGACUAAGAAUACCUCAGCAGGUGGAGAGGCUCCCUGCUGAAGACAACCUACAAGUUCGUGGAAUUAGAAGGCUAGCCUUGUGAUGCUAUUUACAAAUACCCUCCUGUGAAUAACAUCACAAUACUUUAGCCUGUGAACCGACUAUGUCAUAUCACUGUUCUACACAGACAAGAUUAUGAAUUAUGAAUACAAAGUAGUAGCGGCCAUUACUUUGUAUAACCAUAUUUCAUGUGCACUGUUUCUAGCAUAGUGACAUCUUGGAUAGUAUUAAUGAUAAUUCAUUAACCUGGCCAUACCCUCAUUUCAGCAAACUAUACCAAGUACUCCUAUGUAGAAGUAGUGCCAACUCAAGGAGGUUAAGAUUUUUCAUUGGGUGCGCUGAUUUUGUGUGGUAAUCGUAGAAUUUUAUUUAAUAUUAUUUGUUCUUAGGGCAUACGUGACAGAAACUAGCCACAUUAAAAAUUAUACAUGUUCCAUCAUUUUAAUGCCCUAUGCAGUAACUUUAUUUAGAGUAGUAGUUAUUUUAUUUUAUUGGGCCUCCUUGAGAAUUAGUAAAGUAAAUUGGAUUUGAUUGUGAAAUAAAGCAUGUUUUCUGCACCUAUAAACAUUUUCUGUCAUUUUUUGUACUUCACUCA